AUGGACACGGAUCCGUUGUGCGCUUUGUCCGACUGUACAUCUACGUCCGUUCGGUCGUCGUGGAGCAGCUCCGCAGCAGAGGACAGCGAGGAAGAAUGGCGGCACCAGGUGGACGAGUUGCGGUGGUACAUCGAUCCGUCAUUGAUGCAGAACGGGAGGAAUGUACAACACGGCGGUAAAUACGAUGAGGUGAGUUGAUGUUAUAUACUAAUAUUAUGAGGGAGAGUUAAUUGAAAACGAACGCGCAAACGCCGCCCUUAUUGUUGCUGAGGGAUGUAUAGAGGACAAAUCGACAAAUUUAUGGUUUAAGUCAUAAACCGUCUCGGGUAUAAUUUAUUUUUGUAUUCAUCUUCUCGCACACAAAGAGGAUUUACUCUGCGUGUUUUAUAUCGAAAAGACGCGAAAUGGAUGUAUAGAAGGUUUUAAACCAUUUCCGAUAGUCCCAAGAGACCGGUCGUAUACGGUGAUGGUGUAUUGGAAACUUCUUCGAUUUCGUUGGGUUUGCCAACAACAGGGAAAAUUGUGUAGAACACACAAAAAAAAUAAUAACAAUAAUAAUAAUGACAUCCCAUGUACUGUAGGUAUAGUAUAGUAUAAGAUAGUAUUGUAAGUAUAUUAUUAUUAUAGUAUGAAAAUAUCGGAAACUUUAAGUCAACAAUGUAUUAAUAAUAAGUUUCAGUUCUAAAUUUGAAGCUCAAAAUAUAAAGAUGGUUUAUUAUUAUUAGGGAUGGGCCGAUACAUAAACCGAUAUUCGAUAUCGGUAUUAUCGACUUAAAAAGAAACCGAAAUUUCACUUGAUAUUUUCGGAGAUUAAUGUCUAUAUGUCUAUGGAAUAUGUAAAAAAGUAUAUUAAAAUUUUUUUUCUUCAAAUGGUUAAAAUAUCCAUCGGAAAAUUUUGGAUAUCGAUUUUAUAUCGGUAGCACGUAUCGGAUAUUACAGGUGUUAUCCAAUAAUAAGAAUAUCCCGAGUUUUUAUUUUUUAAAUAAUGGACGAUUUUUUCCACCUUCCGUUAUCAUCAAUCAAAUUAUAAUAUGAAAUGCGCUUGAGUUGUGUAGUUUAGGUUUUAGUUGGUUUUUUUUUUUUUUGUUAUUUUGAUGGAUGUGAAAAUGUCAGUAUAUGUACUAUGCAUUCAUUUAUAUAUUUAUAUAUAAAAUAUAAGACACAUACACACACACAUAUUAUAUAUAUAUGUAUAUGUGUGUAUUUUCUCACUUCGAUUGAGACUGUAAAACAUUUGAAUAUUUUUUCGGGUAAAAAUUUAAAAAUGUAUCAUAAUAAAUAAGAGACUGUACCUAAUGAAUAUUAUGUUUCAAAAUAAUUUACAAAAUGUAAGUUGUACAAUUAUGAGAUCAUUAAAAAAAAUAUGAUAAUAAUAAAUAAUUAACACAACACGUAUUAUGUUAGACUUGGAAUUUAUUUGUAUUUUGGUAGAUAAUAUUAUACUCAGAUAAUACGUGAAUACGUAUAUUUCGUUAUUUAUGCUGAUUUGUAUAUUACAUUUUGAACAGAGGCAUGUACCAAAAAGUUUACACGGCGCAUUUGUACAUAACUAAGAAAAAAACCCAUCGAUUAAAAUAUUUAUUAAACAAUAAACAUUUUAAAAAUAAUUAUUUAUAUCUAUAUUUAAAUAAAAUAUACACGUCGGUUUCUAUAUAAAUACGGUACUGUUUUGUUAUCUCGAUUUUCUAAACUGUUUGAACAUUUCUUCGACCAUCGUUCAAAUAGAUGGGUGUUGUAUAUUAUCAAUACAACACUAAGUUUAACUUUCACCAUUUGUCCGUUAAAAACUAUAUUCAUUUUUGCAGUGCAUCAGAUCAAAUUAUCUAAGGUUAAGUCAGCUUAAAGAAACAAACGGUGUUUGUUAUAAUGUAAUAUACAAUUAUCCUGAUACACAGAUAAAAAACGUUUAAUAGUAAUAAUUAUAAUUUAUGGUAUUUAUAGCAAUCGAUAAAAUGUUAUUAUUCAUUAUUCAUGUUAAUGCAUUUCCUUAUCAUUUGUUUGAACAAUUCUGACUUGUAAACGAACUUUACUACUAUACUAUUUAAUUUUAUUGAAUUAUUCGUCACCUAUAUAUAUUUUUUUUAUUUGACGCGCAUGCAUAAUAUAAUACGUAAGCAUGAAUAAGUAGAAAUAGUUUUCGUUUGGUCACGUUUUAAAUAAAAAACAUAGGGGGCAGAUAUUUCGAGGGUGAUUCUAUGUCCCUAGGGUGUGUAAUAAUAAUACGGUAUAUUAAAUGGCAUUUCAUUUAAAUUUGAAUUUUAUUACUAUGCUCCCGCACGCCCGUUCCUUCACGUAUUCGGCGCAAAAGGGGAUACUUUUUUUCUUCUGCGGAUGUAAUUCUAUUUAAAGAUUUUGGUUAGCCACUCUAAACACUCAAUAUAUUAGAAAUAUUAUUUAAAAAAAAAAAAUACAAUUUAUUUUAUAAGUAGAUUUGGUUGUUUAUCAAUAAUUCAUGAGAUACGAUUUUAUUUGAGACUCCGCGUACAUACGUACAUUUGACAUUUUAUUAGUUAAGCAAAUAAAUAGCGCAUGAUAAUAAAUUGUAUGACUAAUAAAGAAAUAUGUACUACAAAUAAUAAUUAUAAUUAUAAUAUUAUGACACACAGAAGAAACUAUUAACAGCAACGUCAUGCAUAUAACUUAUUAUACUAUUAUAAUAAAAUGAUAAAUUCAGAAUAAAACCCAUGAAAUUCACUAUAUGCAAAAAAAAAUAAUAUAAUAAUGGAAAUACUAUUAAAUUUUAGACAUAAGACUAUAUAUCUGUAGAACAACUCAGUAGCUUUUUUAUGAAUUUUUUUUUAAAUUUUUAUUUUAGGAGGGGUUGGAUGAGAGUGUAGUAACACAAUUUAUACACAAAUAUUCCGUAACGACUUACAUAGCCAUUAAGUGCAUGUAACAGAUCUCUAAACCAAAUUGGGUGUUGUUUGAACGUUUUGUAUUAUUUACAGAUCUAUUAGUGGUUGUAACUUGCCGAACUGAAUUCGUAUCUGCAUUAACUUCUUACAGACCGAUUUACAUAUCGAUGUUAUCAAUAUUAUUGUCGACAUUUUUUUUUUAAAUUUGUUUAUUUCAAAUCGUAAAUCGCUGGAAAAUAAAUUAUGGAUUUUAUAAUUAAAUGAUGGAUUCGAUGUCAUCGUCAUCAAGUAAUAAUGAGUAGGUAUAUUAUCGAGGUACUGACAGUUCUACCGAGACCACAAUAUAUCCGAAAUAGAUCUAAUCCACUCAUAGAGUAUGAUGAUAUCGAUUUGAAACCACGAUUCAUGGACUUACCUAAUAUCAAUAUAUUUUAUAAUUUAUUCUUAGAUCCUUAUUACAUAGUAAAUUAUCAUUAUUUAGGUAUCUAACAUUCUAGCACUAUUUGUAUUUACUUUAUAUUUUCACUCUUGAUUAGGUUUUUUUUCAAUUUAGUGUUAUUAAAUUAUGGUUUAAUUUAACCGGUACCGUUCGUUAAAGUUAUAAGACAAUUUACAGAUUCAUAACCAAUUUAUUUGUGAGACACUGUUACAGAGCCAUUAUAAUUUACAGGCAUCUGUAAUAUACAGGCGUCUGUAAAAUAUUUACAGACAGGCUUUUGUGUGAUCCAAUCAAAAUUCACCUAAAUUAAACCAACCCCAUUAAUAUUAUAGAGAUUAAAUUUCUCUGAGGGUGGGGGAGGUUGAACGUUCUAAACCCCAAUUUCUGUAAAACUCCAACGCCAAUAGAGAAGUUAAAGAUAAACAAGAAAUGUAUGUAUGUCUCGCAUAGUUUUGUUUAUUUCCCUGCAAUUUAGUGCUGCGUAUUUAUAUUUGAAGUUCAAAAUUGACCGUACCAGGAAAUAAUUUAUCCAAGUGCAGCCCGGAAUCACAGAUAGACUAUUCAACAACUUGUUGACCGGUUUUCACGUAUUUUUUUUCGAACGUUUUCCACGAUGGCGUUGGUCUUAGUUAAAGUCAGUGUGUAGUACAGUGCAUGAUAAUGCUUGAUACUUUCCAGAACUGUAUCACGGUAUAAGAUACAAUUGUAUUAUCUUAGACACGUAUUUAUAGAUACGAUACAAGGCACUCGUGUUGAAGAUGCUGUCCAACCCUGUGUCCUAUGUGAUGUGUUUAUUUAUAUGUCAUUAAUGGUUUACCGCGGUAUAGUUAUAUAUUACCUACUUAUAUAAUAAUAAUAAUAAUAUGUAAUAAUAGCUGGCCAUCGUUGCAGGUCUCGCCACGGGCCGUUGAUUAGUGUUGAUGUAACGUAUUGGACUCGAACGAUAUAACAGUAAAUAUCCCGAGGGUCGUUUACAGCGAGCUCUUGCCACCGCCGACCACCGUAUCCUUAUACCGCGACCAUUAAAACAGAUAGCCGCAAAACUUUCCCCAAGAAAACUUACUGCGGCGUAUUAUUGCAUGUCGCCGCAAUGAUGAGCAACAAUUUCUCGUGGACGUUGUUUAGUUGGCGCUGGUGCAGAGGGAAGGUGAUGGCAAUAUUGGUUUACGGGUCAGCAAAUAAUAGAAAAUGGGAAAUUCAUUACGAUCAAUAGAUUUCUUUUGAAAAUAUAUUACUGGCAAUCAGGAAGGAACGGAAGAGGUGAUGAAUAGUUUAUUACGUAUAUAUACGAGUAUAAUAGUUAUUGUAUCUAUAUAUAGCGAUGGAUAUAGAAUAAUGUAAUAAUAAACUUGAGUUAGAGGGGUGGUGAACCGAUAUUAGCAAUGAUGUGUACGCGUCUCGUUAAAUCGUUAUUUUGUUAUUUUUUCAAGUUCUUUUCCCAAUCCCCCUCCUUGCACUCGGUCUGUAUUCGUUUGUUUUAUUAUAUGUGGGUAGUGAGUACUUAUAUUAUAUUUUUGUGUUUUACGAUAUCCCAUAAUUUACUUUAUAUAUAUAUAUAUAUGAACAGUAACGUAGUCAGGAUUUUGAAUAGAGAGGGGGCUAAAUAUAUUAUUUCUUAAGAAAUGGGUUUGGAGGUAUUCUACCCUUCAAACGAAUUUUAAAAAAGUAUUUUUAUCAAUAUGCAUUUUAGUUUACAUUUUUAUUUUACUUUUGUUUUAAUAUGUACAAUCUAUAAAAAAGUUGUAUAGGACACUAUGAUUAUCAAAUUUCUUAGGAAAACUCGAAAAGUGACUUAACCUCUUAAAGUACCUUCCCAGUUAGAUUUCCUUUCACAAAAAGUAUUACCAUUGUAAAUCGGAAAAAAAUUGCUAGUAGAAAAAUUGUCAAUAGAAAAAAAAUCGUAAUAUUUAGUAAAAUAUCACGUACAUUUUCCCUUUUUUCUCCUUUUAUUUUUUUGUUUUUUUCACAUUUGACAAGAAAACUCCUUUGAAAACCUAAAAAUUACUUCCCUAAAGUACCAUCCCAAGUAAAUUUUAUUUCAGAAAAGGGUCGACAUCGUAUACAUCGGAGUAAGCUUUCUGGUAGAAAAAGUGUUUACAUAAAAAAAAAAUUAACAUCUUUGUAAAAUACUAUUUAGUGUUACAGUGUUAACUAAUUAGUAUUUUACUUAGUGACGUUGAUUGAAAUAUUUAGAUUUUGUAGGCAUUUAAUUUUUUUUUGUAGAUUCUGUAUGACCAAAUUGGUAUAAGGAGAGUUUUGUUCAUUAGUACUUUUAUAUUUAGAUUAGUUUGGACAUUUAUUUAAAACAAAUUUUAAGAAUAUAAUAUUGUUUAUAUUUUAAAAUGUGUAUUGGCAUAACUUAUUGUAAUUAUAUAUUGACUUAUCUCGGACAAUUGCACCCCCUAAAAUUAUGAAUAAAAGGAGUUAUUCUAUUUUUUUCAUUAAUAUAUUUUUUUUUAAUUAUAUUUGAAAAAUAUUUGACUUAAUGUUCCAUGGGCUUUUAUUUAAAUACGUUUUCAUUUUCAUACAGUUCAGUGUAGCAAACUUCUAAGAGUAAAACAAGUAAUUGGAAAUGUAGUUCACAUUCAAAUCGUAAAAUAGUUUACAAUAUAUAUACAUAAAUUCUGUUCAUAGAGGUCUAUAAUACCCUUAGCCCAACCUCCUUCCUUUUCUACAUCACUGUAUAUGAAUGUCUGACGAUAGUGUUAGUUAAUAUCGCGUUUUCAACUAUGCUUGUAUAUUUUUCUUGAAUUUACUCUUCCUUGAUCGUCUAUAUUACAAUAUGAUUAAUCUAUUCACAAGUAUCUAUGUUAAUUAUAAUUUAAACAAUAUAAUAUUCUUUGAAAUUCCUCUAAAUUCUCAUUGGAAAAAAAAAUUAAAGAUAAAGAAAAAUAUUUUUUCUUUGGUAAUUUUAAUGAUAUUUGGAUUUAAAGUAUAUUUAAUCGAAAAUCUGUAAUCGUUAUAAAUUAUAACAAAUAAUUUGUAAAAUAAAUUCCAAAGUUUCACGUUUCGUUAAUACAAUAUUUAAUAUUUUUAAUUUUAUUAAAAUUUUACUUUGUGUGCUCGAGUAUUAUUUUAUUCUCUAAACGACUCUAUUGCAUUAUUCAGAAAAAAGUAAGUUUUACAGAAUUUAAUUCGACUCGCCUAACUGAAACGAUAACUUAUCCGUCUAUGUUAAUUAAACUUAUCCGUGCUCUUAAAGUUUGUACAGUUAUUUUGUAAUUCAAGUAAAUGGCACGUGGUAUAUAUUAACUUUGUUUCUUAUGGUUUCGUACACUUUAAACAUUACGCUUAUAAAGUCAACCCGAGAAGUUAUGUAUUAUAUUUAUGUUUGAAUUUGUUUUUCUCUAUAAAAUACGGAUAAAUCGGAUGAAUUAUUUAUUCUGAGAUUUAUGUUGGUUUUGGUUUUUAUUAAAUAUUUUAAAAUAUUAUAUUAUAUGUUUAUUAUAUAGGACUUUCACCUUUUAGCGCCAUUUUCUUAGUGCUAUAUAUUUUCCGUUGACAUGAAUAGAAAUACGUGUUUUUUCAUGGGUAGAUAUCCAAACAUGAAAAUAUGUAUACGAAUAGCCCCGCACAUUAUGCGCCAACAAUUUUUCGAGGUAGCGAUAAGAAAGAACCACCAGGGACUUAUUUUUUAUUUAAUUUCCCAUCAUACCUGGUGUGUCUCUGCCGCGUUGUACAAUUCGUCUCUUGGGAACGAUUUAUCUCGAUUUGGCUUCUUUCACCUCCAGUCUCUUAGUGCUUUUAACCGUUUUCGUUGACUCGGGUAUCCUUUUAACUUUUACGCAUAUUUUCAUUAUAAGGUUUCUUUUAAUACAUUUACGCUUAUACAAUUAUUUCGCGUUUGAAUAGUAUUUUUUCUCAAGUGAAAUUAUAUUAUCCGGUAUAAUAUUAUUAAUAACCUAACGUAAUCUAAAUAGCUUCAAUUUAAAAAAAAAAAUACGCAAUCCUGAUUAUUAAUCAAAUAAUUAUUUCUAUUUAUAAAUAAUAUAGUUUUUUUAAUUUUAUGACUAUGGAUAGUCUAUAAAAUCUGGGAAAUAAUAAUAUUAAAAGUGUAUUUUUUGUUUCUGAUUUGAUUUAUAAUUUUGAUUGGUAAUUUAUAUUACGUUUUUAUUUCAUUUUUGGUACCUUUUAAUUUUUUUCGAUCACAUUAAUUGUAUUUAAAUUGUCUUAUUCGAUUAAACUAUUUUUAAAUACAUUUUUCAUUAGUAAAUUUGUCCAGUCAGCUUCUGGUUUUUAUGUCUGUUAAAGUUUAGAUAGUGUAGUGUUUUCCUCGGGAAAAACAUUGUAUACUUCUUUAAUUUUAAAGGUUUCUUAUAUCUUAAAUAAAACCGUAUCUUUUGGUAAGUAAAUAUGUCCUGGAAAACUCGACGACUUAUGUACGGAUUUAGACAUCGUCUGUGCACCUGGGGGAUUAUAACUAUCUCCACCGACUAUUUGGACCGUCGCCAAAGUAUAUACUGUAUAAUGUUCACUUUCAUUAACGUCUGGUCUCUUUUUUUUUUUUUUAUAUAGAAAAUGUUAUAUAUUUUUUCUCUCACCAGACCUAUCCCUAAAUUAUUAUAAAGUGGCCUGGAAAUGCCCGAUAUACCCAUAUCACCGUAACUAUCGCACAAUAUAAUGCAUUUAAAUAAUUACAAUUCGAUUGAAAAUUGAAUUCAAUUAAUUAUGUGUGACACUACUCUUAUAUUGUUUUAUAAAUUAUUAUUAUUAUUAUGCAUUUGUAAUAUAUUAUAUCCAAACUAUAUGAAAUCCAUAAAAAUAAAUAUUUUAUGUUUCUAAACAAAUAUAUUGUAAUAUUACAUAGGUAUGUGGUUUUUAUUUGAUAUAUUUAGGGCGAAUAAUAAUUCUUUAGAAUGCAUGCACAUCGUGUCCAACAUAAUAACGCGAAAAUGUGUGUAUGUAUGUAUGUAGGUAGCGUCAAGUUAGAUUUAGGACUUGUCUGGUUGCAUAAACGUGACAGUUCUAGAAUCCCUAGGGGCACACGGUAAGCCCCUUUAGGUCUCAUAAAAAACGGAAGAACAAAUGACUGGCUUCGAUCCUGUAGGAGGUGUAGGUGGUGCUUAUAGUGUGUGUGGUUUUUUUCGGAGGGUUUUGUGGUUAGACAAAUCGCAGCGUAAGAGUAAAAAGAAUAAGGGUAGGAACGCGCACUAUAUAUUUUAUUUUUUUUUUACCCUUGACUAAUUUAGAUAAAAUGGUUUCGGAAAAGACGCAUAGGCCAAGACGCGAGCAACCGACAACGUGUAGUGCUGCAGCAGUAGCUUAGGGUCUUGUGAAUUGUGAUGUGUUUUUUCUUUCCAAAUUACAAACACGUUUGUUUCAAUUCGGUUUUGAUUGCUAACCGCUGGGGAACGAUUUUCAAUAACGGUAAUGCGAUUUAGCUUGUUAGUUCUAUUUCUAACCCGAUAAAAUGUUACACGCACUUAUUGGCUUAUUCAUUUAAGACGCACGCCGAGCAACGCGAACAAAUAUAAAACCUAAUACGAAUUGACGUUUUCUUAUAAAGUUAGGGUGAGGAGGCAGGUGCUCUAUACAUAAAAUAUAAUAAAGAUCUUAAAUAAUCCAUAAAAUGAAUCAGAUUAAGGGUUUCUUUUUUUUUUUUAUUGAAUUAUAAUAAAAUGGUUAUUGGGUUGUUUAAUGUAGGCGUUUAUAUAUUACUAUUUCAUAAGGAUAUUCGAAAAUGUCUUAAAAACAAAAUUAUUAAAAUGUAUGCAUUGUUUGUAAAUAGAUUGCAUACAGUAAUAUGCUUAAUAGGUAAUAUAUAAAAAAAAAAAGGAAAAAAAUGUAAUCAUUUUUUUUUAUACUAUUAAUGAAUAGAAUAGUUAAUAUUAUUUAUAAUUAGUAUUGUUUCGUUGAAAAUCACUACAAUAGUGUAGUGAUAACAUACAUAAUAAUAAUAAUAUACUGUUAACUGAUAUUAUAUUUAUCCUCCGUGUUUUUAUUUUAUUAUAAUGUGCAUUGACUAAUUCCUAUUCAUUCAUUAUAUUAUAUGAUUAGAAUGAUGAAAUCAUUGAGUUGAUUUUAAUUGAAAUUAUAUAUUUAUUACAAAUUCUGAUUUAGGAAAUUCAAUUUUACGACUUUUAGCAGGAUUCUGGAAUAAUCUCAUGUCUUACGUUAAAAGGCUCAAAGCAUGUAUCUAUCAAGUCUAUUUACAUAAUAACAUGAACUAUACGGUUAUUUUUUUUUUCAUCGAAUAGGUAUUUUGUGUCCCAUAUAUAGCUGUGUUCGAAAUGGCCAACACUAAAGGAAACAUAAUGCGUUUAAUUUAAUUUUAUGAUGUCGGUAUGCUCGGAAAGAUAAGGUUAUUAUACUAAAGUAUAAACAAAAAGCUCGUUUAUCAGAGUAAACGACAUAAAAUCGGGGCGAGGGGGAAUAUCGCCAGAGUGAAAUUCGCGUGAUAUACAAUAAUGCGCUAUACACUGUUAUAAAUCGUGGUUAUGGUUUCUGUAUAAAUAAUAAAAAAAUGUUUGUCAAAGUUUUUCAUAGAAUAUUAAUACCAUCGCCAAAAAAGCGCGUUAAAAUUCAUUUUUUCGAUGUGUUUAUAAUAGUAUUAUUAGUAUUUUCCUAAAUUAUAUGAUAACUGCGUGUGUGUACGUGACUAUUUCAACGAUGAUUUGGAAAAUGUUAUUUUAUACCUAAGUAAUUUAACGAUUAUUGCGUUUGUAACGAUUUUAAAAUAAUGAACAAGUAAACAGUUAAUAUCGUAAAUUAUCGUGUUCGUAACCUACCAUAUUAUUAUGUAAUAACAUUCGAUGUCGCGUACCAACAUCAUCACUAAUAUUAUAUUGUAUAUACGGUUAUAGUUUAGAUUUUCCGAGUCAAACUCCUCGGGUCUUGUAUUUGCGAGUCCUCAGGGGGGAAGGACGCGGCAGCGGCGAGAGGAAAAACAUCAACGACGACGCCUGCUGCAAUGCGUACCAAAGGGACUUUAUCUCGGGGUCCGAAAUGUCGUCUAUUAAUUACUAGCCCGGAGGUCGUAUAAUGGCGGCAAACCUUAGGCGCAGUCAUAGGAUUAAAGGGGUGAAAGUUUACGGGUACCCGAAACUCGGUUGAACACACGUACUCGCACCGCGUACAUUGGAUGGGGAGAGCGGGGGGAAUAUAAUAUGAAAUUACUUUCAAAAUAUUCACCCUUAUGAUCUGUUAAAAGGGCAAUGCAAAUAACGUAGUGUUUAAUAUAAUAUUUUACUAGGUAUAAUAAUAAUAAUAAUAAUAAUAAUAAUAAUAAUAGAUAAACACUAUUUGAAAUUAAAUUUAUUAUGUCUUAUUGUUGUAAGAUGGUAGCAUACGCAGGCAUCACACUAUAAUGUCCUCUUAGAUAUUUUUUUUCGGCAUCGUGUCUUCGUUGAAUAACUUGGGUAUGUCUUGACUCAUUGUUGGUCAUUAUGUUUGCAUCAAUAUUUUAAUGUAUCUACUGUUGCUAUUAUAUGAUAUAAUAAUAUUAUAAUAAAUAGUUUAUUUUGGUCGAGGAUUAAAAAUAUGUAUUAAAUUAGAAAAAAUUUUGUAUCUAGGUUAUUAAAAUAUUGAGGUCUAGGUUUAAUAACUUUAUAUUGUUUACUUUUACAAUAACAUCAACGUUGUAUCAGCAGUAUUGAAAUUUAUAACAAUACCUAUUGGUAAAACGCUUACAAUGUUUAAAAUGUUGUUUUUGAAUUUAAAUUGUAGAAGAAAAUAAACACCUAUCAAUGGUAGAAUUAUAUCAAAUUCGAUAUUUUUUGUAAUGCUUAUAAUAUAUAAAUAUAUCAAAUUGUAAUGUCCAAGAACUAUUAGUUAUGUAACUCCAAAAUUUGGGCCCGGGAGCGAAAUUUUAAACAGAUCCUCUUCACCUAGGCUAACCUAACCAAAUCCUAAUGAAAUUAUUUUAUAUAUUUGUAAAGCAUAUAUAAUUGUAUGUUUUAUUAAAUAAAUAUCUUAUCAUUUUUAAAUAAAUUAUGCUAGGAAUAAACUCUAAGGUUUAUAGAUAAUAUUAUCUAUAUAAACCUUGAUAAAACCCGAAGUUUUACGAUUUAUAAUAAUGAUAAUAUGUCCAUAUUAUAUUGUUUUCACCGUAGUAGGUACUGUAUACUUAAAACCAUUACGUUGAUAAGAUAAUAUUCACAGUCAUAUAGGCUACAAUAUAAUAUAGGUAAUAAUUUUGAAUUAUUAAAAUCAAUAAUUAAUAAUUUAUAAAAUUAAUAUAAUAUUAUCUACCUAUUAAAAAUAAAUAACAUUGUAUUACUUUGUACCUCUCCCUACCCUCUUAAGUCAACAGACCUGGGUGCGAUUGUGCCCUCUGAUCCCUUUUAGUUACGCCAAUCGGCUAUAUUUUAUGGUUAUACCGUUAGAUUUAAUAUUUUUAUAUUUUGAGCGAAUCGAGUAUUGUAUUGAUUUUGACUUAAUUUUACUUCAUAUAUUUUUUGAGUAAACAAUUUUCUUUACCAGAAAUCUCGCUCCAAUUAAAAAUGUAUAGGAACUUGAUUGAAGCAUUUUUAAUAUCUUGUUGGUGUAUUGAAUAGAUAUAUUUAAUAAAUGGGAAACAUGUUAGGAAAUUCCACUCUAUGAACUUGCUACUAACUUCCUGAUUUUUAAACAAUAAACUAUAAUUCUUUAUACAAUUUUAACAUUUUAAAAUUAAAAUUAUUAUUAAUUAUUAUUAUCCCUUACUUAAUUCUAAUCAUUAAAAGUUUGAAUAACUAGUAUUUAUAAAUAUAGAACUACUAGCUGACCCUACAAUGCUUUGUUAUUUCUAGAUAAUAGUAAUAAUAAUAAUAAUAAUAAUUAUAAUCCAUGUCACCAAGGUAACUCAUAAAUAAACAAAUAUAAAUAAAUAAACAAUUUCCAAGAUAUUUGUGUCGAAAAUACAUAAAAAUCCCUAUUGUAGGUGUUUAAUUUUAAAAAAUCGUUUCUUAACGGAUGCUUACGUAAUAGCCAUCUGUAUGUAAAAUUUCAGCCUGAUCCGUUCUGUGGUUUGGGCUAAGUUAUAUUGAAUCAGUCAGUCAGGACAUAUUAUUUUGUACAGAUAGAAGACAGAUAGAUUACUAUUUUUAUAAAAUAACUGUAUAUAAUAAAAACCUAAUAAUCUAAUCAACAAAAUUUAACUAAAUUCGGAACAAAAUGGAAGGUCGGACAUAAAGUAGAUUUAAGAAGUUUUUACUCACGUUUAGAAAUCAAAAAUUGAGAAUUUUUUUUGUAUAAUGUUGAUUGAUUUCUGGAUCAACUUAAAUAUAAGGGAAACAACGGUUAACAAUACUCUGCUCAGAAUCGUUUUUCAUUAGCAAUGGUUUAUCGUUACGUAUAGAUUUAAAUCAAAUUACUCUAUAGUGUAUAGGAUAUAUAGAUAUUUUCCCUUUCAACUUUCCUCUUUAACAUCGGUAUCCAUCAGUAGUAUCAGACUUUUUUUUUUACGAAUGUUUAUUUGUGUGCGUAUUACGAAAAACAAAUAAAGUCCAAAAACAGAAUUAUUACGAUAUAGUAUCUACCUACUGUUUAUUUUUACUAUCAUAAGUUGUAUAGUUGGUAUAUACCAUAUAAUAUUAUUUAUUUUGUAUAUGAUUCUUCCACAUCCUGUCGGAUACGCGCGUAACGGAUGAUGCGUGUUCUUUCAGUCACAUUGGAAGUCGUCCAAAAAUGCACAUAAUAUUACAAUAUUUUCCACACUCGGCGACAGCCCAACUGUGUGUUCCAUAAUACCAUAUAUAUACUAGUUGUUUUGUUUUUAUUUCCCGUAUAGGUGAAUAACUCCUACUACUAGGUAUAUAUGUCUGCAUCUGCAGUAUUGUUAUAAAUUCGCAUAAAUUGUGCACCCCUGAACGUAUAGGUAUUAUAUAGCCCGAGUCGAUAAAAUCCAUCUGUUUCUUUCUUCCCCACGUUCUGUGUGGAGAACUUUUACUCACUAAGUGUUUUCAAAAUGAAACACCUCGCACAUCGCUUGCGCUGUGAUAUAUACAUACGUAUAUAUCCGAUUUCCGGGCGAGGACCGCGAAACUGUGAUAUUUAUGGCCAGUGACGGACUUAUUGGCUUUAGAAGCGUCGAUUUACAGUAGUGUGAAUGCGUAAAAAAUUAUUGUUUACCCUUUGUUUCCAAAAAGUUAGUUUUUUUUAUUUUUUUUUUUAUUUCUCCCCGCUAGUGUGUAUGUGAUGACUGGGAGAAAAUAAAUGUUUUAAGUGUAAAAGCAAUGGUAGAAAAAGAAGACAUUAAAUGGGUUCAGGAAAAUCCUUUGCGUUAAAUAUUUAUGUAAAUUCUUGAAGGCCUUAUAAAUUAUACGAAGGUAUCAAUCAAAAUAAUGAUCUGAAAAAUUACUGGUUAAUAUUAUUAUUUAAUCCAGAAUAAAAUUGUUUUCAUAAUUAGGAAUAUAACACAGUAUAAAAUAUCUCCAAAAUGUUGAGAGUGCAAAUUCGGAUUAGUUGAAAUUAGAAAAUGUAAAUUUUCAUCAUUGAAAAAUGAUUUAUUAACGUAGGUAUUGUAAGAUACUUAUAACGGUUAAAAAAGAAAAUAUAUAUUUUUUAAUUUUAUGUAUUUUUUAUUCGGGCGUGUAUUUUGCAGGAGUAGCAAGAAAUUUAUGUUAUUUGGAACAUAAUUAUUUUAAUAAAUAUAACCGACAUUUGCAGUAUUUUCAUGUAAUUAGCUAUAAGAACGUUAAACAUUUCUGAUGUAAAAGUGUUGAAAACUAUUAUUCUGCUUGCAUUUAUAAACUAAUAAUUUUUACAUUGUUCAAUAUUGGUUUAUAAUAUAUAGUCUAUGCAAUAUAAAUUAAUAGGUUUACUAUUUAUUAGUUUUGGUAUCAAUUAAUUAAAUACAUUUUUUCGAAAUUUUAAUACAUACAGUUUUAUGAAAAUAAAUAUAAAUACAAUAAAUUACCAUAUUAAUAGAAUGGAUUGCAAAUGUGUAUGGCAUAUUAAUUAACUUUAGUUAGGUAUAUCAACUAUACAAUACGUUCGUAGAAUUUCUGAUGAAUUUCUAUUAAUGAUUAUUAUUUUCUCAUAAAAUUCCGGAGUACCUGCGCUAAACCCUAUAUUGGAUUAUUGCCAAGAUACUGCUGAUAAUAUAGAAAACAAAUCAUGUAUCAAGUAUCUGUGUCGUUCGAUUGUCUGAAUUUAUGUAUGUUAUAAUUAGAUAAUAACUAAUUACUAAAAAUUAAUAUUGUACCUACGCAUAAAAUAUUUUGUAUUUUAUUUAUUUUCCAGUUUUGCAGUCAUCCCCAUGAUUUUUACUGUAAUAAAUGAAAUCGAUUGUUCAGUUAACGGAUACAUACAGUUUUAACAUAACAUAUUUCUUUAGGAAUUAUUGAUGUUUAAAAUAGGGAAAUUGUAUCAAUUUUUGAAAGCGUAAAAUUAUAAUUUGUAAAAUAUAUACCUAUUGGUAAUAAAUCAUUAUUGUAAAUAUUAUGUAUAAAAGACUCGAAAACGGUUGAUAUUUAACUGAUUAGAGUACUAGGAAUUAAUGUCAGUAAAUAGAUAAUAAUAUACUUAUCGGUUAAAAAAAUGAAAAAUAAUAAUAAAUAUAAUAGUUUGUUUAUGUUUUUUUUUUUUUUCUAAUAAUUGGUGUACGUGCCAUAGAUGUUAAAGUAUAAGUAUUUACCUAAUUAUUUAACUUCAAAAUUAUCGAUAAACAUAAUUAAUAAUAACGUUAUUAUUUAAUAAUACAAUUAAUAUUAGCUGUAGCGGGAGAAAAAUAAGAGGAAAUAUCAUAUUAUUCGAUGUUUACGUUAGCGUAAUAUAUUUUCUAAUAAUUUAGGUGAUUUUUAUUAAUUUAAAAACUGUGUAUUUUCCUCCUAGGUUUUAAUGCGUAAAGGUUAUGUGGAUGCACGUUUGUUAGAAAUUUCGGCUUUGAUUCUACGAGCAUAAUGUUAUAUUAUAUAUACUGCGUUGGGUAAUGUGCUUAAGUUUAAUAUUGUGUUUGCAUAUUAUAUUAUAUAGUUACCGUAUUAUAAUAUUAGGCCAACGAUGGUGUAUACGCUUUUCAGUUUUAAUAACGGGCCCUGUACUAUAUUAUUAUACAAAGAACAUAUUAUAAUGAAUUGUUUUAAACUGCAGGUGCGAAACAGUUGUUUAUAGCCACUAUAUAUGUAGCGGAAUAAAGAAAUGAUAAUGUUAUAAUAUUUACCCGAGACCUAAUAGUUUUCUGAACACGCUGAGAGCAUAUAUAUUUUAACGUUUUGUUGGUGGCGAAUAGAGAGCGCUGCUGCUAGUUUUUGUGAUAUUAUGUCGCGUUAAUAUAUCAUUAUUAUGCUUGUAUUUUAAUACUAUUAUUGCCAUCCACAAUGAAUUGUUUUGCAAAUUCGUUAUGCUUCAUAAAUCUAUUAUUCUUUGUUAAUUUUGAAAUUUUAAAAUCAUCUAAUAUUAGUACGAAUACUUGUAUUAGUAGUAGAUACCUAUGUUUUAGUACUCUUAUGGUGAGUUAUAAUGAGAAAUUGAAGACUGGUUUCAAAAAUGUGUUGCUUUUUUUAUUACUGUAUACAUUUUUUGAAGUAUUAAAUAUUCCGUAACUUCAUAUUAAUCGAACAGGUAGGUUUUUUUUUAAGUAUUUGUUUUUAAAAUGUCCCAAUAUAAUUUUGUAUCUUUUUGUAUGACUAGUAAUUUCUUUAAAAUGAUGUUCCAUAGUAGGCAUAGAAAAUGACGAGCUAAAAUAUUGGGUCGAAUAACUGACAUAUUAUGUUUGUUUGGUGUUUUUUUUUUUUUUUUCGGAUUUCUGAAGUUACAUAGGAAGGCUUUCAAUAUUUUCAAUUUAGAAAUGGACAAAGGUUAAAUGGUUUUCACAGUUUUUUUUUUUUAUUGUAUACGAUUGGUUUCCUUUUAUCCUUCAAACUUUACUACCUAUACACGUCUUGCGAAAUAAAUCAAUACUUAUAUGUUUUUGACACACACAUAUAACGUGUGUGUGUAUAUGUGACAUUUAAUUUUCAUACAAUUUUAAAUUUUAAUUUUAAUAUCACAUACCUACGCUAACAUUUUCCAUUAUGUAAAUUAUUACGCCACGAUAAUUAUAACUCUAUAUUGCUGAUAUGAUUUGAGUUUGAUUACUUUGUGUAAUGCGUAGAAUUGUUUAAAUUAUUUUAAUGUUGUGAAUAAGAUAAUUUUAGUUUCCAUAUAGUGAAUAUAAUAAUAAAAUGUGUUAUUAUAAUCAUCCGAUUGUUACAAUUCAUCUAGCAAUACUAUAUCAUAUAGUAGAUGUAUUCGGUUUUUGAAGGGAAACUGAAAGUUUCGUCAAAAAGUCGCGUCAUUCGGAAGAUUGAUGGAUGUUUGUAUUAUACUAUAUGUUUGGGAAAAUUGAAUUUAAACAUCGUUAUUCCGAAGAAAACCAUAGCCGGCCUAAUGGAUUAACUGCUACCGAUUUUCCACCAUAGAUAUCUGUCUUCAUUAUUUCUCAUUACUGAUUCCCGUCCCCUUUUCCAGUGCAAAAACCCUGCACGCUUUGCAAUCAUCUGUCAGUAGACUGCUGCUCGACGGGGGCUAUUUCAUCUUAAUUGUGCGAUGGAGUCGUUCUCGGUGUGUUCUUUAUAUAAACUGUUUCAGAGUUAAUAACAAUAAAACUAAAAAAAAAAAAGAAAGUUUUUAAGACUAUCGUUAACAAAUUUAUUGUGUUACAUUUGCCAUCUAACAUGUAUUUUUCAGUUCAGAAAAGUGCCCUUUAAAUUGUCUCUUUUUCCCUCCAACGACAAUACAAACUCAAUCACCCUGCAAUUGUAGUAUAUGCGUUCAAUAAUCAUAUGAUUUAUAGCGAUACACUAGUUUGGAGUGUUUGGAUUGUUUGUACAAAUAGGGUUGAAAAUUACAUUAUUUAUAAUAAUGUUGUUCUAAAAAUGUCAAGAAUAUAAUAUAUAAUAUACAUUUUACUAGCAUAUUUUAAAGUAGAUAUUUAAUUUAUAUUCCCUAAUAGGUACAAUUAUUACAUUUAUCAAAUAUACAUUGUUAAAAUCAUUUAAUAUGGUAUUAGUAAUUUACGAUUAAUUAUAAAAAAAAAUCGUCGCAUCAAGAAUAUAUACAUUUUUUUAUAUUGAUAAAACCUGCAUAUUUCUUCUGGGCAACUGGCGUAGCUCUGCAGAGUAAUGCGUAUAUGAUUGGUUGAUUUAUACUGGGCUAUAAAACAUAAUAGAGGGGAAAAAGAAUAAGAAAAAAAACUAUAACCAAGACCUACCAAAAGUUACUACUAUAGUAGUAGUGCCUUUAAUAAAUCAUUUUGAUAAUACCUCAACUCCCAUGGUAUUCCACGGCAGUGACAUUAUGCUGUUGCAGCACAUACAUAUAAAGCGCUAUGCGUGAUGUAUAGAAAGUUUAUUGCGGUCCGUUCUGAUGGACGGUCUAAAUAUGAUAAAUUCCGAAACACACAAAUGAUUUUCGUUUCAAACAUUUUACCUACCUAUAGAAAUAUUGUGAAUUUUUUUUGGAGGGAAGGGGGGUUCAUAAUACCGAAAAGGAUCUGGUUUUGAUUUCGAGUCUAAUAUGAAUCGCUAAAUACAGAAAGGGCAGCAUGUUAAAAUGUAAACAUUUUUCUGGUAGGACAAAAAGCUUUAAAUUGUUUAGAUAAUCUGGUUUAGCAUUUUUUUUCCAAUUUUUUUCAGAUAUUAAGUAAUUUUUUCUUGAUCAAUUUUAAAAUUUUUGAACACGGGUCCUUUUUUUAUUUAAUGAUUUGUAUAUACUUGAAAUUUAAUCGUCUUCCGUAGGGUUUGGUACUUUUAAUGAAUCAACUCGUUUCAUGUUUUUGGUUGAAAUUUAUACAAAAUGGUCAUUAUUACUAGGUAAUAAUAACUUUAAUUAGUAUAGAAAUCAACGGCGUUUAAAAAUAAUAGGAUAAUUUAAGUUUAUGAUAUUAUGUAUAAACAUUUUUCUGUAUGAAUUAAUAACGCAUUUAGAGAUGUAAUUUACAAUCGUACUUUGUGUACAUUAAGACGCCUUUACGAUAUAAUAACAUAUGAACAUCUCAAUUACUGAACGCAAUCGGGAGAUUUUUUUUUAGAGUACUUAAUUGUAUUAUUUCAUUUGAUUCAACUCAAGAUAUAAUUUCUAUUCUAAACGGGUAAUUUUAAUAUGAUUUAGCAAGUUACGAAUACUACUUGAUCAAUUAUAUUGAAUAACUAAAUUUAAAUUUGUUCGUGGUUUUUUUUUAUUGUUUGUAAUAACAAAAUAUAGUCAAUAUCCAGUAAUUUUCAUGCAUUUCAGAUUUAUGAAAAAAAAAAAACAUAUAUGUAUAUGACUUUUUCAAAUUUAAUUGAUAAACAUACGAUUAAUCGAUAUUAAAUGCAUACAAUUAUUAUUAAUACAUAAAAGAAAUAAUAUGAUAAAAUUAUGUAAUAUGCUAUGUUAUUAUCACGUUCGAAGUUCAGAAUUAGAAUAAUUAUAUUAUAAAUAACAAAUUUGUAUUUAAUCAUGAAGGGAAAAAUCGGCUUAUUUAUCUCUGUAUAGAAUUAUUAGAUUAGAAUAAUAUUAAUUUUGUAUUCUUACCAGAUUAUUAUUUAACUAAACAAUUCCUAAAUCAAUUCACUUGCUUUAUAAAUAACAAUUUGAAUUGUUAACGAUUGUAAUGUUAAAAUCAUAUUGUUCAUAAUAAUAUUCAGAUUUUUUGUAUACAAAAACAAAUUUUUUUUUCAACUUGAACUCGGCGGUUUUCUGUCUUGUAAUUAUGUUUUAAACGAACACAUAUUCGCUUAAACUAACAAUAAUAUAAUUUGUUUCGCAUCAAAUAUACAAUCGGUUACAGAUCCCGGACAAUAUAACGGGAGAGGGAGGCAAUUUUUAAAAUGGAUAUAAGGUACACGUUAAUAAUAUACUAGAAAGAGAUUCCGCUACUAAAUAAAUAAAUUUCACUAGUUAUUUAAAAAAAAAAAUAUAUAAUAAUGAUAAAAUUAAUAAAUUCUCUUAAAAAACUCAAAUCGUAAAAAUGUUUAUUAAAUAUAAUACAUAUUUUAAAUCAGACUUCAAUUCAGUUCGUUUAAACAAAUUCUUCAAUAAUAUUUUUAUUUAGUGAUUAAUUUUAAUAAGAAAAAAAUAUACAUACAUGUAAUGCCACGAAUAGUUUUUAUUUGACUUAAACAAAAUAUAUUGUAGUAACCUUGAUAAAUAUUUUAUAAGUACCCAUAUAAAAACAAUAAAUUUCUUAGUUCUAUACGUAUGUAUAUUAUAUCCUUAGGGUCAUGAACCCAGUUAGAGCAUCAAAUUAAUUUUGUAUAAAAUUGUGUUCUUAUACUUAACCUAUAUAAUUUGUUUUAUUAUACUUAACUAGCGUGAAUUAAACGAACUAUAUAUUUUAUUAUUUAUAGUUUGAGGUACUGUGUAGACCUACGCAAAAUAUAUUAUAAUAAUAAUUACUUUUAAUUGAAUGUCGAGCUUCCGCCAAUCGUGCGACCAGACACAUUGCGUGCUUUUCUAUAAAACUUCAACUACGGUAUAUUUGCGUUUGUUAAAACCAAAUUGGCCACCUAUAAUGCAUACUAUAUAUCUACGUAUCACACGAUAUUUUUUUUUUGCACUUUGCAUCAAUAUUAGUUUUCCAGUAACAAUAUAUAAACAUAUCAAAUAUAAUAAUAUUCUUCGUUAAGUGGGUAUCCUGUAAAUGUAUAAUAAUGCGUUUGUGUUGAUAGGUUAAGAUAUUUUUGUAUACAAAUUAUUAUCAUAAAAGAUAAACAUAUUAUAAUAUAAUAAAUGCAUAUAAUAUUAUUAUUUUAAAUUCAUGUGCUAUUAAAUUUAAUUUUUCGUUUAAAUUCUGAAUGAAUCGAAGGAAUACAUUAUGAGUCGAAUAUGAUUAUUUUAUUUUUAUUUUUUGUGCCUGUAAACAAUUUUUUUUACCAAAAAUCUUGCUCCAAUCAUAAACUGCAUGCGUAAGAAUAUUCUGGUAGCAUUUUUGAUCAAGUUGAUGCAGUUAAGGCACGAUUAUUUUUUUUGAUUUUCUUUGUAAUAUUCCAAGUAAAAAGGAAAAAUUGACAAUUUGUCGUAUAUUUUGUGUUGAUUUCUAGGUUACCUUGGAAACAUAAGUGAAAAAAUACGACUAAUUAUAUUUGGCUCAGAAUUGAUUUUCGUUAGUAAUGGUUCAUUCAAUUUCUCUCAUAAGUGGUACACCCACUGACAAUAUAAACGUCUUUCUUACUUUUAAGUGAGAUUACGUAAUUUUAUUACUGAAUUGCAAUUUUUGAUAUGCAAAAUAGUAUUUUUAAAUAGUUUAUUUUUAUCUUUUCUUCGAGGCAAUACAUAUUUUAUUAUACUUAACACUACAAACUAUAGUUGUUUAAUAAUGAUGUGUUAAUUGUACCAUAAUUUAUUUGAACGAAGUACAUUAUUUUAUGAUAAUUACCUAUAUAUUGUAUUCGAUUUGAUUUUUAGUUCCUAUCAACUUUCCAUAUUUUAUGCUAGAUAUUUUGCGUUACCAUUUAAAAUCAACUACGGAUAUUAGAUAUUUCCAAUCUGCAGCUGUUUAAUUAAAACUAAUAAUUUUAAUAUUAGAAAUAUAAUAUAGUAUUGAAUAAUAUAAGUAUAAUCAUUUUGUGUACAUUAUUUUUAAAAUAAUUAUCAGACUAGUGUGACUAUGAAGUAUAUUUUUUACAAAUGACCGUGGAUGAAAUUAAAGACCCAAUAAUUUAAAAUAAUUUGUCUAUUAUGUUUGUUUUUGUUUUUUUCAAAUGGUACAUCCAUUAUUGUUUUUUUUUUUUUUUAUGUAUCGAUUCAUUUUUAAAGUUGUUUUUUAUUCCCUUAACUAUAUAUUUUAUUACAUGUCGCUGACAAAAUGUAUUACUUUAAAACAAAUCUAUAGAGAACUAUACUGUACUGGGAUAAAACGAUUUAAUUCUACGAUUUUCACAGUUGAAAUAACUAGAAUGACGCUAAAAUAAAUGUUUAAAUGUUUAGAACUUUAUAUAGUUCAGUACUUCUGUAUAUUUCACGUUUGCAAAAAGUAUAUAUACUUUACAUAUCUGCAGAAGAAAGAACUUUUCUUCAAUGAAAAUAAUAACGAGUUCAUAUUUCCUUCUAAAAAAAAAAAAACUUAUCUUUAGUUGGUUACAAUGACACUCCGCACUUAUUCAUCCAACAACUUAUUUUAAAGUUUUUAUAACUAAUGUAAAAAACUUAAUAUACAUCAUAUUAUCUUAAACAUUUUUCGCGCCUAUCUCGCAUAAGCAGGUAGACUGUGUAUAGAAAAAAAAACUGGGUAUUUAAAAAAAAGGAAUCGUAAUUUAAAAAACCUUAGACCGUCUAUAGUUAAUAUUAUUUUUUAAAAUUAUAUUUCAUUUGAGAACAGAAAUUUGUGUUUAAUUUAAAAUCUACUAUUAUAUUAGCAUAUCACAUCACGAAAAUACUCGUUCAAACUUUAAGUGCAAAUUUAAUUAAUCUUACUAAAUUAAUAACAAUAUUAUAUUUUAAUUAUAAAUACAGUUCACUUAUAUACUAUAAUAAUAUAUUCUAACGUAAAUAUUAAAUAAUGUUUCUAUAUAUAGAAUAAUAAUAAUAUUAUUAAUUAUUAAACGGUUCCUGAAUUUCUAUUGCGGUUUAACAGGCAAUUUAUGUAGUACGACUAUGCGAGUUGACUAUACCUUUAUCAUAAAUAAUCAAGCAAUAUCGCUAAUUAAAUUAUUGUUACGUGAUCAAUUAAACGCAUUUCUCAAGAAUCGUGUUAGUUGAUAAUAAUAUCGCACUAUCAUAACGGUGUAGUGUAACAACUCAAUAAAUGCAAUUCUAAGUUAUACAUUUUAUUCUAUAGUAAAAAUGUAGUUCUUUACGAUGUACCAUUACCGUAUUUUCUUGUCGGUACAGGUAUACAAAAUUAUAUGUGUUAAACGAGAAAACAUGGUAAGAUACCAAGGAAAAUACAUUGCUGUACAUUUUAUACUGUCUCAAAUUAAUAUUCUAAUUUCAUUGCAAUAUUGAUAUUCAAAUAGUUAGUACUUCAGCCCGCUUAAGCUAACACAGAAAAAGUAAAUACAACCAUGAGAUGAUUACAUUUUUUUUAAAUUGUGUAGUUUAAAUAUAUAAUUUUAUUUACAAAUUAAAUAAUUAAAAAAUCCUACGUUGCUAGAUAAAAUACUUUUUGUUUUACAAGUGGUUAAAAAUGCGUAAAAUAUUUAAACUCGUUUUUCUCAAAGCAUAAUUUUUUUAGUAUUACAUUUAUUACUUAUCACUUAUCAUUCUGAUAGUGUGAUAUAAUGAUUUACGGUGAAAUAUUUUUGAAUUCUGUUUAAAACAUGUAUAUCAAUAAUGGUCGUUUUUCAGAAUUUUGUUAGGUUAUGUAUUUAUUUCUAUUAAAACUGUACUAUAAUGAGGUUUUGUAAUGCAUAAAGAUAAUAAUUGUAACAACAUAAUGAAAUCACUCGGCAGUGGUGGUGACCGAUAUCAUAAACGGUAGUGUAUAAUAAUAUAUACGUGUUUCGAACGUUUUAUUUAUAUUGUAUGUAUACUACUAUCAGAUUUUUGGGAGAGAGGAGAGGAAAAGAGGUACCUAUAUUAUAAUAUAGUACAGUAGUGGGCGGAAACUGAGCGGCGGCGCGGAUUUUGCGCCGUCCACGCAGACAGACAGGCAACCGCUAAAACGUCACCGUCCCGAAACGGCCGCAGUCGUUCGUCCGUACUUCAGCGUGCGGUGCCGCGUCUCGUAGUACAACGUGCAAAGAUUAUCGUGGUUUUUUUUUAAAAUUUUUUUUAUUCGUUUAUGAUCGAAAUCGCGGUUUGUAAUAUUUGUCGUAUGCUCGUGCGUACGAAUAAAAAUGUCGUCGUUAUCUAUCGUCACGCGUAAUAAAUGAUAAUAAUAUAUAAUGAUCUGUAAUUAUUGUUACUGUUAUUAUAAAACCGGUACGAUCGCCGUCAUUUGACGUUUGUUACUCGAUAUACACACCACCAUCAUCAUCACUGUCAUCAUCAUCACAACCAUGGGGCAACCGCUAUCAUCGAAACAUGAAUAUUUGGUAAAAAAAAAAAAAUUAACAGAAAAUAAUUAUUUUUUUUUUAAAGACAUUUUUUUUUGUUUUUUGACAUUUAUAUUUUUUUAUUAAUAUAUCUUUGCCAAGAUGCUUUUUUAUAUGCAUACGCGUAGUCCGACACGCAUAUAUGACGAUAAACAUAAUAUUAUAUAUUUUUUUGACAGUUUUACAACUACUAAAAUUCACGCAGAAAAUAUACAAUUUUAAAUUAUUUUUUUUUGGGGGGGGGGAACUGUGAUGAUUAUUCAAAAAUUUAUAAAUCAAAAAUAAGUAUACAGAUAUAUAUUUUAUUUAUUAUACCGGAGUGAUUUUUUUUUUUAAUUCAUAAAUAUUCAUAAUUAAUACAAAUAUUUCAUCAUAAUGUAUACGAAUAAAAUUAUUUAAUUUAAUGUAAUUUAAUUUAAUUUUAGGUACCUAGUCAAAUAUUUUGUAUCUAUAAACGUAACUGCUGUAUCGAAUUAUUUUAUAAUAUUUGUGACUCAGUUAUUUUAUAUGAAAACAUAAUAUUGCAUACGUAUAUAUUAAAUUAAAAGGACCAUAUUUUUUUUGUUUUUCAACGACUAAUUUGUAUGCUUAAACAAAGUUUAUUUUUAAUUUUUAAGGUAAUGUAUAUAUUGUAUACUAAAGAAUUUUAAAUUAACUCAAUUUCGGGUAAACGUGAAAAAGUUAAUUAGCUGAUUCGUUAAAAAUAUUUGAAUAUAAUUAGGUAAUUGUUUUGAAGAAAUUAAUAUUCUAAAUGACGUAAUUAUAGGUAUAUAAGGGAGGAGUAAAGUCCAGUAUUUUUCAUUUUACGAGCUUGGAUUUGUGGUAAAUUGAAUUCGUCAGGUCUUUGACCGAAAUCAGUCUCAGGAGAAAUUAACUUGCCGACUUGUCUACGUGAUCUUAGCUGAAAAUGUAUAAAUGUUUACGAACCUCGUACUGCGCUAAAUUGUAUACGGUUUCCUUAUGGUUACAGUGCUGGUUUAAGGUUUCAAAAGAUCCGCCUAAGACGUUAUUUUUUUAGGUCGUCGUAAUAAUACGCUUGUGUGUGUGUGUGUGUGUGUGUGUGUCUGUGUACAUAAUUCAAUAUACGCAUGGAUUUCCACCUUCGUAUUUCUUUUUUCCCUUUUUAAAAUCCAUCACAAAGUGCUCUAACUUUUCCUGCAAUCUUGCAGCUGCUGUAAUAGUUAUUAGUUAUAUCAUUGCUUCCAGAGAAGAAGUGCUUAAGUUAAUUUUGUAUAGUUUUUAUACAAGCAAAUUACAUUUUGAAAAUACAUACACUUAUGCAAUUUAGACUAGAAUAUAAAAGGAACAAAAUUAUAUAUAUAUAUAUAAAUAAAUAAAAAAAUAUCAAAAAUUAACUUGAGCUUUUUUUUCUUAGGAUCAAAGAUAUAUUUUACUAAAAAGUUUAUGUUUUGUAACUAAAUUACUAUUUAAACUAUACAAUAUACAUAUUAUAAUGUUGAUAUUUUCAUAAAUGAAAUGUACCAAAUAAAGUUUAUCUUGCGUAUGUUUACUAUUGCUUUCCAAUAGAGAAUAUAUUUCUUAAAUGUAUAAUGUAUAUAUUCAUCGAAAAAAUGCAUAAUUAUUACACAAUCCAUUUAAUUAUUAAACAUUUAACGACAAAGUUAGAAUGAUGGGUUUACAUUGUAAUUUAUUAAAUAUCAUACAUUAUUUGCAUUAAGUUAGACACAUUUAAAUGUUUGAUAAUUAUUUAAUAGUGUAAUCAUUUUUAUACAUUAUUUAAAAUUUGUUUGCAUAUUUGUAUUGGUUUAUAAACAAAAUUACUAAUUUAUGCCAAAAUGAAUUUCAUGAUCUAAAGAUUCUAUACAUAUUUUUAGCAUUAUUUUUUACAUUUGUAGAGUAUAUUUUAAGGGCAUGUUAUUUUUGGUAUUUUCAAUGCAUAUUUGCAUAUACAGUUCUAUAUUUUUAAUGGUUUUUAAGGCAUCACAGUAUGUGCCCUAAUUGUUAUACAUAAUCAUUAUUGACAAAAAAUACCUGUCUCGAUCCUUUAAAAAAAAACCACCUUAUAUAAGAAGGUAUAUUUUAUAAUGUUGUUAUUUUUAAAUCCAAUUCCUAAACAUAGUGUGAAAGCCUCCAAAGGCCUAGUGGUCCAUAAGUGAUUGGUCGUCUCGGUUAGAUUUUUAUGAAAUACUGGACCCCCCGGUUAUUAUAUGUUUGCUAAAAAAUAUGAAGUCGUUAUAAAUAUUAUUUGGUGCGUACAUUUAAAAAUGCUGCUGUGAGCGAGUUUGAGUCUGAUAUUAUAUUUUACAAAAGCAGCUAUGAUUGAACGCGAACUAUACGCUCCCUUUUGUACAAAAAGUCCCGGUAGGUACCGGAAAUUAAUUAAUUUAACACGUGCCCAAAAACUUUUGGACGGUAUAUAAACGACUCAGGCCGCGUUUACCCGGGCAGUUUAUUGUGAGUUUUGGGAUUAUUAUUUUUUGGAAACUUCGUAAAAAAUAUUAUCAUGUCCUUUUUGACCGGAUUUCAUACAUAAUAUUGCACUUUAAAGAAAUUGUAUACACAUAAAGUUCCUCGCUAUAAUCCGCUAUAAUAUUUAUUAAAUUAUUAUAAUUUAAACUAUAUUGAAUACUAAAAAAAAAAAGUCACUGAAGAUAUUAUUAUUUAUCUGGAAAAAAUAAACAAAAAAAUUUAUCGUCACGAAAAAAAUAAUUUCCUCUUUAUAUUCUUCUAUCAAAAUCUCUUUCAGUCUCGGAUUCUGUUUUAUUACGAUACCUACUAUAUAAAUAUAUUAUAAAAUAUUGUUUUCUUUUCAUUCGGGGUUUUGUGCAUACUUAUGUUAAAUAUUUGUUAUCGUGUGUUGCGGUAUUGUUUAUCAUUGAAAAUAUAGUUUAUUCGAAUAAUACUAUAUAUCCACAAGGAAAUUCAAAUGAUUUUUUAUUCUAAAAAUUCAGGAUUUUAAAAUCGUGAAAUAAAAAAAAACGCUGAUACUGCUAAUUGUCGUGCCACUGUUUUAGGAAGGGAGGACAGUUGAAUUAUAGACAGAUUGAAUUUAUAUCUAUGUUAUUAUAAAUUAAAUCAUUAUCUUUAUGUCUAUAAAAAUGCAACGGCAAACUUAACGAAACACGAUUCUGAGCAAAGUACUAUUAGCUUUGAUUUUAGCUUGUUGCCAUUGAAUUUAGAAAUCAACAAAUAUUUUAUGAACAAUUGUCAGUUUUUCCUAUUUGUUAACAAGGAAAAGUUACAAGGAAAUCUAAAAAUAACUCUUUAAAUGCACCAACUAGAUCAAAAACGUUACGAGAAAAGUACUAUUAAUUUUUUGAUCGGAGCAAAUACAACCCUCAUUACAUAUUAUAAUCUGUUGCUACAUUAUACCCUUAAUCUAUAUAUUAUUAACGGAUAAAUAGAUCACUUUUUAUUAUCAUUUAGCAAUAUCAUUAAGAAUUUUAUUUAUUUUUUUUUUUUUUUUGUGACAAGCGUUUUCUUUUCAAAUGACUUACGUUUAUUACUGUUUUUUCGUGUUGUUUUCUACUCUGGUUAUUCGGCCCAAAGGAGAAAUAAAUUACACUAUUGUUUUUUUUGUUUUGUUUUUGUACUUUAUCUUUUGUGUUUUUAGACUUAAACCUUAACUAAUAACCUUUUCUCUUUGUGAUUUUUUUUUUUUGGUGGGGGGAAAUUGAAAUAACCGUUAAUGUGUUGUGAUGUAAAAUGUGUUCAAAUAUUACCAAAGAUCUAUAGGUACCUACAUUUUUUUUUUUAAUGGUUAUACAUAUUAUUAUAAUUUAGAUUAGUCGCGGUAUUAUACAUCAUUGUAUAUUUUUUUUUUAGACAAGUUCUAUUCAUCGUGCCUAAAACGCAUUACUGCAGAAUCGGCAUUUAUACAUUAUAUUACUAUGUCUGUUAUAAUAGUGUUUUUUCGAUUUUUCUUCUGCGUUAGUGUACUCGAAAACAUCACACAGUCACAAUAUCCAAUCUUAUAAAAACCUCGUUUUAUUAAAAAAAAACGUGUUUCCAUCCACUCGGUGGCGCCGUGUGAAUUGCGAACGGAAAAUUAAUAUUCGUCUUCACUCUGUUUCCGUCUCUCUCUCUUAUUUGUAGCGUAUAUAACAACUCAACCUAGAGAAUAUUGUGUCAUGCCAAAAUUUAGCCACAUAUACUUAUAUAUAUCAUUUACAGUUGAUUCGGAUUUAUUUACAUUAAUAAGAACUACUAUACGCUGUUUUCGUGUAGGGGUACUAUAAGAAAUAAGAAAUUGUUUGUAUUCAUGCGUAAAAUAAUUUCUCAGUGUGUAUGUGAACAGUUACAAAUAUUAAUAAAUUAGUUUUAUAAUACAAUUACAAUCGUAAUCAGUUAUAUAAUAAUAUGUUAUUAUCAUUUAAACUAUAAAUAAUUUUCUAUAAGCUGAAACAAUCAAAAAAAACGAAGAGGAUGUUAAUUUUUCAUGAGUACAAGUACCAGAGUAAUUUUGAUAACAGCCUAGAGGUUCGAACACCUUUUUGGGACUCCACGUCAAUAUUAUGACUAUUCAUAUAGUUAAUACAUAGAUAUUAUGAGAAACAUUGAUAGUAUAAUAUAGGCAUUUACUUUUGUAUCUCUACAUUUUUAUGUUGGAAAAUUAAGCAUAAUAAAAGAUAUUUAUUUAGCUUUUUAAAUUACUAAUAAAUAAAAUCUUUUAUAUGAUUUUGGAUUCUGAGAAAAGUGGGCUAUGUACUUUUUUUUCAGGAAUUUUGCUACAAUCAAAAACUUUAUGUUAAUAUUUAUGUCAAAUUUUUAAUCUAGUUGAUACAAUUAAGAAGUCACUUUUUAUUUUCUCUGUAGUUUUCUUAAUAAAUUGGAAAAACGGGCCAUUUUUCUUAUAGUUUUUAUUGGUUCUUGGUUUACCUUGGAAACAAGGGAAAUAUUAUAAUAUACUGCUCAGAAUUACUUUUUGUUAGUAAUGGUUUAUCAUUAAGUACAGAUAUAAAUUAAAUAUAUAUAUAAAUAAACACGACUUAUCUUGCUGACGAAAAUUCUAUAAGGAAUAUAAUAUGCGCGUGUACCAUAUACAGAGUUUAUAUUAUAAUUUUAAUUGUACAUUUUCAUACAUAAAUAUUUCACAAACAUAUUGUUUCGACGUACCGUAUACUCGUUUUUAAUUUAAUAAUAAUGUAUACACCAUCAUUAAGUGAGCAACUUCUUAAGUUUUAAAGCGAUUAUUCAGUUAAAAUAUUACAUUAUUAUAUACGAGUAUUAUACCAUAAUAUUAUUAUACACACAGAGGCUAUAUAAUAUUAUCGUUUAUUUGGAAACAAAGUUUGAUUAAGGAUAAAUAUAUAGUAAAGUAUGUAUUUUUUACUACGUCAUCGUCUCGCAGCCUCUAAAUAAUUAUUAUCUCCAUACGGUGGUAUUCGGUGGCUCUUGAAAGUUUAAUGGUUUAUGUAUAAAUUAUAGGUUAGGUUUUUUUUUUUUUAAACGAUCCUUUUUCAGUAAAUAACUACCCACGCGCGUAUAUAAAAAACUUCCGAAGAUAAUAUAGGAUGAUAAAAGAAUCCUUUCACACCGGCUAUAGUCGACCAUCGUGUAGUCUUUGCUGCACCAGUACCUAUACGGGUUUCUAGGGGGAUGCUCUGAUUUAUGGACAAGCUGACGUUAGUGGGGGGGGGGAUUAUUACCCCGUGCCAAGAACCCGAAGGGUUUUUCCGAACUGUGCGGGAAAAAGUUUGCGUUGUAAAAAAAUUUACGGUUUGCCCGCACGGUGGUUUAAUUAACGUUGUCGAUUGUAUUUAAUGUCCUAUACUAUUAUACAUAUUAUACGAAUGUGUUGCAAAGUAAAUGUAAUCUCAUAUAAUAGUGUGUGAUAGAAUUUAGAUAUUUGUUUGUUUUUUCAAAAUGAUCUACUGAUAGUGGUAAACUACCGGUUCAUCAACAUAUUAAUAUUAUUGUAGUCUCUGGUGUUAAUGACAUUAUCCCAAAUUCUGAACGAUAUAAGUUUUAAAAAAUAUAAUGUACUAUAAUAAUCCCUGUAUUUUUAUCAUUACAAUUAUUUAUUUCUGUUUAACGAAUUUGGUUUUUUCCGAUUUUAAUUUUAAAAUGAGGGUGAUUUUUAAGCAUGCUCAUCUCAUAUGUAUUGAUAACUAUGCAUAUUAUACUAAAAUUCUGAUUUUCGGAAUUUUUAAGUGAAGUUAAAAACAAUAUUUUUGAAUACUCAGACUUUGCAUACAAUUUAAGGAAUACUUUUUGAUGAUUCCAACUUUAAUUUUUCAAAUUAGGACCUUCAUGUUUUAAUGCAAAUUUCAAAAUAUUGACGCAUUGUAUCGAAAUUUGAAUGAAACGUUUCUCAGUCGUUCUACUUUAAAUACUAAUAAGAAUAAUAGUUUAUUAAAUAAAUUUUAAAUGAGACGAGUUUAGUAAUUAUAAUUAUGUAUGUGAUGUAAAAUAUUUUUUAAUAAUAACUACCUAGUCAAAUGUGCUCAGACAAAUUGUUUAACAUUAAAAUAAUAAUACUCAUGGAUUGAGGAUUUACCAAACUCUUAUACAUUCACAAUGCAUUUAAUAGAUUAUUGACCUUAAUAUUUUUGGUAGGAGAACUUAAAUCAAUUUUUGUCAUUUUUUUUAAAAGUAAUUUUGUCUAAUAUAUUUUUUUUCUGGUUUAAAUGCCAUACGUAUGGAUCUUCAAAAGUUGUGUUACAUUAAUCUUUAGUUAAUAAUAAUUUUAAUUAUUAUUAUUAAUAUUAAAAUAAAAAAAGUAGUAAAAUACAUUUCCAUGAAUAUAGUAUAAUUUAAUCAUAACUAUUAUAUAAUAUAUUCUUAUUUAUAAUGUUCUAUAACUAGGAGUUAUAUUAGGGUUCAUCACAGGCUUACGGUCCUGUUUAUGAAAAACCAAAUUAUGCAUGUGAUAUCGAUAGGGAUAUAGACAUAUCGCAGAGUUAUAUAAAUAGGGAUUAUUGGUAAUAUCGUCAACUGCCAGUUUCUCAAGGGAUUCCGCGGCGUCUCGUAUAGGCAAUUCACCUGUUUCUGUGCGUUUUCAAUUUGGAAAAGAACGAAAAGAUUAUGUUUUAAUAUAAGUAUUAUAAUAAUAUAUUAUUAUGGAUAACGGCAGGCGCGGCAUUAUGCAAUUGACAUCAAAAUAAAAUUCUGUACAUUUUCAUCGGUAUUUUAGUAUUAUGUUAUACAAAUUAUAUGUUCAAGUGUUUUAGAAAAAAAAACAAUUGCGUACUCUUACCAUUUAGAAAUAUAUAGAGUUCGGAAUAGAAGGAAGAUAUAAAGUAGAAUUUAAUUUAUAUCUCUACGCAACAAUUAAUCUUUGCCAACGAUUCUGAGCGGAGAGAUUAUACAUGUUUUGAAAGGCCGUAAUAUUUACGAUUUGAGAAUAAUUCAUCUCCUAAAUUUUCCCGUUUUUCCUGCGUUUUUUCCCGGUUUUCCUAUUUAUUAUGAAAACCCCUGGGAAAAUGAAAAAAAAAUAUACCUCCUUGAAGUACCACCCCAGUUAAAUUUCCUGUUAAAAAAAGUUCUAUAAGUGUAAAACCCAAUACAAUGUAUCACUCCGCUCAGAAUCUAAAAUAAACAAUCUUAUAUUUAGUUUUUUUUGCGAUUGAUUUAUUAUAUAUUAUUGCUAUUUAAUUUAUUAUAUGUUAUUCUGUCGAGUUUAAAACAAUUAUUAAUUAUCAAGUGCACUUAGUACAAUAAUAUACAGUCAUCCAAAAAUAUUGAUUAAUUCUAAGUAAUUAUUUUCAACUAAAAGUCAUAUUCAAUAUGGUUCAACGCAUAUACUGUUUUUUGCCGGGUAAGGUUUUUUUUUUUAAAUUACUGAAUAUAAUUACUUUUGCUUUUAAAAUAUACUCGCCAUUAUUGCAUUUUAUUUUUAAAAUUAUAAAUGAUAUUUUUCAUAUUGACCGCUGUCAUUGCAAUGCAAAAUAUAUAAGCACAAUAUUUUUUCGCGAAUUCUCAUAUUUUGGAUUCGGAACGAAACGAGGAAUGUAUUUGUUUUACCGCGUUUUGCUUUUUUGUGUUUGUCUGCAGUAUGGGCCUUUAGUAUAUAAAUACUAAAUUAUAUUAAUUACGAAUCGUAUUAUAUGCAUAUAUUUAGCGCAUUUGAAUUUUUUUAUAGUCUCCUCCGUGUCAUCUAAUUUUUAAACCCACCUCUGUGCAUCUGUAAACAACUUUUUUUUUUACCAGAAAUCUUUCUUCAAUAAAAAAACUUUAUAGUUAUUUUCUUGUUAAAUAUUUCAUUAAGUUGAUGCAUAAGAUGGAUCUAUUUUUAAUUUUUGUCGUAGUUUUUUUUUUUUUAAUAAAUGGAGAAAUUGGGAAUUUUUUUAUAAAUUUUUGAUUGAUUUCUUGGUAACCUCGGGAACAUAGACAAUAUACGACUUAUUAUAUUCUGCUCAGAAUCGCUUUUCGUUACCAAUAGUUUAUCGUUGUGUACAGAUCUAAAUUAAAUUUUACUCUAUAGGUAUAUUCUCGCUUUUAAUUUUCCCAUCCAUCAGCACUAGAUAUCGGCCCUUUUAUCGGAUUUGUUUAUUUGCGUGCGGCGUCGACGGCCUUUCGAAUGAUUUAAAAAGCUAUGCAAUUCACGCUGUAUUAUCGUAUUAUAAUUAAAAAUGAAAAUAACCGUAUCUAUUAGAUUGUAUAUUACACGAACGAAUUUUGCACGGGCACUCGACGCAUCGGAAAUUUUUAGGGAGGGGAAUGCUGUAUUUGCGGAUUAAAUACAUAAAAACGGACCGAUCCUGCAACAGUACAUAAUGUGUACGGCGUAACAAUAGCGGUAGGUACGUAGAUAGGUAGUAAAAACGAGGAGAUGCUUUUUCUUUUAAUUGAACGAGUGUAUAGGAUCCUCUCGUCGUCGUCGUCGUCGUCAGAGUUUCCGGUGUAACGGUCGUUCAAUUUCGCGGCCUGGUGUAAUAUAAUCAUUAUCACCGUAUUUACCGCGAGUUUCAUUUAAGGCGGUCGGUCUGUUUUCAAUGAGCUUUACGCACGUCCCGCGUGCACACGCCACGGUCAUUUCGUCCCCGUAUCUCUUUCUCUUUCUGUGUCGUCCUGCCGGCCGGCGACGGAGAUUAAGGUGGUGGCGGAGGAGGGUCCGGGGGUAAGGGGCAAAGUGCGCGGGACUGUUGCAAAAGUCCCGAUUCGUAUGCGGUACACGCGCGAACACUUGGCGUUUGCAGGCAAACAACACGUUGCGACCUUUAUUCUCUUCUCUCGCCCGUCCUGCCGCAUGCCUUAUUAUUAUUAUUAUUAUUAUUAUUAUUAUUAUAUAAACCUAUAUACUUAUACUUACUUCUGUUCGCGAUACCCGUUAUCUUCGGGCGGCGGCGGGGACGGGAGCAGUUUACUUAAUAAAAGGCGCUAAGCCGCGAAAGUGGAUCUAUAGCUAUACAGCCGGUACACAUAUACGUAUAAUAAUAAUAAUAAUAUAAAUAGCGGCACCACCGCCCGCAAGUAUUACACGAUACCUGCCAUACCUACCCUAGCGCGUCCUCUCGAAAUAUCAUUUCCACGUAUGCGCGCGAUGUUCGUACGUGUGCGAUAACCGUAGCAUUCCGAACGGGUGUGUAUAGGAAUAUAUAUAUAUAUGUAUAAUAUGUGUCUAUAUUAUGUGUUUGCGCGUACACCCUUUAUAAUAUAUAUUGAUGAAACGGUUACACGCGGACCGCGUCGUCCUCGUCUAUAUAUUAUAUACGCGAGGAUUAAAAAAAAAAAAAAAAAAACACACCGGAUCCCUCCUCCAUGUUCCCCUUUCUCCAACCCACUCCGGUUCCGCCGUUUCAUUAGACUCCCGCACGUUCCGUCCGCGUCUUCGGGCCGCGGUCGCCACCGCCGUUUGAUAAAUAGACAACGAAAUUGGUCGGUGCGCUACAGUAAUCCACUUUGAACGGACACAUCAUUUCGCCAAUCUCUCUUUUUCUCUGUCUCUCUCUCGUCUGUGUUUCGGCGUUCCGCGGGUCGUGACGUGAAAAACAAUCGGAGAUAUACGCGGCGCGAACACAUUUUUCCUUUUCGCGGCGUCGGUGGCGGCGACGACGCGGUCGGACGCGCGCGAUGGUGACGUCUCGGACUACAUAUCCUAUCCGCACGCAUGUAAUAACGUCUCUUAAACGAGAUUUCCAUCCCGCUACGGCCGAUACCUAUACACUUUUUCCACAUUAUCCCCUUCCGUCAUUUAUAAAUCUUUUUUUUUUUUUCUUUUUUUUUUUUUUUUAAACGUAAUUAUUAUAUUGUAAUAUCGCGAUUAUUAUUCGCCUCGUCCUCCGGCGACGACGGUCGUAUUAUUUUAGAUUCUGUGGCGAAUGCGAGGGAAUUUAUUGGUCUUGGAAUCUUACUUCUUGUAUUUCAUUUUUAAACUAGACGGAGUUUAUUGAGGAGGUCGAUCGGUAACUUUUCUAGAAGUUUUGUUAGUACAGGUAAAUUGGGAAAAAUCAGGCAUAACUUUGUAUGCAAUUUUUGCGGAUUUCUCGGUUGGCGACAAGGGGACAAAAUACGACAGCAAAUACUCCGCUCAGAAUCGUUUUACGUUAGUGGUAGUUUAUUGAUGCGUAAAAAUACGAAUUGAAUUGCUCUAUACAUCCAAUUUUCUUCUAUAACAGUGGCAAGUCCAUCAGCAGUGUCAGUUUAUUAUUAUUAUCAUUACCGUCCGUCCAGUAUAUCGGCCGACAUCGGUCGUCUCUACAUUAAUAAUUAUAACUUCAUUUGAAAUUCAACACAAACACCGGUAAUUUCUUUUGAAUAAUAUUUUCUCAGCGCGUUUGUGCGUGCGUGAACUUAACUCCAUUCAUUAUUAUAAUAAUUCGUGGUGUAUUAUUGUUAUUAUUAUUAUUAUUAUUAUUAUUUGUUUCCUCUUGUUCUAUACUUAAAAUAUACCCACUACGUAUAGUCGUAUUGUUUUUUACUGCGGAAAUGCCAAUUAACAUAUUAUUAUAAUAUACGCUUUAAAGGCCAAACUAUUAUAGGUUGCAGUGUACUUCACACGCGCAUAUAUAGUUAUUAGUUUAUAAUAUUAUAAUAUGUUUUUUAUUCAGGUCGAAUGCAAAGUCGCCAAAUUUAGAUUAUAAUAAUUUGUCAAUUGUAUAUUAUCUGUAUAUCUAUGAUAAAAUUACCAUUACCGUACCCGUGAGUAAAUUUACAAGCGGCAAACGUCGUAAAACAGAGAGAGAUUCAGUGUAUCCGUUUAGCUAAAGGGCGUUGCAAACAUUAGCAACGUUUGCUCUGUUUGUAACCAGAUAUUAUUGAUUAUUAUCAGACAUUACUCAUUUUUUUGUUAUGCGCGUUUAAUACAACAAUUAUGUAUAGUUAAAUAUUUUAUUAGUUAAUUAUAUUCAAGCGUUUGAAACACGUUUGCCGCUCGAGAAUCUACUAUACAUGUAUGUUGCCUUUGAGUUAUUUGUAUUAGUAAAAUAGUUUAUAAUGUUACCAAUCGCAGCUCUCGUUUAUUAAUAUUACAAUAUUACAGGGAUGCAAUUUUAAUUCGCCGAAAAAUACUUAAAUAUUCUAAAAUAUGGCUCAAAUUUAAAUGAACUUGAAAAUAAUAAAAAUAAAAUAAAAAUCAACAUUUUGAAAAUAUACUAAACUAAACCGUAACAUAUAAUUGUAUAUUUUUAAUUUUUAUGUCCAUAUUGUAUUUGAAGUAGACAAAAACGAGAAUAGUUGAACAAAUUGUCGUUUUUUGUUGUGUUUAAAAUUUAAAAUAAAAAUAAUAAUUUAAAAAUGGCGAAAAUAGACUUAAUAAAAACUCAAAACUUGACCAAAAAAGUAAAGUAAAAGCUUCUAAACUAGGUUCAUCUUUAUACAUACUAUUAAACAACUAUUCGAACUUCGUACAUAUAAAAAAUGUCUCAUAAUAAGCUAAAAAAAAAAAAAUAAGAAGCAAUAAAUGCACAACUCUAUUAUUAUAAUCGAUAUAUUAUUGUAAUAUCAUUAUUUUUUUUUUCAUUAUGGAUUUUUGUCAGAUUAAUUUACUACAUUAUAUUGUGUUGUGUAUAUAUUGAAAGGUUAAUACCGUCCCGUCAGAAAUUCGGCAAUAAUUAUUAUUUCAAUAUUGAAAUCGCGCCGCUGUUGAAUUUGAUGUUUUUAUGUUAUUAUUAAAAUAUUUGUGCAUCGAUUUAUACGUGUCACGUCACGUCACGUCACGACGGUAUUACCAAAAGAUAAAUUCGUUUCGAUAUAUCACUAUACUCUAAUAAUAAUCCUCUUGCAAAUAAUUUUUCAUAAUUAAUCGCAUACCGAAUUUAUUGCCGUUUUUGCAAAUACUGCAUCUGUAAUAAUAAUCCGUGAAUUCCCGGAAUUUCUAAGUGUGGACGUACAAGUGCGGUAUCCAGAUUUUUAUACUCCAGUAGUCCACGGAUACAGACAACCGAUCGAAAUCUUUCGGCAGAAACCCGGGAUCCGGAUUUGUAUUACAUUCCAGGUUUUUUUCUUGACACUUGGCACUUGGUGCUCAAAUAAAACUAUUAAAAUACUAUUAUCGCGAGCCAGUUGAAUCGUUAUUCGUUCGACCGAUUUGAUAAUACUGCGGUAAAAACGUGGGAUGUAAACACGCGAGCGGGAUGGGGUUUUUAUUAUUUUUUUUUUUAUUAUUUGUCGAAAUCGACCGUCGGCGGCGGAAUUGAUUCCGAUACGUGUAAAUCUUGCGGCGCGCGCGGCCGUUUAUCUUGGAAAUGUGUUUUGACACUGCAGCGCAGUUUGUACAAAUCGGAAGUUUUUGUUAUUUUUUUUUUUUUCUGCCGCGUUACAAAUAUUAUUUGUGUUUUAUCGAAUUUACGGUGGAGGAGGUGUAGUAGUAUAAUGCAAUAUUGUUUUUACGGCGACUGAAUAAAUAAUAAAUAUUGGUACAGCUGCUGCAGUGUUGUGCGCUGUUAUAGAAAUUACGUUUAUGUUUAUAUAAUAUUAUUAUAUUCGUCGGGCAAAUAUACAACCCGUGUACAUACAAUAUAUAAACAUUUUACGACUUGGAAGACAUUUUUUUUUUUUUUUUCUGAACAAAUUAGACCGCGGCAUUUAUUUUACCUUUUGUACAUUAUUGUAAUUACGAUUUUGAAAACGCGAGAACGUUUUUCAUUGUUUAUUUGUAUUUUUCUUUUUUCUUUUCCCGCGUCGCUUUCAACAAAUAUCGUAGAAAACUGUUAUAUUUAUUCGUUCUCUUAUUGUUUGUUAUGUGUAUUAUGCGGGUGUUUUUUGUUUUUUUUUUUUUUUAUAUAAUAAUAUAUUCGUUUCACCGGGUUAUAAUGUUAUUCGCGUUGCGGAAUAAAAGAAACAAACCCUCGGCCGGCCGUGUUCUGAAUGAAAACUCCAUGUACGAAUAAUUAAAAAUAUUUUCGGACAAAAAUUUAUUGUAUUCGGCCAGCUGUGUUUCGGACGACGUGUAGUAUAAACUUUGUGUUUAUUUUGUUUUUGUGUAUAUAUAAAUGAGUAUAUAGCGGCGACGGUACGAUUUUCAUUUUCCGUGGAAUUUUUUUUUUCUUUUGAUACAAAUUUUUAUUUCAAUUCACAAAAUAUAAUAGUCGACUUUUUAUUAUUUAAAGCAUCUUGGUCAAGAUUUUUUUUUUCACAUUUAUUCGUCCCUAGAAAAUUAAUAACAAUAUUAUAACUAUAUAGAGUUAGGAUGUUUAUGCGCUAAAAAAGGAAUUACGAAGUAUAUAAUAAUAUGCGCUGAACGAAAACAGCUACAUUACAUACUACAUAUGACCGGAAAAUAGAUACAUAAAUGCGUUAACAUUUUUUGUAUUUAUUUAAUUAUUUAACGAAAAUUAAUUAUGGUUCACAGUUCACGCCCCUGUACAGUUGGAGAAACACAUAGAUACAUGUUAUCAUUUUUAAAAAUUGUUUUCAUUCAAUUAUACUGUGUACGGGCAAAGCCAUGCGAGACGGUUAAAUUGGAAUGUAGUGUAAUUCAGUUAAUAUAAUGAAUAAUGUAACGAAAAAUCAUUGUAAUCAAAACGCGAUUCAGAGUGGAGCUCGGUGAAAUGAUGAUGGUUUGUUUUCCUUUUAGGAGUGUAGAAACCAUUUUCAUGUAAAAUAAAAAUUACUGGUUGAAAAUUCCACAUCUUUUAAAGUACUACGUAAGAAAAUCGAAGCUUUCUACUCGCCAAAAAAAAGGGUAUAAAAAGCAAUUUUUCGAAAAAACAGUUGGAGUUUCGGAAAAAAAUUGGAAGUAAAAUUAUCACUAGGUGAAAAAUCUGCUUCUAUUAAGGUAUAACAUGAAUAAACCAACCAUAAUCAUUUUUAAGAAAAUACAAUAACAGUAGGCACCUAUUGUCUAUAGGUAGAAUAUUAAAUUAAAAGCGUUUUUUUUUAAAUUUUUUUUUUUUUUUGCUUUAUUAUAAACAGUCUUCCGAGAUUUUUAAUUUGGACAUUUUCUUUCUUUGUUUAUAAAAUUCUUAAUAUUAUUUAAAUGUUCGGAAACAAUUCUAACCGAAUUAAUAGUUAUUUUAAUAUUUUUAACCGCUGUAAAAAACAUGAACUCAAUAUUAUUUUCUACAGUUUGAUCAAAAAAUUCAGCCCUUAUAAAAAUGAUGGUUAUGUCGUCGUACACCUUAUAAUCGUACUCCUUAAACAUCAAAAAACUCUUGAAAAACCACUCAUGUGUAAUCAUAAACAUCUUAACUCUAUUACAUUAUAAUAGUAAUAACAUAAGCUAUGUUAGUGACAAAAAAAAAAAAAAAAAUGUACACUUUUGAUGAGAAAUACAUUAUUUACACCGAAAAAUGUGUCGAAUACUAAAAUCGAUGCGAAAAAGUGUACACUUUUUGUUAAAACAAACAGAUCUAUUGUUGUGUCGUGAUAAUGAUGGCGUGUACUUAUAUAUAUGUAUGUAUAUUUAUCGUAUUAAAGAAUCUCUGCGCCGCCACUGAAAUUCUGACGGCGGAGAGGGUCUCGUACGGCCGGUUUCGGUGGUGGCAGUGGUGACGGGGAAGAGUAGAGAGCGCAAACAUGAACGAAAGUGGUGUGCCGCCCGGCCCCGAAAAAGCACCGGCACCAUCGGCGGUGGCAAAAGAAGCUGACGAUGCCGGGACCGAGGACGAGCAGCUGCUGUUUCUUAAGGUAAGACGAGACACUCGACGACGGCCUUGUUGACUUUGUCAUGUUUUCCGUUCCUCUUUUGUGUUUUAUUUUUUUUUUUCCGGAAAGACGAAUCGAAAACCGCUGGGGGAGAAAACAAAACCGUCGUUGUUGACUGCUCGUCGUUGUCGGGCCGUAUAUACGUACGCGUAUUGUUGUUGUAGUAGUGCACUCGUGUGUUUUGCACAGCACUGUUGUACUAUCCGGAAAAAGUCGGACACAAAUCGAAAACUCGGAAAGCUCCUAUAUAUAUAUAUAAAAACUUCCGCCCUUUAGUUCCGUGUGCUGUCUGUUUACCACUGCAAUCCUCGCACGAAUCGUCUUUGCAGUAGAUGGUUUAUUCGGACACCGGAUAUCGUCGUCAUCGUCUCCUGCUGUCGUCGUCCCCAAUUUUGUGAACUACUUGAUGGCGAAAUAUAUUAUAUUAAAUUGUACACUCUCAACAGCUAUAUAAUAUUAUAUAAGCGCUUCCUGUCAGCAUCAUGCAUCCCUUUUUCUCUCUCUUCAGCUGCAGUAUAUAGGUAAAACUUUUUGUAUGAUGAAGUUUUCAAAAAAUAAAUAAAUAAAUAAAUAAAUAAAUAAAGUUUUCGACAGGCCUAUCAAAAAAAAAAAAAAAAAAAUACUGAUACUGCUUAUGGGUGUGUCCUGUUAUAGAAAGAGAGUUGAAAGAAAGAACGUGUGGAGUAAUUUAAUUUAUAUCUGUACGCAACGAUGAACAACGCAAAGCGAUUCUGAGCGGAAUAUUAUUAGUUAUAUUUUUUCUCGUGUUGUCAGGUUAACUAAGAAACCAGCAUUCAAAUUAAACAAAACAUGUCUCCAUUUGUUAACAAAACUAUAAGGUUAAUCAAAUAAUGAUCCACCCAAUGUACCAAUUAGAUCAAAAAUGGUACAUAAGUUAUUUCUAUAAAGUGUUUGAUUGUAGUGAGAUUUCUGGCGUAGAAAAUUUGUUUACAGACAAAACACAUCAUACUAUAACCAAUAUUAGUAUUUAGGUUAGUAUAUAAGUACAUUUCUCGCAAAUUAUACGAAAUUUAAAUCAAAGAAACUAUACUAGUAUCAUAAUUUUUUAAUUUUUAGACGUGGCGAUUCAAUUAAAAUACGGUAGUUGACCUAUAUAUAUAUAUAUAUAUAUUACAUUCUCGCAGUGUAGGUACGUCCGAAAAUUAGAGAACGCAACACUUUAAUAAUAAUUUGUACUCGUGUUUCUAGAAAGUUUCAUUAUUUCGCGUCACCGAGCUAUUAUAUGUUUGCUUUGUUUUCUUCGCUAUACAAUUGCUCAAAAAGUAAAUACAAACAAUAGCCUGGUACUUACGUAGGUAUAAACAUACAAAAGCUCGUUAAAUUAUUGUUACGUAUUUAUCAUUGAAAUCUAGGCACGCGGAAUAAUAAUGAAACACUUGAUAUUUUUUUUUUCAAAUUCAAGUUUUUAUUAUACGUUUUUUUUUUUUUUAAUGUUAAGUUUAUAAUAAAUUAGACUUCCCCGAGCAUGUUAUCGUUUUAAAUCAAAUAAUUAUUUUAUUUAUUUAAUCUCAUAUACACUAUAAGAACAAUCGAAAUAAUCCGGUCUUUUGUAUUUUAAUAAAUCGGUUCAACGCGUUUAAUAAAAUUACUAGCUGAUAAUAUUGUCAAAUAAUCGCUUUAAUUUGGGAAUUAUUGAACGUAAUAAUUAAUGCAAAAGCAGCAUUAAUCGUUCAGAAAAUAGUUUAAAAAUAUUAUUUGUUAGGUUUUAAAACAGCUACUAUAUUCAAUACGUCAAAAUCAUAUGGUUCUAUAGUAACGUAUAUUUUCAACAGUUUCAAAUUGUUUUUCUAUCCAGUAUUAACAUAAUAUAUAUUCGACUUAUAUUUUUGUUACGAAACCUGUAAAUAACAUUCAUUAUUUUUAAUAGAGUUUUAGACGACCGUAGAUAAUAUAUAAUAAAUAAAGAGAAUAUUGACGAAGGGGAAGAAAAGUUAUCUAUAUAAUUGCGUUAUAGAAUAUUUUCAUUUUAUACUUUUAUAAUUCACGGGUGUUAUCUAAACUAUUUUCAAAAUGUAUUGAUAUUAUAUAUAUAUAUAUAUAUAUAUAUAUGUGUAUAGAGUUUAGCUACAAUAAAAACGGUAGUAAUAUUCUUGAUUGGAUUUUAUAAAACGUCGAAUCUAAUUAUAUCAACAACUUCUCAAAAAUUAAAUAUUUUCAAACAUGUAUACGCAUUAAUUAUAUAAUGUACAAAUAAUAGUUUCUGAAUUUUCAACGACCACUGUGAACAUUUCAGCGAAGGAAAAACAAGUCGAAGUAAAGAUUAUCGUCAAACUUACAUUUCUCUAUAUAGGUAGGUACUACAUUUCACGUGAAUACAUUUCCUUUAUAUUACUAUAGUAUAUAUAAGAGAGGGACGGCGGGGCGGACGUAUUUCAAGAAAUCGUUUCUGGUAGUUUUCUGCAGGCAAUCGCGUUAUUUCUCUUCGGUGUAUAUCGUACUCGUAUAUAAUAUGUAUAUAGGACGACGGCGCGGGGAAGUAGGGUGCCCCUUAACUAUAAUUGCACGCCACUUGAUUUACACACCAAGAUCGUCACUAUAUAUGAUAUAUAUAUAUAUAUAAAUAUGAUUUUUUUUUUUUUUUGGUUAUAUGUUCGUCGUCGUCGUAUUCAUUCGCCACAAUAGCAAUAAUCCCUUAGAAGGAAAGUCGUGUUUUACACGGGGUAUAAAUAAUAUCCCCAUCGUAUUGUGCGUACACAUAUACACACACACACACACACACACACAUAUAGUAUUGACAAAGACUGGUGGGUGUGUAGUGGCGUGUAUAACGGUAGCUUUUGUUUUCUAUACCGCAGUACGCAGUAACACGCACGCACAAUAAACGCGUAGAGCUUUUAUCACGGAGAAAGAGAAACAGAAAUAAGGAGAGAAUGAGGAGGAGAUAUUGUAGCAGAGAAAAACUGAUACUGUUAUAGAUAUAUGUGCCAAGUGAAUUUCGGAUUUUUCGUGUUACACUGCCGUCUAUCUAUAAACAUAUAAAAACUCGAAAACCUAUCUUCUACUGCUAUUUUUUCCGGAAGGGGGCGGUAAACAAAAGGCAUCAUAUAAUUUUGUAAAGUCGUUACACGUCAGUAGCUGUGGUGUGUGGGUGAUAUCAAUUCGUUUUCGAUGAUACGCGCACAAAAGAAUGAAAUUUAAUUAUCGCGAGCCCGCCCCGAGCUACAGUGUGUGCUUGUCGACGAAAUAACUUUGUUUCUCAUGUAUAUUGAACAUUUAUACUCGCGAAUAUUCGAUUUUCGCAUCUUUUGCCGCGUUUAAUAUAAUAGAAUAUAAUUAUACCAACAAGGUUUAAAAUACUUUUUAAAAGUUCUGCAUACUUGUAUUUUCCGUCAUUAAUACUCGUAAUAAUAUUAUAUUCGUUUCCUUGUUAAUAAUUCUUAGAUUACUUUUUUGCAACUACAUAAUUACCUUGCUUUUGUUUUACCUCAGUUAUUUUAGAUCUUUUGUAUUUUUCCCUUUACAUCCUUGCGUAAUUUGGGUCACAAUAUUUCAUAAUUCAUCAGUCCAUAAUUAUUGGUGUUUUCGCUUAUCCUCUAGCAUCUCUUUCAAUUAUUAUUUUUAGUAAGCUUUCGUUCUUUAAUUACGUUGCCCUAUCAUCUCUUAUCUCUUCCGGAUUGAACGCGUAUUUCCAUAUUGUUGCCAUUUUUAUUCUGCAGUUCAUAAAAUCCCUUCGUUUGUAAUUCUUUCAUUCAGCGGGGCGUGGAAUUUUUCUGAAGUGCCGCAACUCGCGAAGGCUUCCAGUUUACUUUUUAUAACGGAGCUAGUAGCCGUUAGUUUUGUAACCUGCAAUUAGUGUCACGCUCCGUACAUACAUCUUCACAGUGGCGCAUAGACGGAUUAGUACUGUAAGAGCUCUUGUACAUGUGCUGUUGAAGAGAAUGCAUGUAAAUAACUCGUAUACUGGCGGUGUCGCGGGGAAAUUUAAAAAAAGACUUGAUAAGCCUCAAAGAGGAAAAAAAACGUCUACGCUGCUGGAUUUUUAUGCGUUUCUGUCUUAUGGUUAAACCAACACUAGAUUAUUAGCAUUAGGUAUAGUAGUGAGUAUACGCCUUUUAUCUCGGAAGGCUCUUUUCGUCUGUACAGUAUUUUAUAGUAUAUUAUAAUUGUAUUGGUUUUAUUACGGGGCCAUCUUCUGGCCGUAUUCUCCGUAUUAGGAAGUGUAUAUUUCCUGCAGGUACUAUGCGAAAUAAUAAUAUGUUAUUUUUGACGUUUUACGUGGAAUUUUCGAAAACCCCGUUGAAAUAUAACUUCCGAUAGGUACAAUAAUAGUAUUUUGAAUAUCCUUUGUUGUUUUCGGCUCGAUGAGAAAAGGUAUGUGUGUAUACAUAUACAUUAUUGUAUGAAAUAUAUUAUAACGUUGGAAAAUAUCGUUCAAUUUGCUAUUGUUCGCGGUGCGGUCGUUUUGACCGACAGUCCCCGGGGACGGAUAUACGAACGGCGGCGCUGCACAUCAUGUUAUAUAUAUAUUUCUGAGUGUUGUUCUUCCCGGUCCCGAAACAGUGCCAUCCCUCAAAACACACUCUAGGGGCCGGUACUGCUGCUGCACGAUGCAGACGUGAUGCAGACUUGUAUGUAUUCGCACACCGGUGUAACAUUUUGUUUUGACUGAUUCGACGACGACGGUGCUCGUGUGUUCGCGUGAUUAAAUUAACGCGUAUGGAAUGAUCGAUGAGUAAUUUAAUAUUUGGCGUAUGCGUUUUGGAAAUGUAUCGGGUGUAUAGUUCAUAAACCGCAAUAAUUAUAUUACAUAAACAAUUUAUAUGAGUCGUGAGCAACAAAAAAAAAAAAUUAAUUAAAAAAUGCGUUCCAUGCAACUUACGAUUUUCUACUGUACAUAUAUAUUUUUUUCGCACACAAUUACCGAAUAAUUUUGUUAAAUUGGUUUGUAGAAAAUAAAACACGAUGCUCGUUUUACUUGCAUAUUUAUUUAUUAAUUGGUUAUUUUGAACGCCAGAGUAGGUUCGCAGUGUUUUAAACUAGUCACUGUGUUUCCAAAUAAAACACAAAUGUUUUAAACGUUCAAAAAUUCAAUUAAAAUAACUGAUAUGUUCUGAAGAGUGAUGAUAUUUAUAUAUUUUCUAUUCGUUCUUAAAAUAUAAACGAAAAUAAAAUUAUCUUUAUAUUAUACAAACUACUAAUUAUUAUUAUUAUUUUUUUGUUAACCAAAACGCUUAAAUAAUCGUACCGAUAAAGUUAUCGAGCUAAAAAUUAAACUUAGACUUAGACUUAUAUUAAUUGAGUAACGCAGGAUUUUAAAUCAUAGUUUUUAAAAUCUUAAUCUAGAAUAUCUAUACGUUUCGGAGAUUAGAGUUGAGAUUUGGAUUUUCAGUUCUUUUAAUAAAGAUUUUGAAAGUAUAUUUUAAUGAAUUAUGUCCAUCUAUACUUGUAGAAACACUAGUAACAGCAUCCUGUAUAUUCGAGUAUUAUUUUUUUAGGCGAUAUUCUUUUUAUACUGCAGGUGUUUUACUAACAAUAAUGUGACUUGAAUAUAAUAUUAAUUUUUUUUUUUUAAAGUGCUUAACAUCUCCCAUAUAAAUUAUAUAUUAAUCUUUUUUUUUAUGUUCCGGUAUCUCGUUAAAAAAAACUUCUCGCACUAUACAUUUUCAUGUCAAAUUUUUUAUCAUCAUUUAUAUAUAUAUACAAAUAUGAACGCUUUAUCUUGAGUCGACGACACCAUGCCUAGCUGGCGUGUGCGAUUUAUGAGAUAACAACUAUCUAAGUUGUUGUUACGAGUUGUAAGUUUGUAACAUGUUCUUGUAGCAGUUGGUCGUUGUCAACCGUCCCCCGCGUAUACUAGCUGCGACAACAUCGCUUGUAAUAAUAUUAAUAAUUAGUUUCGGAGCUCUUUGACUAAUUAAUCAUGUUUUUUUUUUUUUUUUUUUUUUUUUUUAUACAAAUAAUAUUGAUAAAAAAAGAGGCUACCGCGUAAUAACAGCUAUAACGCCACUACGCAGACCGAAAAUGGUAGGAAAGGAGUAUUUUAGAUUCUGAGUAAAGCGAAAAAUGUUAUUGGUUUAAUACCUAUAGUAUGUUUUUAUUUUUGUAUUUAUUUCUUUAAACAACUUUUCAAUUUUAAAAACCUUACUCCGAUCAAACACUUUAUAGGAACUUCUUGUAGCAUAUAUUUUGGUCUAGUUUGUUGUAUUGAGGUUUUUAUUGUUUUCUUUUGUUAAUAAAUGAGAAAAACUGAUAAUUUGAUUGUAUAUUAUUUAUGUUGAUUUCUGGGUUCCUUCGGCAACAAGGAAAGAAAAACGACUGUCCUAUUAUCAGAAUCGUUUUAUAUUAACAAUGAUAUAUCGUUGCCUACAAAUAUAAACUAAAUUACUCUAUGUAUCCUCCCUCUCGAUAUCCCUUCUAAAACAGUGGCACACCCGUCAGCAAUAUCAGCCUGUCUCUCUCUCAUCGUUUUAGUUUGUUAUAAAUUCGUAUUCGAGAACUGCUGCAACGCGGAAAGCACUUGUAUUCAGAGCGAAAACUUGAUUAAAAGAAGAUUGUCCUCGACGGUAUAUACUUUUUAGUUAUAUACAGGUAUUGUGUGUGUGUGUGUGUUUUUUUUUUUUUUUUUUAAAAACUCCUCCGUACGCUGUCGCCCGUUUUGUACACAAAAGACCCCUGAAUCAAUAUAGAAAAACAGGGACGAUGAACACCCUCGUGGAUGUUUUGUAAAAGCUUUUAUGGUUGAUGACAAAAAUUAACGGAAAGAAAAAAAUAUAUCGCCGUGUUUCACGCCCUACAUUUAUUUAUGCACUGACGGCUACACUGAUAUUACGGGGAGAUACGGAAUUCGUUUUUUCUUUUUUUAAUCAUUUCGAUCCUUUACCUGUACUCACACAAGAUUUUUCAGAUAGUUUUCUUCGAAUGUUUUUCACGUUAAAUAUAUUCUUUAUUAUAAUAAUCUAAUCUACUUUUGUAUUUUAACCUAAGUAUUAUAUAUUAUUUAAUACACACUAUUUACAAAAAAACAAUCUCUCGGUAAAUUAUUCUGUGUAUUGAUAUUUUUUCAAUUCAGGUUUUUUUUUUAUCACAAUCUACAUGAUUUUAACGAUUAAUUCAUGUUAAUUUUUUAUGAUCUUGUUUAUUCUUUAAUAACAUUAUAAUAAUUUAGUAACAAUAUCAUCGUCUUUUUUUAAUUUUUAUUAUUUUUUUUUUUCAUUAUAAUAUCAUUUCUGUACAGUAUAUUUAUAGUAAAAAAAAAAAUAGGUUAUUCGGUUAUUAAACAAAACAAAAAUAAAGUCGUUUUCAGACAUACAUUAUAAUAUAAUAUAGUUUUUGCGUUUGGAAAAAAAGCGAUUCUUUGAUCGUAAUAUAGUUAUGUUGUUUUAUAAAAUAUUAUACCUCGGUGACACUGCACUUCCUCAAAAAGGUUUAUAAUUCGUUGUAGUCUCGGUUGUAGAUUUUGAAAUCUAGCCAAACCAAAAUGAACAAAAUAUUAUUUAUAUUCAUAUAUAUAUAUAUAUAUCUUUUUUUUUUUUUGAUACUACUUUCGUCUGUGAUGUUGCGCGUCUGUACCUAAUUUUUUUUUUUUUUACAACAACAAUUUUCCCAUAGUAUUUUUUGGCAGCAGUCUCCGAAAUAACAUUAUAAGCGAUGUUUCAACAUUCUGGAAAUAACUUACCUGUUGCCGGCGGACGCACCGUGUCUAGUCCGAGUCCGUCAUCGGCGUGCCCACCACGGUUCGUUAUCCUUUCCACCCGCGGCGAGUUCCCUUUAUCCGUUGUUGAUCCGUCCUUUCUCCGCGGGCCUUUGCCCAUUUCCAUAGCAACCGCACAUUUUUUUUUUCGUUUACCGUGUAUGUCUAUUACGUAGUAAAUGCGGACUUCAAUCGCAAGCAUUUACUGUGUAGAGCUCGGCUGAUGCUGUUGCAAGAUUUAUAUAGGCUGAUGCAGCUAUAUAUACGCCAUUAGCAAAAUUAACCUCUAAUCCUACGCCGUCACGGCCGUUGCGAAUGAUAAUAUUUACUCAAACGCGUUCGAAAACGGCGAAACGAACGGCCGAUAAUUGUACGUGUAUUAUAUUAUAUCUCAUUAUUAUAAUAAUAUUUACGCGGACACCUGCACUGAUGAACAAAUUUUUUUUCACCUCGCAAAAUGUCGGGGCACAAUUUUUUUUUUCUUAAAGUGGUGGUGCCAGGUAAAUCCAGCUGUAUAAAAUAGGUCAUAUAGUUUUUGGUUGAAAAACGGUGCGUGUCGACUUUUCCGAUUGCAUCUAUAAUAAUAUGCACCGAGUAACGAAAAUAAUAUGCAUAUAUAUAUAGAUCCACGUAAAAUAUUUUAGUAACAUUUUUUUGUUUUUUUUCGCCCUCUGAAUUAUUUUGAUAUAUUUUUUUUUUGUAAUAAAUAUUUAGAGGUUCAAUGCGGGUUAUAGAGAGCGGGGGAGUACAGCGAAAUUAUAUUCUAAACAAACACGUAUAUAAUUAUUAUUGUUUAAAAAUAAAGUCGAUAUAUAUAUAUUUUUUUUCCAUAAUUUACCUUUGUUAUAAUUAUGUAAAAUGUCGAAUAUAAAAACGCUAAACCUAAAUAAUAUAUUGUUACGGCACAACUUUUAAUAAGUUGUUUCUAUAAAAGUAUUAUAACAGAGUAACUGCGACAAUCGUUCGGGCACACCAAGGAUAUAGUCCUUAUCAUACAUAAAUCGUAUUUUAUUAGCAGAGUAUUUUUUUUUUUUCCUAGUGACGAACAAUUAAGUUACAUCAAAGACAAAAACUGGUCGGUUUAACAUCACGAGUGAUUACGGUGUCGUUUUAAAUAUUAUACGAUUUAACGUUUAUGCGCUUAAAAUUACCAUUGUAGUGUUUUUGCCAAAAAAAAAAAAACCAAUCAACCAAGAACAUGAUCAUAUAUUGAGUAAAAGUUUACCGAUUUUAUGAAAAAUUCCAAUACCUUGGAAUAAUUAUACUGUAUAUAAGUAUAUUAUAAUACUUUUCUCCGCGUACCACGUGCGGCGACCGCCUCCGGUGAAAAGACAUAAUUUUUGUUUAUCCGGGUCAGCACAUCACCGCGCAUUAUUUGACACCAUGUUUUCCGUUUUAAAUAGCUGCCUUCGCGAGAAACUUAAAGCGAAGAAAAAUGUAUUUUAAAAUAGUAUUUAUAUACAUUUAUUUUAUUACUAUUAUUAUUUUACUGGUUUUUAACCGUUUGCGAUGACACUUAUAUUACGGUGUCCAGUGUCGGUGAAUUUGUACGUUCCAUAACCUAUAUAACAUGACUGUAUAAUAUAUAUUCACGAGAGGCUUAUAUACUCCGAAUGAUUCAUACUCGUUUUUGUUUUAUAUUUGUAAUAUUAUUCAGGUUUUUUUUUUAAAUUAAUUUUUCAUGAUUUGUUUAAGAAAAUGCACCUAAUAUUUACCAAUUUUUUCUCGCAGUACCUACCUCAAUCGAUGCAAAUUUUCUGCUCGAUGUUACCUUAUUUUAGUUGAGACAUAUUUAUUGUACAUUCUCAGCAGUUCACCUUCUUGGCCCUUUUUUCAUUUUUGUUGUUAUUUUUUUUAGUUUUAUGUUGUUUUGAAAAAAACUCCACUCCGUUCAUAAUCGUUUUUCGUUUGAAAUGAUUUAAAGUAUUUCCUACCUUCUCAACUACCCACCUACAACAGUGACCUACCCAUGAGUAGUAGCAAACUGGUGUUUUUAUACGUAACAUGUAACGGACAUUGUGGUAUAGUUUUAUAUGAAAGGAAAAUACAGACAAGUAUUUAUAUAUUAUACUCGUAUGUGUGUGUAUAUAUAUACCCAUUCAAAAAGAACUGUAUAAUAUACAAUAAUAUAGUCCUAUAGAGAUUUAAAUAUUUGUAAAAUAAAUCUUAAGCUGCAGUAUAAUAUAUCGAUCCGUUAUUUGAUGUUUACGCAGUAGACAUUAUCGAUAUUUUCACUUGAAAUAUUCAGGGCGUUAUAAAAUUUAAAAAUGGUCGGGUGCGAAAAAAACCCUCGAACGAAACUCAUAUAUUUAUGUAUAGGGGAAUAAUAAAAAAUAGAUAAAGUUCGGCCGAAAAACGUAAAGCGUAGGUGCAUUAUUAUUAUUAUACGACGUCGAGUUGUAUACGAAAUACAAACAAUAUUAUAUUGAACGCGUGAGAAAAUCCGAGUACGCGCGGAUCGUCCUGUAUAUUCGGUGGCGGUGGACGCGGCUAUUCCGGUGUAGUGCACUGAAUAUUAUUAUAAUAAAUACGGUGACGGUGGCGUUAGUCUGUUCUACUAUACUACGGCGCGUAUGUGUUUUGAGAAGCGAGUACACCAAGUCCGUUCUGUUCGGUUCGGUUAAAUAUUGUUAAGCGAGUAAAUUAAAUAACGUUUUCCAUCUGACUGCAUUAUAUUAUAUCGUCGUCGUGUACAACAUUGGUGUACGCUUUACGCCUACUGCCUUUGCCUGUCAUCACUAGCGCAGUAUAUAGGUAGCUCGAAUGCCAUUCGACGGCGUAAUGUAAUCUUAUCCACAAGAUUUAGAAAAAAAAAAAACCGAUUAUAAUAUAUUGCGGAAGUUAUUAUAAUAUGUUCCGCUUCAUACUUGCAGGUAUAUUCGUGGAGUAUCACCGAGGCAAUAAGCGUCACAGUGGUAGGGUCCGGAAAAAUUUGUUUCGCUGCAUCACCCGUUUCUUUAGUUAAAAGUUCCUUUGUCCAAUAUUUAUCUGAUAUUUCUGAUUUUUUCCGCUCCGUCACAACACAUAGUGACGACAAUAUAAAAUAGGUAAGUACCUACCAAAAAAAAUGUCAUGUUUCGAAUCCCAGCGGUUUAGGCUGUGUGUUGAUUUUUGAAACUAGAUACUAGGUACUUAAAUUAAAUAUCCUUAAAAUGAGUUAUUUCUUACAUUCCUAUUAAUUGUGUUAAUCAUUGUUAGUAUUGUUUUUAAUGGUUUUAUGUCGUUGUCAUUUUACAAUAAUUAUUGUUUAAAUCUAAAAACUACACCGUCCGUCUAUCGAAAACAAUCGAACUUAGCAUACAAAUAUAAAUAAAUCAAUACUAUUUUGUUCGACACAUUUUUGAAAUACCUUCAAUAAUCCGUAACUCGGUUCCUUGAUUGCGAUUGAUUCUAAAAAUUGUAAAUAAUAGAUCGUUAUUGUCAUUUAUAUAUUAUUAUUAUAAUUUAACAUGGCUACUUACUUGAUGUUUCCAAAAAUCGUUGAACCUGGAAGAUCGGCGAAAUAAGUCCAAUAAAACAUACACCCACGACUUCAGAAAAACCGAUUAUUGUUGCUCGCAGGAUUACUGUUUCUGAAUUAUAGUAUUAAUAGUUUUAAUUUAUUUUGAAUCGGCCAUAAAAGAAAUCCGUGCGCGAUAUUAAUUCACGGGGUGGCUUUAAGUGCAGGCGAUUGACCACCUGACUUGAAGGAUACUUUAUGUUACGACGGUCACCUGUUUGUAGACCAUAAUAUGCAAUGCAUUUCUACGGAACUGUGCUUAGUUGACACUUGAACUCGUAACACAUGAUCGACUACGCAUACGAGCGAUUAUGUUGUAAGGGGCGAUAAAAUAUUUCGUCAGCCAUUUUUAGCGCGUGUAAUCCAUUGCCCCGAAUUGAUGUAUAUAUAGGUAACGGCGUAAAGAGCGAUCAAAGUUUCAAUUUCGACGCCACCGAUCCGUCACUAUAUUAUCGAACCGAGACGACGGACGGGCUUAGUGUGCUCGGUCCUUUAUAAGAUUUCGGUCCGGAAGUAGAUGCAUUUAUAUAUAUAUAUAUAUAUAUGUGUAUACACACAAUAUAUACGCGCCCGGGUCUAUAAAUACCGGAAUGGCGUCAACGGACUUCGCCGCCGCCGCCUGGUGUGUGACAAUGUAUUUGAGCGCGACAGUCUCUCCCGCCUCCGCCGCCUUUAUAAUAUUAUCACCACGUCGUCGUGGUUUUUUUUUUUUUUUUAAAAACAUUUUUAUUUUUUUUUUUUUUUUUGUCAUCUGUCGGCCUUUUAAAAAUAAAACCACCUGAGAUAAUAGUACGCACUAUAAUAUGACAUUAUUGCAGUGUAGUAUUGUAUCUGCACCGCGCGUUCCGUAUUAUACCUAUACAUACCUGCGUAACGUGAAUUUUUUCGUCCUCGUAAACGACGUGCCUGUUUAUAAUAAAUGAAAAUCGUCGAGGGGGAAAAUAAACUAUAUAAUAAAUACGAGUAUACAACCGAGAAACACACGACAUAUUAUUAUUAUUGUGGCCAGACUUGGGAUGCUGUGUCAAUAUAAUGAUAAUAUUAUUUCACGAGUUUGUUUUUCGAUUUCGAGACAGAGCUCACAUAAAAGUGAACACGGCCGAUGUAUUAGAACUGUUGGAAAUCUGGAAAAAAUGUUUCAGUUCAAGUAUCACUGGCACGAAAAUCUACGUCUUUUAUGGGGACGCCAUACCCUCAUUAUUUUACUAGGAUGCGUUACUUAAAACGUAAAUUAUGGCGUUUAGGUUAAACCUAGAGAUUAAACCCAAAUAAAAAAAUUGGCAGAGAAGAAUAUUUUUCGAGGGCUGUUCAGAAUACGGUGGGUACGUAUUUUUUUCUAAAAAGUUAUACAGUUGUUGGUUCUUUUUUUUUUUUUAAAAAACUGUAACUUUGUUUUAUGACCAUUUUGUUUUUCAGAAAAAUAGCUGCGUACCUAUAACAUCCCUUAAAGAUGUUGUCAUAUUUAAAUUUUGUUAUUUGUGUUAGAAUAUUAAUUUCAACAUAAACGUCACAAUUCAUGUACUGAGAAACCUAAUUUUUCCGUAUUGCCCAUUAGUUAGACUAAGACAGUAGAUACGGUUGUAGCAUCCUCUUAAGAUGCUUAUACCUAUACUACAGUGUGAUGGAAGUUUUGGAGGGUUUUUACUAAAUUAAAAAGUAUCUUGGGCGGAAAACAAAACUCUGCACGUCGUAUAUCAUAAUUCAUCCGCUAUAAAGAAUCUAAAAUCCUAUAUUAAUUAAUAAAAUAAUUGUUACAAAAUUAAUAAUGGAGCACUUGUUAUUUUUGUGUACAGGUACUGUGUAGGUAUGUGUUUUCUGUCGGCAGGAAGUGAAAAUAUUCAUUAUGAAAAUUAUACAAAAGCAUUUCGGUUUAUUUUGUAUGUGUAUAUAAUAAUUACACCUAGUAUAAUAUACAGUAAUUUACGGUUCGUUUAAUCUCCAAAAUUAUAUAUUACGGGUAUAGAAUGAAAUUUUGUCGAGGGUGCGUAGAAUAAUAUUAUGUUUUAGUCGACCAGCUGCCGCCCGCAGCGGUGUCUUUUUAUCCUUGUUUACAAAUGUUCACUAAACAUUUUUACCUAGAAAAAAAAAAAACGAAACUUGCAGUCAAAAAUUGUUUUUAAAAUCAGUCAUAUGAUGUUAAAAAACCGUUAUCACUUUUUUGGGUUCAAAAACAGCUAUCGGACGAAUUUAUCAACAAAAAACGCUAUUAUUGUAAUUAUUUUUUAAUCAAAAUCAUAAAUCUGCAAGAACCUACAUAGCUUAUGUAAAAUUAUACAUUUUUUACAAAAUGUACACUUCAGACGGGUACACCAUUUGGGUGCACUUCAAUUCUAUGAUUUCGUAUCGAUUAAAAACCAUACUGUUAAGUAGUCUCAGCCCUAUUUUUUUUAUUGAACAAUUUCUAAAAUUGUUUCUAACUGCAGAAUUUAAAAAUAGACGUCUCAGUUAUCAAAUUAUCAGUAAAAACACUAAAGAACUAACACAUUUUCAGUACUGCUGGCGGUUUGGUGUAAUUAUUUGUUUCGCGGAAAUUAAACUGAUCAAAUUAUUGUACAUAAUAAUAUUAUGUAUGAAAUGAAUAUUAUUAUAAUAAUUUUGCCUGUAUAGAAUACAUUUUAAAACAGUUAAAAAAAAAAGUUUAUUUUCUUGUUUAAUAUUUACUUGUUUAACCAUUUUGUCUUAUUUUACAACGCCUUUUUUUUUUUCUCAACUAAACAUAAAUUUAAAAGUUUUGAUUAUAUAAUAAUAAUACCUACGGUUGGUUUAUUUUUUUUUUUAUACCUUUUAAGAUAAACACAGGACCUAUGUAUAGCCAUGCAGUUUUUUUUCCCGAAUAACAUUUUAAAUAUUAGGUACUUUUUUUUCCGGAUUUUAUUAUACGACAAUCGUGCUGGUUUUUCUCUUUUAUUAAGUACACGUAAUAUAUUCGAAUUAGUCAAAUUUAAAUAGUUUAUAAUAAGGAGUAUAACACGAAUUAAAAAAAACAUUUUUUUUUUUUUUGUUUAUUAAACCCUUUAUAAACUAGUUUAAUUGUGUGUUUUCAUAGUAUACUGUUUUAAUAAUUGGGUUGAUCCAUUUGUUUUUUUUUUUUUUUUAAUGUAACGAUUUUCGUGUUAUUUGCAUUAAUUUCGAGUAUGCUCACAUGUAGUUUAGUUAAAUUGUCACAUGUGUGCGCUGCACAAUAUUGCUGUGGUAUAGUAUGCAAUCGUAUAUUAUAAUAAUGGUAAUAACCAUAAAGCAUUUUUUUUCUUCUAAAUGGCCAAAAGAAUGUCAUUGGAGUGGGAAAAAGCAGUCAGACUAUAAAAUUACAUACACACACGCUCGAUUUAAAACAUUUAAUUCUAAACUCCGUGUUGUAUAAUAAUAACAAUAAACGUUUAUCGUACGACUACGGUGUGUACAAAACUAGUAGGUAGGUAUUAUAAUUUAAAUACUUACAUUUUCCCUCUGUGUUUUAUUAAUAGUGUAUAUUCUAAUUAUUUAUUAUACUCUGUUAGCUCGAUUGCUGCAUUAACAGCUAUAUGUGUGAUUAUACAAAUUUAAUAAUUUUUUCUCUUGUAUAAUAAUAAUAUACUUCGUUUUCUCGUGCAGUUUGUGGUGUGAUGCGUUUAUUAUACUGCAGUGUGAUGUUUCACUUGAACGGUAAACGAGAAGUAUUUCAGUCGGACCUACGUAAAUAAAUUGAUAUUAUGGGUUUUUAUUUUUUUGUUCAGGAAGAUCGGCGGUACAAAAAUCCACAUCUUGAGUCUAUUUUCAAAAUGUUAACACUUGCAUUUACAUAUAGGUACUUACUUACACAUACUUACAAACUUACAUUUUCUCGAUUGAAACCAUCAACUUUUUAACAUUUUUUCUAUUUAAAAAAUGGUCCGAAGUACAUCAGCCAUCUAAAUCAGUGGGUUUCAACCUUUUUUUAAACACAGCACCCUGUUUGUUUUUCAUAAAGUUUUCAUGGCACAUGUCUCAGCUUUGAACUACUUUUUCUUUGACAAAUAAUUUUUUUUAAGGUGAUUAUUAUUUAAUACUUAAUAAUAUUUUACAACAAAUAUCGCAGAUGCAUUAAGCUUAAACGCAUAUAUUGCAAAGCAAUCAGUGACUUAUGAAAGAAGGGUUUUUGUAUGGAUAUUUUUACUAAUAAUUUCUCUGGGUGACUUUUUCUCGUUCCAGAAAAUCACGCGUGAUAAAUAUAGAAGAUAGUGGUCGUAAGUUUUUCAAUUUUAUGUGUAGAUACUUUUUUUUUUAAUGAUUUUUUAUUUAAUUUAUAAUAGUUUUUGAAUGAUAAACUAUAUCUAUUUGGGAAAAAAUAUGCAAUUUACCUUAAGACCAUAACCCACUAGUGUGUCACGUGCCAUUUUGAAAGACUUAAAUAAAUAUUUAUUGUGAUAUCAUUUGAACGAGACACACUGUGUGUAACAAACGAGCAUUUCGUUAUUUUCGUUUUUAUAAAAUGUAUGAGAUUGUUAAUUUUUAAGUUUUGAACUUUUUUAAUCUCGACGCUGUGCAGCUGAUUGAAACGCAAUUAAUGAGUUUAACAGAUUGGAAAUGUAUACCUAAGCGUUCUUAUAUAGAGUAUUGUAUUGUAAAUUAUAUUAUAAAAUCGUUAUAAACUUUCGAUGUAUACGAAAAAAAUAAAAAGAGAAAAACUCGCGUGGGUUUCGUAUUAAAGUUAUUUUCGAGGACAAGUUUUUACCCGCCCCCAAGAGUCCUCCGCAGAUUCCCGGCCGAAUUCGAUCGCGAAUAAUAUAAUGAAACUAAAAAAACAAACAAAAAAAAACAUUACUUUUAAUCACAAAAUCGUUCAUUUUGUUUUCGCGGUGCGAUUUGUAUAUUUACCAUAAAAUAUAAAUUAUAUUUUUUAAAGUAUUUUUUUUCCAUGUUAAGUUAACCGACUGUAAAAUAAAAACUGUACAACAUGCAGUCCGAUAAUGGUGAAAAAAAAAUUAUAGCUGAACGUUUUGACAAUUUUAUUAUUGUCAUCGUCAGUCGUAGUAAGUACAUCUGUUGUUGUCGUUAUCUGUGCGUGUUUUAGAUAUGAUGACGUUUUCGUAUGCCAAUCUUCCGGAAAAAUGCGAUCUGUUUUAAAGAAUAAGUCUGAUUUGUUCUUUUGUUUGGGUAUUUGCUAUCGAUUUUUCUUAAAAAAACAAAAUAGAUACCGAUUCUUUCUAAUUACAUCUAAUUUCUUAUUGUCCGAUAUACUGUUUAAAAGUCUUUAUCGAUAUAUUCGUGUUUUAAGAGGGAUACCACAGUAACAUUUGUUGUUUUUUUCUAUCUAACAGGCAAUAUAGCAAAGAUGUGUUUUCGCACGUUCAAUAGUACUCUGUCUGUAAUAGACGGAAAAAAAAUAUUAUUUCAUCGAAUUAAAGACGGCAGCAUUUGCUAUGCUUUUACAUGGAGAUUUUUUCAUAUAUAUUUCCCAGGUAAUCUAUAUUCAUACGUCAAACUUUCGAAAAAUAAAAUUAGUUUUAUUAUUUUUUUAUCUUAAUAGAAAAUUCUAUAUAGGUACUUAAUGAAUAUACCGAAAAAUAUAUCCUGUGUAAGCAUAUUAAAUGCCGUCCUCUUUAAUUUGGCGAAAGAAAAUUUUUCCAAGUCUAUUUAGAUCCUAUUGAACGCACGAAAACACAUUUUUGCUAUAUUGUCCGUUAGAUAUAAUAUAGACAGGGACGGUAAACGUUACAGUAACGCCUUCUUAAAUCGCAGAAUAUAAUAAAGGCUAGAAGGAACAAAAUAUUACACGUGGUGUCGUUUGCGUUUAUUUUAUCCGUCCUCGUUUGUUAUUAUUAUCAGUAUUAUUAUUGUAAUACGAUUGUGUUGCACGAGACGUCGCGAGUUUAUAUACCUGCACACUCGUGUGUAUAUAGUCAAAAGAUUCGGCGACAGAGUUGUUUUUCUCGGCACAUAUAACCGAUUCCCAUCCCCCGUACCCUUCCCUUGUACAGCUGCAGCAGCAAUAGUAAUAAUAAUAAGUUAUGCUUUCCGGAAUGCGUAUUCAAAUCCUACCCGCGCAUCGUUCUCGUAAAUACCAACGGGUCUCCGGGGACGUAUAAGGCCUAAACGUAAAAAAAAAAAAAAAAACCGUUCACCCAUAACUGUACGGUAGUUCUGUGUUUUUUUUUUUUUUUUUUUUUUUUUUUUGUAUAUCCUAACCGUUACAACGACGACGGUGACAAUUUCGUAUACAUACUUAUAAUAAUAAUAAUAAUAAUAAUAAUAAUAAUAUAAGAACCGUCUCCUCGACAAAUCGGCGUUGUAUUCGGUUAUAUUAUAUAUACGACCGAGUCUGUGCAGCGUCCUCUUUAUUAUACGGAGGAUCGAUAAGAAUAAAAUAACGUUAGAAUUUUAUUUCAUCUUCGCGUUUAUUUGUUUAUUUAUUUAUUUGUUUUGUUUGUAUAGAAACGUCUAUUGUUGCGGAUAUACAGACUUGUAGGUCGCACUAUACAAUACGGUUUAGAAAAAAAAAUAAUAAUAAAAAACUAAGCGAAAUCUCCGCAGGUAUUUUUUAUUUUUUUUUUUUCGGUGAAGCUUCAGUGUUAUUAGAAAACUAUCUAACCUUUUAUAUGGUUUUUUCUUUCAUAUCGCGUUAUUUGAUUUUUUUCCGCAUUUGACGAUCGUUUUUUUUAUUUUUUUGAAACAAAUUGGAUCGUGACUAUUAUCAAAGAACCCUUCAGUCAAUUUUUAUCGUCUCUGCAGUUUUCUUCUGCGCGUGUCUAUAAACCAUUAUUGAAAAUAAUAAUGUGGACAUUUAACAUUCUGAGCGGAUUCCUGCGUAUUGUUUUCCCAUCUGUCCGUGAACACGAUCAUAACCACUUGUUCCAAUCAUUAAAAUCAUUCCUAAAUAAACAGGCAUGACAGCGAUAUUGGUCUGCGCUUAUAAUGUGUACCACAGACAUGGGAUGAACGGUAAAAUUACGGGAAAAGAAAUGAUUUGGUUAAAUUUGGUUUGUUUGUAUCGCGGUUAUUGCACAGUACCACGGACUAAGAUAAUAUGAACAGGACGCAAGUUAGACGUUUGGUAAAUGCGUGGUUAUUGUACUUUUUCUUCCAAAUCUAGGACACAUGCACAGUAAUAGGGAAAAUACGUACUUUUUCUGACGUACGUCUGUUUAUUUAGUCAUGAUUAUAAAACCAAUGAGAUCAGAAGCCGUCGGUCGUCGGGUUGCGGUCGGGUUGUUGUAGUCGCUAUAAGUUCGUGUAAUGUGGUUUGACAACCGCUCGAUGGCUACCUAUUCUUCACCAUUUCUAAUAGAAAAAAAAUUCCAGUUUUUGGUGAUCAAAUUACUACUAACGCAAAUUAGUACCGGGUUUCGAUGCGUAAUAGCAUCCUUUGAGUUAAUAUGAUAUCGAAAUUCACUACGUAAAUCAAAUAUCAAUGCUAAAAGGUCGUAACGAUCUGCUUUUGGUACAAUAUUUCAGUUUUAAAGUAAAAAUGUAAAAAUUAAUUUAAUUUUUGUUUUUUUAAGGUCAAAUCACACGGUGGUAAGAUGAAUUUAAAAAAUUAUAAUAAUAUUUUUUCGACAUCUUCGAUUUUUAUAAUUUCAUUUUUGAAAUUAAAUUUGUUUAUUGUCUUAAAAGGACAACACUUUCCGCGUGGAAUUUCCAAUUCUCAGCUUUAUUUAUUAGCUUUUAUCUUUACUUAAUUAACAUUUUUUUUUUCAAUUACAGUACAAUACAGUACUUGAUUAUUUUUGGAUUUCGAAUUUCAUCCAAGCUUUCUCCUCUGUUCCUAUUUACUAUAAUAAGUAUAUAAUGUUUUUUUUUUUUCAAAAUCAGCUAAUUUAUUAUCUUAUAUUCUUCUGCCGAAUACCAACCAUUGUUAAAAAAAAAAUCGUAAAAAUAUACUUUUAUAAUAUUAUAUGUUAUGGAUAAUAUAUUUUGUCAGUUUUGAAGAGCUUUGUAUUUUAUUUAUUUAUUUAUAUAUAAAUAUAUACGAGUAUAUACGUACUCGGGAACUAGCGGCUGUCACGCGCACGGAUCUUUUUUCGCCUUUUUUUUCUCGUCGAAUUUUCACGACGAUGGUGAUGGGCCCGACAGGUUCGCAAUAUUUGACGAUACGUCAGUUUACGUGUCCAACGACGUCAUUGACGUUGCCGGGGAGGCAUUUUUCGAUAGAUCAAUUUUGGAUAUACUCACACACACACACACACACACACUCUUACGUACGAGUAUGAGUAUGUGUAUAAAAUAUUAUAUUAUAUAUUUAUAGAUUAUGUGUGCGAAGGGAUGCCAUCGACAGCCAAGCUGAAAUAAUAUAUAGUACCAUAAAUGCGUAUACAUAAUAAAUAUAAUAUCGUUGCGGUAAAAAACCGAAAUCUGCAGUUGAAACCCCGGAAUUUACCAUAGCGAAACCUGAAUUAUAUAGUUUCGGUUAGUUUUUAUUAGUUAGGUAUACACUUAAAGUUUUUAUAUAUACAUGUAACAAAAUAGCUAAAUGUACGCGGUGUAAGAUUUAAGCUGCUAAAAAUGCUACGGAGAAAAAAAAAUAGAAAAGAAUAUCUCGGUUACAUACGCCGUCGUCGGUGUCCUGUAAAGAUAAAUUCAAAAUAUCUAGAUGAAAAAGAAAUAAUUGAAUAAUUACAUAUGAUCCAGACGAAGACAAAAGAUAUAUAUAUAUAUAUAUAUAUAUAACAAUAUUUGCGUACACACAGAUAAAGUUAAAUAAAAAUCGGCAACAUUUUAUCCACAUUUGAAAAAAAGAUUGAUAUAUCUAGUAGUAAUAUAUCUAUAUAUAGUUAAACAUCUAGAUUUCAAAAAGUUUGUGUCAUUUUGUAAAAAUAUUUAACUUGAUGAUACGAUUAUUUAUUUUAGAUGACGGCUCAGACAAAUAUAACUAGAUAAAUCACACCACUGAUAGCCGUUCGUAAAAACUAAGUGUACCUAUGCUUAUAUCGGUGAUAUGAUGCAAAUCUGAAAUUUUGAUUACAAAGCAAUUGUUCGGGUUCUUGUAGUGUAUUGUUCUUUAAUCUCUUUUUUAAUUUAAUUUAACAAUUUAAUUAAUUUCGUUUUUUCUUAUACUGUAUACCUACGCGUAUAUUCGAUUUAUUGGAAAACGAUUUUACUAUAUAUAUAUAUAUAUAUAUAUUUAUAAAAAAAAAAAAACAUAAAGCACAAGUCACUAAAAUCCAAAAUCAUUGUUUGUAAAUCCCACGCGAUUUCCUAGACUUUGUCAAAUUCGGAUUUUUCUCCAUCACCGGAGAAGUAUCGUCGCGGUCGUUAUAUUGUAUUAUUAUGAGAUUGAAGGAGGAAAAAAUACGACAAAAAAAGUCGUCGUCGUGUGUGCUUUUAUUACACGUUAUGCAGUUUGGUUUUGGGCGAUGGUGGGAGAAUAAUGUAAAUAAAACGGGGAAAAAAAUGAUUAAAACGUAAUUUAUUUAAAUGAAAAAUAAAAAUGUACACAUUGUAUGCUGUAUGUACACGGGAAUCGAUUCGUUUUAAUGUAAAACUCGUAAUGGAAUUCGAAAAAAAGUCGGGGAGGUGGUGGUGGUGAGGGUGAUAGUAGCGCUUUGAGCAAAUUCCAUUUAUAUACCCGAGCGCCCGCCAGCGUCGUUUUUUAUUUUUUAUGACCGAUCGUGUUUGUUUUGGACGGAUUUAAUUAAACGAUACUGUGUGUGUUUACCUAUCGAUGGCGGGGCACUGCAGAUAAAAAUGUUUUAUCAGCGAUUUUAUAUCGAUUAGAUUGUUUUUAUAUACAGGUAUUAUACCUGAUGGAAAGAUAAAUAGUAAAAAAAAAAAACUCAUCAAUUAAUAAAUAGGUGUCGUAGUAAUAUAAUUACGAAAUAUAGACGCGAAGAAAUGUGACGGUCAUCGCGAAAUUCCCGAUUGGUAGAGGUGGAUUUAAAGAAGGUUAGGGGCUAAAGCCCUACCCCCUUUGCAUAUACAUAUUUACUUUAAAUAUAGUAUACUUGUUCAAAAUCACAACGCUUUAAAACCAAAAUCGAACUCACAACCGAAAUCGGAAAAAGUCUGAUACCGGUAUUAUUAACUAAACCGAGACCGAAUUCAUAAAACCGGUAUUUAAAAUCAAAACAAAAAUUGAAACCGUAACAUUUUUGAUGCCGGUACCAUGCCGGGUUUAGAUACUUUUUCAUUGGAGUUAUAUUCUAAUAAUACAAGUAUUUAAACAAAUUCAAUUGCGUUUUUUUUUUUUUUUUUUUUUUUUUUCAAGACUACAAAGUGCUAUUUAUUAUUUUAUACCGCCGUUCGCACGUUUAUUCGUGUCGGUGCCGCAGUAUAACAGUAAUAUUAUAAAAAUAAAAUACCCGCAUCAGCAAUGUUUUUCUGAUUGUCGUUUCGCCGUUCGUGAGUCAAACGUCGUCUUUACAGAAGUACAUCGUGGGGCUUAUUCGCAAUUGUCGUAUCUCCAAAAUUGAGUUUCUGAUUAAAUACAUGAUAACACAACAUUUCAAAGCAUUCUGACUAAAAAUAAUAACAGUCUAUUAUUCCUUGAGAGAUCUGAUAAAAAUACAACGGAAUUGUCAACGUUGAGUGCUCUUAUUGUCAUUUCGAAGUUAAGGUUUUAGUGACAAAACCGUUUUUUUUUUUUUUUUUUUUUUUUUUUGCGUCUCCUGAGCAAUUAUUACCGUUUAUUAAAUAAUUUUAUAUUUGUAUCGAAUUAUUUCAUAAAAAAUAAUAUUAGAAUAUUAUCGUUAAAAUCACCGCGUAAUUGGUCCGUCUAUAAAUAAAAAUAAAAAUAAAUAUUUAUUGUUGUAUUUUCGUACUGCCUGCGUGCGCGUCACCAGAAACACGCGAACUAACGUGUAUUAAUAAUAACUGCAGCUGCAGUUGUAGUGUACAAGGCGCGGAAAAAUCAAAGGUAAACAACAACAAAAAAAUAAUAACUUUUUGGUUGAAAAAAAAAACGAAGUUCUAUAUAAUAUAUAUAUAUAUGUAUGUAUAUUUAAAGAACGAAAAAUCAUUUUAGCUGUUUAAAUCUGAAAAAUCGAAAACAUAUUUAUUUAAAAACGCUCGCGGCCACUUACAACAGAUACGGUAUGAUGGCUUUCCUGUGCCGCGGAUAGUCCUCAAAUUUGGCGCGGUACCAGUGAUGAUUGAUGAUUGCCAGUUCGAACUGAUUGCCCCAGACGAACAACAGCACGUACUUCCAGCCGGUGCCACCCAACAGGACCACGUGCCAAGCCCCGUACAUGAUUACCUCGGUGAGCAUUUGCGGGCUGGACACCAGGUCGAACAGGCCCCCGGUGAUCACGCGAUGCUCGUACGUCACCACCCGGCCGUCCCGUUUCCGGGCCGCGGCCAGCGCCACGUUGGCCUUCCACUGUUCGCGGUACGCCCAAGUGAACAACAGCGCGCCGAUCGCGAGCCGGGCCACUUCGGUCCAGCCCCGGCAGAACACCCAUCCCGGAAUGGUCGGCGCCUCGGCCAUGACGGUGGCCAUGGCUCCGGCGUAGUGCAAGUAGCCGGCCACGUAGUACCAUAGGCCAACGGCCGUCUCGGAGAACACGUUGACGCGGUGCGUCUCGUACGCCCGCCGGUAGCACUGAAACACGAACAUGGUGAUGGCCGUGAGCGCGGCGGCCGGGCUGUACGACGGCACGGGCCGCCGGAUGGUGUCCCACAGCCACCGGCGGCACAGCGCGGUGCCGGCGGGCCACAGCGUGACGUCAAAGUACGCGUCCGCGAGCAACAUCGCGGCCAGCGUGGCCAGGCCCGCGGAGAACGCGUAAAAGUGUUUGUACCACCGUUUGGGCACGCUCAGCAUGCCGGACGGCCGGUCGCCACCCGUGAUCUUGCCGUACGUGUACAGCCGGACCAGCGCGUCCGGCACCAUCGACCCGUCCACCGAUUUCAACAGCAACGGGAACGCGACGAAUAUGACCGUCAUGCCGACGAACAGAACGUUGACGUUGUCCAUGACGAUGGUGAUGAUGAUGAUGGCGACGGCGGCGGUAUGCCGACAUGUACGGGUGACGCGCGGGUUUAAUAUUACGUCGCGGCACCGCGGUAUAUUUACCACGGCGCCGAAACAAUGCCGGUUCGCGCCGAUCGGUAUACACACGCGUGUACCCGAGGUCGUUUACGAGUAACAAUAAUAAUAACGUAAUGUCGUGCGACCGAUUCGGCCGAUUAAACCCGCCGCCGCCCGCGAUUUUAUUAUCGACAGCACAAUCGCACGCCGACGUAACCGUUAUGUCUUCGUGCGAGUUUCCCGCGCGCCCGUUUCCGUCAAACAAAAGCCCGCGUUUGUUUCGCGAGUUUCGACACAACUCCGACGCUAAUAACGUUAUGUAUAAAUGUCCAUGCAUGCGUGUAUUAUUAUACGCACGCACACGCACACGCAAGUGUGGCGCGCGAUGGAAAUCAAUCGCCUUCGCCGCGGCGGAAGUACAGGGGAAAUUAAAAUGCCGACAGUAGGAAGUGCGCGCGUAAUAUUAAACGGCGGCACGAGACGGACGGAGAGCGUGGGGCGUUCGCGAUAGGGAAACCGCCGCCGCACGGUACGCGGAGCCGAGAACGCGAUAAUAGUGAUGAUAAUAACAUCGUGAUAAUGACGCGUCCCGAGCGUUUUGAAUUGCACGCGGCGAUAGAGACGAAAAAGACGCGCGGGGAACUCGGUCCGCGAACCUCGGCAAGACAGACGCCGCACGGCGGUUAAAAUCGGAAAAAAAAAAGGCGAUCAAAACUCGACACGGCUCUAUUGCAAUUUUUCAUUGGGAAAAUGUGGUUUUACAAUUUUCCAAGGGAAAAAUAUGGGCGAAUAUGGGCAACUGGUCUACACAUUUACCGACUCCAUACGCCUUAUUGAUGUUUGAAAUACAUUUUUUAUUGGUCGGCGAAAAAACUGGUUAAAACCGUACGUUAUUAAACGCAUAACUGGAGCUAUAACGAGUAUUAAUUUGUUACCACCAAAAUUAUCAAUAUUGCAGAUAUAAUAUAUUUCUAUAAUAAUAAUGAUAAAUACUCUAAUAGUUUCUAUAUUGAUAAAUAAACCUCCCCCCCUCGUCGUGAAUUAUAGGAUUUCAUAGUGUACGUACACUAAAAGUAUUACCGAAACUACAAACUUUUUAAUGGUAAAAAAAAAAAAUUACUUUUUUUUUUUUUAUUAAGUUUGAUAUUUUAGAAUACCUAAAUGGGCACAGAAUGUAUUUUUGUACAAUAGUUUGCAAUUUUUUUUUUUGACAAUUUCUAAAAUCACUUUUGGCCGGCUUUUUUCAAUUUUGAACCACUCGUGCGCCGCGCCGUUAUAUCUCGGAAAGCGUAUUUUAUAUUAUUGACUUUUACUAUCGGAAUUUUCUCUCGUGCGAAACGUGCGAAACGAUCCACCAUCAUAAAACGUUGCGUCGCCGUUAUUUUUGUUCGCUUUUUACGAUUUGCGGGGGUUGCGAAACCGUUACGACCGGCCGCACCUUUUCGACGGAUGUUGGUAUAAAACGAUUUUUUCAAAAUUAAUUCGACACGCACUGCUUUGUAAAAUACGAUAAUUCGGUCGGGUCCGAACCUACGGUUCACUGUAAUGCAAAACAAAAAGUUCUAUCGACAUAUCACACACGAGCACAAUGGUCUAAACUGUAUAGUACGAUUUAAUAAACUCGAUGUUGGUCCAAGGCUCGAGUCAAUUUUACAUAUAUAGUUUACAAUUUGAGCAAAUUAAAUUUUAAAACUACGUGCGCUAAUACAGUAUAUACACGUACUCGUUUUGAAAAUAAGUUUGUUUACGCCAUCAUUCAGACCGAAAAAAUUCCAAAAUUAUAAAGAAACGUUAAAAGUUGAGACAUAAGCCAUUCUCCCCCGGGGACCGAAAACGCAUCGCUUCUUCAAUCAAGCAAAACAUGUCAAAUUAAAAGGUUUUCCAAUACGGUUAAAUAAAACGUGUACUUAAUAUCGUUUCGAAAACGUUGAAGUACCAAAAUUAGCUGUAAUAUCGAACGGAUCGUGCGGAUGAGUAUAAUCCUACAGUGCACAAUAUAGUUCGAAACGAAAUCGUGUGAAAUACACGUAGGCUUUUCAGAGACGCUACACCAUUGCAAAAGUCACCAAAACGUACACUGUUAAGUUUAAAAGUCAAUAGUUAGGUCGGUGACGAGUAAACGGACGAUUUUUUUAGACGCAAUAGUCGCGCGAUUAUACCGCCGCUUUCGUCGCUGCGUUUUUUGAUGAUAUUGAAAACAACACCCCGAUAAUUUCAUUCGGGAUUCGAUUUCGCUGACAAUAUAUUGUCUUUCGUCUACCACGGCGAAAAACUUUACCAUUCGCCCUAUGUUUUUACUUGCCCCCCUUCCCAUACGCGCAGGUGAACGGCGCACUAAAAAUAACAAUGCGACCGUCUUUCGUUCUCUUUCCGUUUCGAACGACAGCGGUGAAAAACGCUGGCAGAUAGCCCGAAAUCGCCUUGUAAUUUAUCAUUGAACGUGUGUGGUUUUUUUUUUUUUUUAUGUCCUCCUAUAUCUUCUCUCUAACGCGUAUAUUUUCCUAAGUCGCCGCCGCCGACCACCUCCCUCCCACCCCCUCGGUCCCCCGGUCCGUGUCGUCGUCUCGUAAUUUCUUUCUUUUGACACGCCCGUCCGCCUGCGGCGACGGCCUUACACGUGUAAGGUUUUUAUAAUACGCGACGGCCGACCGACACGUAGUCGGAGUGAUUUUUUUACUGUUAAUUUGUAGGGCAAAAAAAAAAAAACCCGAAAAAAAUUAUUAAACUGCAAUGUUAUAAACGCCACUCGGCGGCACACCGGAAAUUCGGCCGCCGCCGCGCCGAGCGGUUUAAUUCCGUCACACCGACCGCUGAAAAGAAAACAUACGGCGGCGCUGCGGGCGCGACCGGUCGAAAAGGGACGAAAAACUGGCAAUUAAAUUAAAACCGUUCGUUUGUGUGUGGCACGGGAAGGAGGGAAGGGGGGCGAAGGGCGAUAUUUUAUUUUCGGCGUUCCAAUUAGCGGUGGCUGUUUUUUUUUUUUUCGAAUAUAUAAUUUUGUAUUUUUAUUUUUUUUUUCCACUCAUCGAGCUCUCGAAUCACACGGCGAGGAAAAAAACGCGAUUUACACCGAAAACACGUCAAUUCGAUACGACAACGGUCGCCCCCUCCUCCCUCCCCCUUCUACACGCUGUCGUAGUAACCGGCACGCAUCUCGGUAACACCGUAAUUAUACCGCCGCGCGCCGCGUAACCCGUUAAAGGCCGUAUAAUCGAAUGCGUCGCUCCCCACGCCCUCCCCUUGCGUAUAAACAUCGCAUCUCGCGUAUCGUAUAACGUAGUACAGUGUACGGUGCAGCUUACAACACUGCUGCGUGAAUACGCCAACCCCAUCUUCCGGUCAAACGGGGCGCGGACGCUAUGACAUUCGAGCGUGAUAGCGCGGGGGGGAAAGGGACAAGUGUGGUGGCCAGUGGUCCCCAAACGGGCGUAUACCCGAAUCUCUAGCUGUGAUCGAUGAGACUGGCGAGCGGUUCUUGGCCUGUGAUUACGGAAAAGCAAAAAUCCGCGAACGGUUUUCCCCGCUUGCCCCCCCUGUCUUCCCGCGUUUCGCCCGACGAUAUCGCCGGAAUAUAUCUGAUCGGUUACGUUCUAUUAUUUCACCCCCCCCCCUCCAUUCCAUCGGCUUAUCAGAGGAAAGAACGUCCGGGGGGUAGUCGCGAAAAACGACCGAAAACAAAUCGAGAAAUAGUCGAAAACGCCGCGGAAUGCAACGUUAAACUAUCAUGCGUUUGGAAAUCAAGUGUAGUGUCGGUUUAUUUACAAUUGCAGUAGUCGCGGGGGUUUUUUUUUUCUUUUUUUCUUUUUUCUUUUAUCGAAAUGCUCUUUUUUAUUGUUUUUAAUACAAUAUGCAUGUAUAUGCAUUUAUAUCCGGCGGUGCCACUCUUUUUAUCAUCGGUUCAAAUCGCGUAACAGACGUCUGCGAUCCUAAAAGAGUCGGCCGAGAUUUUCUUUUAUCGCGUUUUAUUACCUUUACACAAUAAUGCAAUAUAUUAGCAUAAUUUUAUUCCUCCUAACAGAGUCCGACAGUCGAUUUUAUUAUUUUUUUUUUUCACGAGGAACACAGAAACGUAUUGCAUAGAUCUUUAUCGGAAUACAAGAGGCUAUAAUAUUGUAAUUUUGUAGACUGCAAUUUCCCCCGGCGGCAAACAAGGUGCACAGUUUUGUGUUUAGUCAUUGUUUUUUUUUUUUUAGAUUCUGAGCGAAGCGCGUGAGCUGCUUUUUUUGUGUGUAAAAACUUUUUUCCCGGAAUUUUCGCCUCGUCCAACAACUUUAUAAGAACUUUCCUGUAGCAUUUUUUUUUUUUUUUUUUUUUUUUUUUUUUUAUCUAGUUUGCGCAUUGAGGAAAUCGUUUUCUUAUUUUCCUUGUAGUUUUCAUAGUAAAUGGCNGGCAAACAAGGUGCACAGUUUUGUGUUUAGUCAUUUUUUUUUUUUUUUUUUUUUUUUAUCUAGUUUGCGCAUUGAGGAAAUCGUUUUCUUAUUUUCCUUGUAGUUUUCAUAGUAAAUGGCAAAACCUGGAAAUUCGUUUCCAACAAUAAUUAUUGUAUUAUAACUAGCUGACCCGCGCCCCGCAUUACCAAUUUGCAUUAUAAUUAUUUUACCCAUAUUCAUUUUUGGUUUUCGCCGUGUUAGAAUCGAAUGAAAACAAAUAAAUGGAAAGUGGGUUGUCCACCUUCGAUGGACUAAAUGUGUUCUAUUGUGAAAUUUGAAUAGUGUAAAUAAUAGUAAUAAUAGUUGUUAUAAUAGUUUUCUUUUCUGUGGUAACCCACGGAUAAACAAACAUCUUAUAUAAAUAAAACAAAGUCGGGUGAGUUACACCAUUUAUACCUCAAGAACGGUUGAACCGUUUUUGAUUAUCACAUGCUAUUUUCCGACUAAUUUCUAAUAAUAAUUAUUUACCAUUUUUUUUCAUCCCUGUGACCGGGGUAACACAAAUCUACAAAAAAAAAAAAAAUUGUAUUUAUUAUAUUAUAAGCUAAAUUAUUUGGUGUUGCUCGUGUAUUUAUUUAUAUAUAUAAGCGAAAAUACUAAAAUAGUGAUUAAAAGAUAGUGGGGUAGGGUAGGACGAUGAAUUCUCAGACCUACCAGAUAUACAUAAAAAAUUUCAUUAAAAUCGGUCAAGCCGUUACGGAGGAGUUUCAAUAGCAAACACUUUGAUCGGAGAAUUUUAUAUGUAAGAUUUGGCAUAAACUAUUUAUGUUGUUUCUGGAUUACUUUGGAAUUGUCGGAAAAUUAUACUAUGUUCCGGAUAGUUUUUCGUUAGCAUUUAUUGGUUUAUCAUUGCGUACAGAUAUACAUUUAUUUACUCUAUAUAUAACAUUUCCUCCUAGGUAGCACUCCCGUCAUCAGUAUCAGCUCUUUUUUUUUUUUUUUUUACAUUUCCGUAAAAAAGUGAUUUUUCAAAAUAAAAUAAUACUAGUUACCGGUCCGGUUGUUGCACCGAGCUGUUCAAUGUUCUGUUAUAACUUCCGCGGCGUUUAACGCGCAAUAACGUUUUAUUUUAUUAAUUAUUUCGCUAAAAAUAAUUAUUUUUAUUUUUAAAACCAUUUAAAAAUGUUAUAUUUCUUUCUCGCGCUAUUGAAUAUUAUUAUUUAAUUUAUGUGCAAUAAUUACAUGUCGUUAGAGAGUCUCGCGAUAAUCGAGAAUAAUUUGCUCGCCCGUUAAACUAACCGUCCAAUUAAAAUACGGCAGUCAUACUUACAUUUUAAUGCAUAUUAUUAUUUCCUUCUAUCCGAAUUCGCCCGGAAUUCGCGGUGCAGUAUUCGCGUUAUUACAACUAGUGCACAACAACGUUUUAGUUUAAUUACCGGACGUAUUAUAGCCGCGUGAUAUCAUAAUCGCACGAGAGCAAAAUUGUCCUUUCCGAAUUUCGUACUAUGUAACGAUGCGAAAUUAUCGUUUGAGAAUGAUAUUAUCGUCGUUCGUGUGCUUGUCCGACGUAGCUAGCGAAUUUUUGACAAGAUUAAUGUUUGUUGAAAUGUUACUGCAGCGAAUCGACCUUCAAACUUAAAAGAGAUGAGUAGGCCAGAAUCAAAAAUGUGGCUUUAGCACCGAAAAUGAGAAAUUGAGUUAGUGACACUGUUUUAUUGGAUUUUUGAGUGUGAAUCCGAUUUUGUAAUCGCGUUUGCUUCAAUACGCCCGAGAACAGGUCCUUAUUUAACCGGAAAGUAGAGGUUCGUUUCAAAACUAACAAGUUUCGUUGGAUCAUGCUAAAACUCACAUAUUUCAUUUCAACUAUUUUCAAUCAUGUAGGUAACAUGUUGCGAACUUCGAAAAAAGAAAAAGUGUUAUAAAAUCUUCACUUUUGAUGACAAUUGUGAAUUUUUAGCCUGAAUUUCGUUAGAAAAAUACACUAUAGAACCCUUUCCUGGGUUUUCUCGUUUUCUGAAAAAUUUGAGUUUUGAUUCUAGCACACUCUAAUCUCUAAUCUGAUUUGUGUUUCAUUCUCCGUGUUUUUAAUUUUUUUUUUUUUUUUUAGCAUUUUUAGAUUAUGAGUAUUUCGCAUAUUGGCACUACGCUUUUGAAAAUUAAAAUAAUACCGAGGGAAAAAAACCGACGACAUAAAAACAUAAUAAUUUUUAUAUAAUGUUCUUAGUUUUGAGUUUGAGUGUCAAUUCACUCGAGUGAAUCUUCUAGAUCUAUUAUAUAACAUUAAACAUGUUCAACAAAGGAACAAAAAGGCAAUUAAUUUGCUUGCCGCGCGUCUGCAAAAGACUACGGGACCGGAGACAGCCGCACACGCGGUGCAUGGGUACGAAAUCCUCUUUAGAGAGAACAUUCUACGGAAAAUCGUCCCAUAAAACUAUAUAUAUAAUAAUUAUAUAGCACUAUGACACCAUAUUUUAGGAGUAGAUUCGUUCAAACGAGGUUUUAAAUUAUUUACAUUUUUUUUUUUUUUCUUAAUCAAUAAACCCUUCUUAUUUUUCCUGCCGUCGUUUCUUUUCCCCUCCUCCUUACAGUUUCCUUUGAAUUUCUUCUCCCGUGUAUAUAAUGUAUAUAAUAUGUAUAAGUUGUAUACUUAACGAUCGUUUGACGUACGCCACAACAAUGGUUACCACUCCCAUUUUUGCUACACGAAUCACGCGUAUAUUAUUCUAUACAUAAUGAGCUCGUCACGUUUGCGUUCGUGCAUCGUACCAAUGUUAUUGCGAAUAGCAAUAAUAAUAAUAAAAAAAUAUGAUUUCAAUACAAGUGGUGGGGUGUUUCCGUUUUCCUGCCGCGAACACGAGCUUUCCGCCAACACGAAUACGAAUAACACGCCCCAGUAAAAUAAUAAUAAUAAAAAAAUUAAAAAUUAUAUAGUUUCGAUUUCCGUCGAAAUUACAGUUCGGUCGAAUCAUCGGUUCGGUAUUUUUUUUUAUAUUUUAUAUUCGAAACGUUUUAAAAUCCAAUAUAUAUUGUACGUAUUAUUUUGCGGGCGUUUUGAAUGACAUAAAGUAUAUAGAAAAAAAAAGUUUUUUUUUUUUUAUAAGUCUGCCUCUUUCAAACGACGGAUAUAAGAAAGCGAAAUGUCAAAGAAAUGUUUGAUGUGCCGAGACAACAAUACGCCUAGGCAUCAUGUUUGAAAUCGGGUGGGUUAUUGUAGGUCGAUAAGCAGAACGUCAACCAUUGGCGUUUGGUAUUUCGUUGUAAUUUAUGUACCAGUAUAAAUGGAUCUAUACUAUUUAGUCGACUAACGCAGACUUUUGCGCAAGAGAACCAUAAUAAAUCGUCAUUAAUACAUCUCUAUAAUUAACUAUUGAAUUGAAUCAAUGUAAAUCUCAAAUACCAAAUUAUACUCGGGCCAUUAUAGUAAUGAAAUAUGACGCUUAAUUUUUUAACACCGCGAGAAGGCGCGUGGCACGAGGUAUAAGCAUUCAGCUGGUGCAUUUGCUGACUCGAGACCUUUAGUUUAUUCAAUACAGGUGCUUAGGAAUUUACGUGUUUUCGUUAAUUGACUUAAGGUCAUUUUUUCCCAAGUCGAUAAUAAUGUAAAAAAUACACGAUGAGGGGGUAUUUUUAUAAGGAUUGAAGGGAGGGAGAGGAUGAGUGCUAUAUUUUAGUAUUUGUAUUUGUUGUUUACAAAUAUUCUCUACGUCCCUGAAUGACAGGGGCGUAUCAUGUGGAAAAUGUGGCAGUGAAUGAUUACAACACAAGAUAGUGAGAGAUUAGUGAGGUUUAUUAGUUUGACGGCGUGGUCUCAAAAGCCGGAAAAACGAAAAUAUAUUUAUAUAUCUUUAUUAUAACAAAUAGUCUGUGUGUUGCCUUUGAUUUUUUUUCUAUAUUUCACCAUAAAUGUUUGUGUUGGCGGAAAACGGCUUUAUUCUUUAUACAUCGGAGAAAAUAAUAUGUAUAGUAGUCGAGGUAUCUGUGCGAAUCCGGCGGAAAACGGAAAGUUGUUUUUGUUUUUUUGCCGGAAACCGAUGACGCCCUUUCAAAUUUUUGAAUAAAGCCAAAAUAAUGUAUAGGUUAAACCUUUAUUAUCGUUAUCCGUUAUAAAAAAUAUAUAUAUAUAAAAAAAAAAACCAUAAUAUCGAUAAACCACGAAAAAAAAAACGUUUUUGUUUUAUAUACGUGCGUGUACACACCGUAAAUAUAGGCGUGUACACAAAAAAAUGAUUUCUUCUUUUUUUUUUUUUGUUUUACCUAAAUUAUUAUCCGUUUCAACUGUUACAACUAAAUUUCCAUUUAUUGUUUUCAGUUGUCGGAGCUGGAAAAACGCGUACUGGAAGCGGAAACCAGGGCCGUGGAAGCCGAAGGAAAAGUAAGUCAUAUGUAUAUCUAAAACAUAAUAAAUCUAGUAUAAUAUUGAAUAAAAAGAGUGUAAAUGGUCAUUCUAGUGGUGGCUUUUUACAAUUUCGUAAUAUUUACAAUAUACUAUGCCAGUAGUUUUGUCAUUGUGCUUUAUAUGAAAAACUCCCAUGCAUGUCGCCGAAUUAUCCAAAAAUACUUGUGUCAUGAUUUAUGGCUACGUUUUAUAAUUGCACACACCAACCGAAAAUUUAGGGGGUACUGAAUGCCGAUAUAGUGCUGAAUUCAAUUUAACCUCUAAUUUUAUCUGGGUCAGGCGUAUGCUCGUGAAUAUUUUUUAAAGGUGGGGGGGGGGGCAAAUUAGUGUAAGUGUUCAUUAUCCAUAUUUUAAAGUAUGGCAUUAGAUUCAAUCUAACUUUGACUUAUUACGUUCAAGACCGUAUUUUAUCGUAUAAAUGAUAAAUAUUUGUUAUUUGUUUGUGAAAACCGAAAUAACGAAUCCUAAACUUGAGAUAAAUAAGUAUUUUAAAAAAAUUGUGAAAAUUGGUCGAGUUCAAAGUCGAAUAUCAUUGAGUUUAGAAAUAUGAUUUUGAAAAUUCACUUUCAACACGCAUUGUUCAAUAUGCGAGGUGUGACAAUUUUUCCCGAUGUAAACCAUGUUUUAGAACAAACAAAACACCGGAUUUGGCAAAGUAUAAGAUAAUAUAUUACAAAAAAGAUAAUUUAAUUUUGAAAGUACCGAUACAGAUCCUGUUGUUUUGGAUAUCUAUUUUAACGGUAAAACGUGUAAAUUAUAGUAUUUCCCCGCGGUUCGUUCGGAUUAUUUUAUUACGUUUUCCAGGCCACGUCCGAGUAUACAGUCGCCGAUUCGGCCGCCAAAUGUCGUCUCUUGCAAUAAUAUAUGAUUGCACGAUGGUGAUUUAUUUAUUCGACAGUAUUUCGCGGGUAUAAGAUUGAUGGCGAAGAAAAAAACCGUAUAUAAUCGAUAAUAAUAAUGCUCGAAUAAUAUUUAUUUGAUAGACACGAAAUACUAUCUGAAAAUAUAAUUCGUGGCCCGAAGUUUUCCCGCGUGGAAUAUAAUAUUGACGGGGUAUGCACAAAACCAAUAUUAUUCUAUCGUGUUUAUUCGGUGUAUAUUUUCGUUUUUCUUCUUAAAUGUACCGCGAACAAAUCGAGAAACUCAUAUUAUUAUACAAGGGCUGUGGAUUUUAGCGCAUAAAAACAGUCACACACAUGUCUAUAUAAAUAUAUAUAUAUAUGUAUAAAAAAUAGCUGAUAUUACUGAUGGGCGUACCACUUUUGUACAUGGGAAGAUAGGAUACAAAAUGUUAUUUAAUUGGUAUCUGUAUACAACAAUAAAUCAUUGCUGACGAAAUACGCCUCUUAUCGGAGUCUUUCGUCGAAAUAUGAAUUUUAAAUUUUAAAAAACAAAAACAGUCGAGUUACGUUAAACAUAUUUUGUUUCACAAAGUACAUAUUAUGAUGAACUUUGUAUUCAAUUUUCAAACAUUUCUGCACGUAAAUUUGUCCAUUUUUCCUAAUUGUUUUAAAAGCCACAUGGUAAAUUUAAAUAUUACCUCCUAAUGCGUCAACAAUAUUCAAAAUGAUGCAAAAAGCUUUCUUGUCAUUUUUUGUUUGGAACAAGAUUUCUGGUAGAUAAAUUAAUAACAAACAGAAAAAAAUGCACACAUAUAGUAAAACCAAUUUUAAUAAUUUUAAAAUCCCCAAAACCAUACCCAAAUAAACAUAAAAUAGAAAAUAAUUUAAUUAUUAUUAAUUUUAAAAAAAAUGAAAUAAAGACCUUGGCCCCCCUCCCCACCGAAAAUACUAAAAAAAUCAAAAAUUUCUUAAAAGCCAAAUAAAAGAUUUAAGGUUUCUAUUGUUGUCCAAUUCGAACCCUAAACUAAAAGAAAGUUUAUUUUACUCAGCUAAAUAAAUUUACAAUCAGCUAGUGAAAAAAAAUUUAAAAAAAUGUUUUGGCUCAAACUCGUAUAAUUAUAAUUACUAUUUUAAUUGCGUUUACAUAAUUUAUUAUAAUCAUUAUCGUAUUUACAAGUAUGCCACUACAAGCAAAUUACUGUUGUCGGGCGCAUUGAAAGUAUUUAUAAUAAUAAUGUAGCGAUUUACGAAGUGGCGUUUUUAAGGAUGGUUGUUCAGAUGAGAAUUAUAUCCCACUUGACCUAUAUUUUUAACAUUUAUUAUUUAUAUAGGUUGCCUUAUUUUUAAAUUCAAAUUUGAUUUUCAUUUUAGUAGAAAAAAAUCAUAACCGUGUCGAUACUUAUUGUAUAGUUAGGAGGACGGACUAUGUCGUCUCCCGUUCCGAGUCCUGUACUGAAGGCGAUUUUAUCGACAUUUUUGGUUAAAACGAAAUUUGAUCGGCUCAACAAAUUUUUAAUUCGCCGUGCCCUUAUCACAAAUAUUUAUUACGUAAUCGUAAACAUUAACAAGAACAUUUAGGGCACAAUUUCCAAAUUUUAUAUCUCCCUUCUUGACAAAAUCUCGAAUACGCCACUGGACGAGGUACACAUCGGAAACGUUAUCUGAAUGGGUCGCAACGAGUUUAUUAUAAAAUCAAUGGCACGGAUGCUAUUAUAUUACCGCCUGCACACACACACACACAUACACACACACAUUCACAAUAAUACCAAAAUGCAAUAUCGGUUUGGCAAAACUCUCGUUUUCCACAUGGUGACGUCCACCAAAUAAUAUUAUUAUAUAUGUUUAAUCGACGAAAAUUGCCUUUUGACCGUAAUAAUAACUUCUUUUUUUUUUUUUUUUUUUUUUAAUACGACGACCCGAUAAACGGGAAAACGACGAAAAAUAUCGAAUAAUAGUUUAACUGUUUAAUUGUACAGUAACAGCUGCAAACAUCACAAUGUUAUUACAAAACCGGAAUUUCUCCGGACAGAUUUAUGUUUUAAUCGACUACAGUUUUUGUACACUAAAAACUCGUAUAAUAACGCGCUAAUAAAAUUCAAUGAAAAAAAGUCUUCUUCACGGUUGUUUUACCGAACUACCAUAAUAAUACAUAUACCCCACUCACGGUUACAACAAUAUUACAUCAAUAAUCUUCGGGGUAGAUGGGGAAGGUGAUCUAAAAACCGGGUAGUCUCGUUAGCACGUGCGACCGCGCCAUAGUGUUGCGAAUAAUAUUCAUUUUUCGCGAUUGAACCGAUUUCGUAACGACACGUCGUUUACCCCGGUCUCGAUCAGGUUUCCGUAUAAAGAUAAAAAUGCGGCGAGCUCGGUUUUCUCCGCGAUAUUACUAUACACGCUCGCAUCAAUGUGUAUAAUCACGUGGUUUAUGUGUUAAAUUACGAGAGCUAUUGUAUGUUAUAUACUAUUAUAUACACGGGGCGAUCCACUAAUCGUAUACCAGCGAUUGUCUCGGAGGAUUUUAAGUGAAUUUAAAAGUUUAAACCAGUAGUGUAGGAAAAGCUUAUCAGUGUACCAUCUAAAAAUGAAUAUGAAAAUUAAUACCCCUCAUAUACCUUUCUACCACUGUUAUAUCAAUUUAUUGAAAAAUAAAGUGUGUGUUGUCGAUUAACCUGGUUAUAUUCGUUAUCAGUUAUGAUUAUAUGAGUUUGGGUAACGGUUAUAGUUUCCUAAAAAAUACAUAUUUAUGGUUAUUAUAGUUAUUACAAAUAACAUUAUUUGAUAAUAAAAAAGUUACUGGUUCGAUGUCCAAUCACUGUUAUAUCAAUAACCAAAUAUCAUACCAUUAAUUUCGUUUGGUUAUGAUUCAUAUAACGUAUUAUAGAUAUUUCAGUAACCUAUGUAUGACCAAAAUCGCCAAAACGACUUGUUUAUAAAAUACAGUAUAACCAGCUAUACCUGGUUAUUCGCCAAAACACGCCUAUAUUUUCUAUUCGAAUCUGAGUUUAAAAGGGGCGGGGUUCCUUUUUGAUAAUCAAAAGUUUACAAUAAGGUAUAAGGAGUAGGAGUGGAAAAAUCAAAAUAGUUUUAAAAUAAAGCUUAUACGAUGCCCGAUAGAUUGACAAAACAGAAAUCGAAUUCAUGUAAAAUCCUCCCAGAAAAUUGGUGGUUCGUAAUAAGUAGAUAAUCUUGUAUAUUAUAUAAAUAAUGGAGCGAAAAAAAUUUGGACAUAUGAGUCGGUUUUAUCGUAGAACCGUAAGCGCGAACAUUUCUGUUACAUAGACCGCUUCUUUAAGAAAACCACUUAAAACUGUCUAGCCAUAUGACAAAAAUAACGAAUAAUAUUAAUAACUCUACAAUCGUAACGCGGGACUUUAAUACAAAUGUAUCUGAUGAUGGUUUGCGAAUUUUUUUGAACUUGUAAACCUAUAUUGUGUCGAAAAUUUUGUUUUAUCAAUGACUGACGAGAGAAGUUGGCGUUAUAUUGUUCGCGAAACUUUUCAAAACACGUCCAACAAUAUUUAAAUGAACUUUUGGAAUUUAUCGAAACUCUCCUUUUCAACUGUUCAACGUUCAAUUUUAAACUUUAACUAUAACUUCAAACCUAACAUCACAAUUUUAUUAAAACGUCUUAACAUCGGUCUCGUCGCCAUUUGACAAAUUCAAAAGGUACAAUGCCAAUACCAUAAUAAUAUGUAUUGCGUAAAACACUAUAACAAUAUACUACGACACUUUGAGAGCUGCAACGUCCAAGGAAAUCUGAUAGCGGAAUCGAACGGACCCCAGCAAGAGACAAGAGAGUUACGGGGAAGGCACGUUAAAAUUGUGUACAAUUUGUUUUCGUUCAGUACUGCGCGCGGGCAAAGAGCCGUCCGGAUAGCCAAUUGCGAAUUUCCUUUUCUUUUCGCCUCGCGCGCAAUCGUCGUGUUACAGCGGUAAAUUAUACGUAAAUGUGUGUUAUAACAAUUUCUGUUAGACGUUUGCUCGCCGCACGCCUAACCUAACCUGGUCGGUCGUGCUCACCGCAGGAAAAAAAAAAUAAAAUAAAAAUAUGUAAUAAAUAUAAGUCUGCGGUUUUUAGAUUAUGCCCGCAACAUCCACGACACUGCCAAUCCGCAAACGCACGCGUGUGGUGUGUCGACGUUAUACAAUUAUUUAUACCGAGAUUACGUAGCAGCGGCAGACGCCAGUCUGCAUUAUAUUAUCUACGGGUAGACGAUAUAUUUUCAAAUUGCUAAUAAAAUAAUAAACCUAUAGCUAUAAACCGUGUCUACGAGUCAACAGCCACGGCGAUAUAACAAUAUUAUGUUAUCUGGGUCGCGUGUGAAUGAAUAUUAUCGUCGUGCGUACGGUUUCUUGUGUUACGUUAUUAUUAUGUCGCGUAUGGACGUCCUCCAAUAAAUGACUUUUGGUUGGAGGGGGUUUUUUUUUUUUUUUUUAUAAUUUUUUUAUAUACACACAUAUAUCACCCGGUAUAUGAUGACCGUCGACGGAAAAUCGGUGAAAUUUACAAACUGCUGCGACGAUGCCUUUUUACCAUUACUUUAUUUUCGAUAACAUCUGUAGCAGAGACGUAUGCACCAUAAACGCCGAAAAUGACAUUCCUUUAUGCUUUCACGGCGGUGCGUGUCAUCGCUGAUGUCAUCGCAAAACAAUUUGGAACAGAAUAAGUAUUACUGGACGUUAAAUGGAUCCCCGGGGUUGGACACUGUCUUCGUUAUUGUAUCCUUAUUAUCUUGUAUAUUAUGUUACCUAAUGUAUCGUUUGACGUUUGUUUAAUUGUAUCCGUAGAUAAUAUUUUAUUUGUGUGUGUAUGUGAAAAUACUAGAAAUUAAAAAAAUAAAGUAAUACGUAUACGUGUAUAAAUAAUAAUUAAUAUUGUUAUUAUAUUGUAUAAUUUAUUUAUUUUUGGUAUAUUAUUGAACAUUUUGGUAAUUAGAUAUUGUAUACUGUAACCUUUGGAUACAAAAUAUUAUAUCACUAAUAUUAUGGACAAUAUAUUUCAGACUUCAGUAUUAUUUAUUUCAAUAAAAUACUAAACAUUAAUAAAAGCAAAAUAAUAAUAAUAGUGUCGGUUAUACGUAUUAAUCCAAAGGUUAAAAAAAAAUAUCUAUUCGAAAAUGUCAUUCUCUUAUCUAUUGUACCUAUAUAUAGCUGGUAAAAAUUCACGUGUUUCGUGUUCAAGGACGUAUGCAGGGGGGGGGAGUUGGGACAGUUGCCCUCCUUGAAUUUUUUUCUGGAUCAAUUAUCAUUAUUAAACAUUGUGCAAUAUAGAUAUGAUGGAAAAAUAUCGUUUAGUAAAAAACUUACCUACUGCUAUCGAAUUUUAAAAUGGUUUGAUUGUUAUUUAUUUUAUAGAACCUGGAAACGUUUAGUUUUAUAAAUCAUCGAAAACUAUCAAAUCAUUUUUUUCUAAAAAUAAUGCAUUUGUUAAUUUAAAAUUACGUAUCAAUUUGUUAAAAUAAGUUAGGCAUUUUCGAAUACCUAUAAAUGACCAUAGAAAGUAUUUUUAAACGAUAGUUUGCAAUUUUUUAAGAAUUUCAAAAGUCACUUUUGGCGACCCCUUUUCAAUUUUGAACCACUGUGAGUCGUCCCGAUACAUGAAAUGAGUGCGAUGUAAGAACCUGACGAGUAAAGGAUACUAUAAUAUUGGUGCGCAGGGGUAGUUGUUUCGAAAGAUAUUCGUACUUAAAACGCAGGGGACAAAAACAUUUUUCACGCCGAGACGAUCGUUUCAUUAUUAUUAUUAUAUUUUUUUUAUUUUUUUUUUUAACCAUAUAAAUAAGCUCCGCGCGGUUCCGAAUGUAAACCCUCCGGGGACCACUGAAACGUAUUAUAAUAAAUACAGUGUACACCAACACUGUAGUAGACACGGCUGGUGUAUAACCCUGUAAUUACCGUCUGAUGACAUUUCAUUGAUUAGGGCACGUAACGCAUCAUAUGCAAAGAGAUCGACCGCCGCAGCCCCCGGACCUCUCGGUUUUGUCGCGUUUGGAAAUAUAUUUUAUUCGCGCGUUAUUCGAUUUCUCUCUUCUCUUUUCGUCCACAGUGCGUGUUAGUUUUAUCGUAAUUGCCCCUGUAAAUAGGCAAUUUUCCGAACGUGUCCGUCAUUUUAUUCGCAAUCAUAAUAUUAUUACGCGAACGAAUUACGGCUCGCCAGAGUCCAUAUUUAUAUUUAGUUUUCGUACAGUAACUGCGUGGUUGUAUAGCUAUAUACAGGGUGAUGAUAUUUUAUUUUUUCCCGUCACGAUCGUCCCCCGAGAUUUUCUCGUACGGUUUCAAAUAUACAUUUGAUUUCCGUCCGGCACCGCCCUUUUCAACGGGGAAAAAAAAAAUUAAAACAUUUUCUUAAAACGAAUGACUGAUGGAUGUUACGUUUUUACGAGUUAUAUGUGUUGUAUAAGGUUAUACAAAUUUGAAAUUCGACCGGAAGAGUAGAGAAACGUGAUAAAUAUUCAUAUCAGUUUUUAGAUAAUAGUAUACUUCCCAAAAUCACACUGACCAACCAGAUUUUAUCCGUUUUCACUCAUAAAAAGUAAAUCCGAAAUUAUAUAAUAUACAGUUUUGUUUUGCGUAUCGACAUAUUUUUAAAAGUAUAUUCUCUUUUCAAAUUUGGUUUUCGAAAGACGGGAAGUUUUCACAAUCAAAAAUUGAAGCAUAUAAUAUAUUUAUGAUGGUUUGUACGAAAUAAUUUUGAAGAUAUUUAUAAACGUGUAAGAUUGGCCGAAAAUAAGAUACAUAAACAUUUCAAGUAUAAUAACCACUGAAACCAUUAACGAAAUCAAUUUUGCUCCAAAUUGUUUAUAUAUUUCGUAUACUUUUAUUAGAGCGGGAUCGUAAAAAAAAAAAAUUGCUAAAUACACCUGGUUGGUGUGCCGCCGUUUUAUGUGGGAGGUUGAAAGGUAUAUGUAGAGUAAUUUCUUUAUAUCUGUAAUAGCGAAAAUAAGCCAUUUCUAAUGAAAAACGAUUCUGAACAGUUUAUUAUUAAUCGUAUUUUUCCGCAGUUGCCAACAAUAUUAUACAAAACAAAUUUCCUGUUUUUCCGUUUACCCAAAAAAACAACAAGGAAAAUCUGAAAAACGGUCCCCGCCCUGGUCUACACAUUUGUCUCCGAAAAAUAACACGAUUUUAAAAUAAAACAUUCGUAUUACUAGUUUUUCCUAUUCAAACAUUAUUUUAUCUGGCCUACCCAGAAAAAUAUUUCCAGUUACACCCGGUAUCGCAAUAACCAGAUAAAAAAAAGCUUCCCAAAAAUGUCUACAAAGUUAUACAAAGAAAAUUCCUACAAAGCACUUCGUUCGUAACUUAAAGGUCACCCUGUAUAUUGUAAAAUUCAAAUUACUCGCGUAACGUUAUUAUCAUCAUAUUCCGCUUGGUCAAUCCGUUACUAUGGUUAAAAUAUUCAAUAAAACGUUAUUAAACUUUCAAACCGUAUAUAAAUUAUAAAGUGUGCGUAUAUACUUUUUUUUUGUUGUUCGUCCACGGUGAACUUGUUUUAAGUAGUUUGAUAAUGGAGUUUCCGUAUAGCCUUUUUUUUCUUUUUUUUUUUUUUUUUGUACUUUUUCACAUGAAAAAACCGGAACAUCAUGGCCGCCUACAUAAUACCGACCAAUAUAUAUGUAUAUUUUUUGUUAGCGUUGUUUACUCUUUGACUUUUUUUUUUUUAAUAUAACUAAUCCACGUUAAAAAGUCGCGUCUCGAUAUAGAUUAUGUUUUUUUUUGUUUAAGUUUAUAUAUAUAUAUAUAAAAAAAAAAAAAUUCAAUUACGAGCUCGAAUUUUGGACGUAGGUAAUUUGAUGUUUUGUUUUUUUUUGACAACAGAGAGAGGAUUAAACGCAACUCAAAAAUGCGGUUUUUUUUUAUAGAUAAUACUUUUUUUAAACUAUAUUUUUGACCGUGGUACAAAAAUUUCAAUUCACCGCAAAUGUUAAUUAUAAACGAGAACUUACACGUCGUUACUAGUACUUUGGUCGCGUUUUUGGUGGACGUCGGCAUCACACAAAUAUAGUAAAACAUUUGUAAUUAGGACAAAAAAAAAAAAAAUCAAUAUUAUACCUCCGUUUUACAUUAUGAAUGUAUGUAACGAAGGCGUAUUGGAUUUUAUUGAUGUGCGUUUUUUUUUUUUUAAAUUUAAAAAUCAGUUUUUAUUUCUGUUAGCAACUUUUAUUCCAGGAACAUUGUUCCGAUUAUUAACUUCAGGCGUGAUUUUUCCGGUGACAAAUUUCGUCUAGUUAGUGGUGUAUUGGAGAGGUUAGCCUUGGUGUGGACGUGGCGCAAUUUGCAAAAUACGCUGGUGGUUUUUUAACAAUUAUAAAUAGGGCUCGGAUUUCGAAGACAUCCGAGAUUAAAAUAUUAUUUUUGAGAACUCCGUGAAAUAACUAUAUUAUUUGUAUUGAUUUUGGCCGCAUCAAAUUUAAAAUCGAAAAUCUCACAUAACCCGGACAAUUUGUCGACAAAUCCGUACGAUUGAAAUCCCAUUGAAAUCGGACAUUGGGAAUAAGUAUGUAUGCUGUACAAUAAUUGUCCACCGUUUUAAUUCUUCACGGCCCGAAACGACAACACGAGAUUCAAAUAGUGUGUACGCGUGCCCGCUGAUUAUUAUUUCGCGCAAAAAGUAGGCUAAGUCAUAUAGUGCCCGGAAAUACGCGCGGAAUGAGAUUCAAUUCGAAUUCCGACUCUAAUAUAAUUCGAUAUUUAAUUUGAAUGCGUUUUUUUUUUUUUUCUGUUCCGUGCGAAAAUAUUCUCGCCAGGUCAUAUUUCUUUUAUUGUUGCGUUGCGCAAUAGUUCUCGCUUCCCUCCUCUCUCCCACCCCCCAUCCUUUUCAAUUCAAUCUCAAUAAAUUUUCAUUUCUAUUUUGAAACAAUAAAGUGUAUAUAUUAUGCACAUAAUAUUUCUCUCGUUCUGCAGCACAGAAAUAAUAUUUUUUUAUGCACGAAACACCCGUAUACAAGUAUACGGUUCCUGUAUUAUUAUUAUUAUUAUUAUUAUUGUUAUUAUUAUAAUAGUGAAACCCGAAACCGAAUAAGGGUGGAAUAAUUCUUCGGCGGCGGCGGUAACUCGGUUUCGUAUUUUCGGGUGAUACGCACGCGGUUUUAUUUAUUUUUGAAAAUUCGAAAUGGUCCGCGUUUUUUUUUUUCACGAUUCUUCAAUGUUCAGCAGUGUGUAUAGUGAUUAUUGCAGAUAUGUACGCAACAUGCUUUUGCGCGUUUUUAUUGGUGGUAAAUUAAAAAAAAAAGUUUAUACCAAAUAAAUGCAGUGUCUCGUCGUACCGAUAAUCAGAACAAUUACAUUAAUAUUGCGCACAAUUACACGCGAAAUGUUACCUAUUUUUCCACAUUUCGACGUUUUAGAUUCCUCGGACAAGGAUUUCGUACGUUUUCAGAGCGUAAUUAUGGAUUUAUUAUAUUUUUCAGACAUUUUCGAUUCGACGAAUCACACCGAAUAAUCGUUCUAGAUUUUUCAUUUUUUUUUUUUCUCAAAUAGGACAGAUACGCUUUUGCAUUGAUAAUCUGGUCAAGAAAACGGCAGUUUGUUUGUACCAAAAUGCGUACACCUAUUCUGCUUGUAUACAACAUUAUAUUUUGGCUUACUUUUCGUAUUUGAGGAUUUCGUACGCUUUCGUGGGCGUGAUUUUUAUUUUAUUCAUUUUUUUUUCUUCAGCGAAUAUUUUAAAGGCUAACUUUUAGUUAUUUUUUUCUUUUCUAGUGUCCAUCGGCAUGUUUAAAUGUUUUUUAAAGCACGUAUACGUGUAAUAUACCCUAGUUAAUAACCAACGUAAUUACAUAAUAGGUCCGAACAUGAUAAAUAAUUGGCGACGCGCGCGAGAGUAUAGUAUAAUAAUAUAAUAAAAAUAAUAUUAAUUAAUUUUAGUGUGUUUAAAUGUUUGUUUUAUAUAAUAUGAUAUUUAUUAUGACCACCGGAAUACCAUGCACCGCGGAACGAAAUUAAUUAGCCAAAGAUUUAAUUGUUAAUUAAAUUGGUUUAAGCUUUUAUUACAUUCGCGAAGGGUUGUUAAAUUAUACGUAUACUGAAAACCUAUUAUUUAUUUGUGUGUGUGUAUAGCGCUGCAACCAAAAGGCCGCGUACAUUAAAAGGCUUAAGGGGAAUUGUAAAUUAGCCGAAAAUAACGGAAGGAUAUUAAAUUUAAAUUCUUUCCAAUUACGGACGUUCGACCCGAAUGUUAUUAUUAUUAUUACUAUAAUACCCUUUUCUCAAAAAUCCGGGUUAAUUUCGCACCGUCCCCGGGGCAAACGUUAAACAACAAAUUCAUUAGGCUAGCACGUGCCUCGUGAAAUUAAUUUCGUUUUUUUUUUCUUCUGUCAGUCGAUUCUGAGAGUUUUACAAAUAUUUGUAUGCGCGUUUUUUUUUUCUCGGGGCUACUAAAAAUAUACUCAGAUUUUUUCAUCGUGCCCACACCGCCUCAAAAUAGUAUGCGAAAUUUUCUUGGCGGGUUGUCGUUUUUAACGAAAUAUUUAUCGAAAUCUUAGACUAUUUACCCCCCCCCCCCCCCCCAUGUAUAGUUUUUAUUAUUAUUAUUUCUAUAGGUUAACUGGACAACGAGGGCAAAAAACACGACUAAUAUUACUCCGUUCAAAAUCGUUUUUUUUAUCUGUGAAUGGUUGAUCACUGUAGUAUAUUAUAUUACAAUAAAUAAACUAAAUCACCUGGUAUAUAUGUCUUAUGCGUUCCAAACUACUACUCCACAACGGUGGCCUGCCCGUGGUUAUGCGAAGUUUGUCUGGAUACUGUGACAGUUACUUUUACCAACACAAAAUCGCGGCAGUUAAACUGUCAACUGUCAUGUUUUCACGAUAGUUUACGAUGAUUGUCUGCUUGAUCAUACAGCGAUAGUAACUAUAAUAAUCCUGGUAUUUAUAGUACUACAUAUCUCUAUUAAACGAAUUUGUAUUUUUCCAAUUUUAAUUGUAUAAUACAGGGUAAUUUUUUUGUCAUUUUCAAAUGUAAUAAAAUACCAUAUAUUCUUUUUUGUGGGUUUAGAUAUCCCGACUGUUGAUGUCGCGUGUAAGCAAUUUCUUGUUUUUAUUCGCGCAGUUAUGGAAAAACCGGUUUUAUGCUGUUAUCCUUUAGUGUAUGUAUAUAGUAAAACUUUUCGUUCAAAUUUCGAUUACAGCGCGUCAAACAAUUCGCAUUAAAACGUGUAGGUUCUCACUUGAAAAUCCUAAAUUUGUAUCGGCCACUGGGAUACUCCUUAGAUGUUAUGAAUAAUUUAAAUAUGCAAAAAUAUCGUCUUCCACUGCACUUAAAAAUGCCAAAAGUCAGCAUUUUAUUUUAUGCAUAAUUUAACCAUAAAAAUGGGGUGAGCGUGUUUUAAAAAUCACUCUGUAUAUUGUGUAUAAGUACUAUCAUCGUGCGGACCAGCUGUUAUUUAAUUUAAUAUUUUUAUAUCCACGGUGUACAUACACUAGAUAAACAAAUUGCAGUGUUUCCGACUGCAAUGUAACUUUGAAAAAAAAAAAAAAACAAUAAAAUAUUUUUUUUUUCGAGAAAUUUAAAACUUAUAUAAAAUAGACGCUAGGUGCUUGUUGUCGAUCGCAUAUUUUAUACCUUUAUUUUUAUUUUUUAAUACGUAUACAGUUCAAACCGUUUUAAUUACCCUAUAUAAAAUAUUAUACGACUGAUACAAUCAAUGAGAACUCUUGUGCGGUUAUUAUUUUACAUUUUUACAGCGCGACCCACGAGUAUCGUCUCGCAAUAACGAACAUUUUUUUAUACAACUUCAUCGUUUCGUUCGGAUAUGCCCUCGCCCUCGUGUAUAUUUAUCAUGCAAAUAUAAUAAUAAAAAUCCUGUGAUCAGUUUUGACGUGCGCGUGUGAAACGCGGUCGACUGUCAAAAGAGACGACAAAAAAAAAUGUCUUGUUUUGAAAGAACAGUACUCAGACGGAUUUAUCGACUGAUUUUAGUAAAUCGAGGAGAACUAACAGAAAAGUGUGCAAAGAAUCUGCCAAAAACUCGGUAUUAUUAAUCACCUAUUGUAGGGCAAAUGGCAUGCAGAGCGGACCGGAGAUCAAACGGCAUUUUGAAGAAUCCGUGUUAGGGAAGAUGGAAUGGAAGAGGACACGGGAGUCGUUCUAGAAAGUAUAUUAAAAAAGAUUUAAACAAUUUCACCCGGAGAAUAACAAUAAAAGAUACCGUAGUGGAUAAGGACGGAUUAGAAACUGCGGUGAAUGUAAACCUUCAAAGAGUGUAAAAGCUCAAGACGAAUAAGAUAACCGGUCGUCGACCUUAGUAAAAUAUAAUUAAGUGCGGCUGGUGUAAGCUGGUAAAUCACGAAGUUUUGAAAUCGUAUAAUUUCGUGUGUUCGGAAAAAGUUAGAAUUUCCCCCGCGAUAAAUUAGAUUUCUGAGUUCGUUAUUCGUAAGUAUCGCAUGAUAUCGGUUAUACGUUAUUUUGUCGAUACAUUCGCCCGUCGUGAACACUGGCAAAGAAAUAUUACGUUCGACAUGGUUCUACAAACACGGUGACAAUAAUAUUGUGCUGAUGAAUUUCGUAUUAAUAAACACCUGUCUGAUUCGUACUGUCGGGUCGAUAAAAAGUCUUCGCUAGUCGCGGUGCAACAUCACGACGGAAUUAUAUUGUUGCCUUUUUAUCUUGUGCGUGCCGAAAUUUCGACAAUUUGAACGUACAUAUUGUAUAGACAAAUAUGAAUUUGAUCAACGAUUCGAACAGCAAAGUAUUGCAUUAAAAAAUAUCCGAGGAAAAUUGGUUUUAAUUAAAUGUUGGGCGGGUUCUGCAGAGGCCUCGGAAAGAUAGUUACGAAAACAAAUCCGUCGGCAAUACCGCCGAAAAAAGUUCUUCUCGUCGGGUGUGUUUUGAACGCGAUAAGGAUUAUUUUUUGAUGGUUUGAAUAAAAAAAAAAAAAUGAUGAAAACGUGUUCCGAACGUUCAAAAAAAACCGUUCGAGCCCUUUUUUUCCCCCCCGUUACGUUAAAUCUCGCCGAUAGCGAUCUGCAGAUGCGAAAAUGUGCCGUGAAAAGACUUCGUCGUGUUUAUUUCGCAUUUUCUUUCCCCCGAGAAAUUAUAAUACCGCUGCCCGUUAUUUUUUAUCGAUUCGUGUUAUGCCGAUGACAGUAAUUGUCGACGGUACGACGACGGCGGCGGCGGCUUAUACGACGAUAUUGUUCUCGUUAUCGGUCCGGGGGCGUAAUGUGUCGCGGUUUUUCCGAGCUUUUCCCGUCGACAGUUGGUUUUUAUUAAAACGGGAAAACGAAAACCCGACACGGACACGGCAGUAACGCAGUGUUCUAACGAUGUACGAUUGUUUUAACAUCGGCGCUGUAAUCUCGUCGUUAUAUUCGCGUAUGUGUCCGAUCCGCCCUGUAUAUACGUAUAUUGUUAUAACGUGUAUAAAUCGCCCCGCCGAAAGCCUUCCGCAACAGCGUUCACUCGGGAUCGUUAAUAUUACGCGUCGCGAUGACACCGCGAGCGACCUCUACACGCGGAGUGCGGCAGCUUUUCGGAAGCGCGGCGACUCGUAUACUUCCGUCCGCCGCGCGGAAGGCGGUAUCGAACGGACCCGAACGCAAAAAAGACCGUAUAGGACGUACGAACGUAGGGUGGGUGGGAAGGGUGGCAGCGGGGAAAUAUUAUCGUCGCGGGGCGGGUGCGGUCACGACCGUCGUUUCUCGGUAUAUACCCGGUAAGCGGACGGACCGCACGUGCGGUCCUGACGGCGAACGCUAACGUACAGGUACGGGACCCGCGGUUACGCGUGCGGUACACGCCGCGGAGAACAACAACAACAACAACAACCGACGUGCGUCCGCGUAGUCCCGUAGAGGUUUUUGGCACAGACAGCGCGCGUGUUGCCGUUGGCAACGUGGUGUUGUAUCCGCCGGCGGGGGAGCAUUGAUUUUUUAAUUCCUCUCGCGCCCCUUCGCCCGUCGCGGUGUGUACGCACCCCUUUCCGCGCGUCCGGUCACAUGUUUUGUACAGCCGCCGCGCCGCCUGCGUGUUCCGCACACACGCGAUAUCACCGUGCGCGCACAUCACGCGCCGUAUCAGCAGCUCUUCUUAUCGUACCGUUUUUCUUUUCUUUUUGUUUACUUUUUUUUUUCUGUUAUCACGGUCAUUUUUCCCCCUUUUCUUUUUUUUCCCCGCAUUGUCCGCCGUCGCGUGUGUCGCCCGCCAGCGCUGUCCCAUGUCCGCGAUCUCCGGCCGCGGUCGUCGCCGUCGUACUCAUCCUCCGACGUCGGGUCGCCAACAGCAAUAAUAAUACGCCGCCGCAGCCGCCACAAAAAAGGAUAAGGUAGGUGACUUUUCGCGAUUCGGCGUACGCACUACCCCAUCUACUGCAGUCGAUCGCCUGCGACUUUUCGUGCGCGAGACCGACUAACAGGUCGGCUCGGUACCAUACAACGACGACAUUCGAUCGAAAACCCGUAAAAUCCGUCACCGCGACCGUGUACGAAGAAAAAACGCGUUGUCGACCACACGGCGCCGCGCGGUCAAAACGCUGGCGCACGUCCAAAUCGCCAGGUGACGUUUAAUGGGUUCGUCUCUGUGGCACUACCUCCUUUUUUUUCCGUUGAUGUUUUAUUGUUUUACGAUUUUCGAACGUGCGCAAACACGUUUACACACCCCCGUGUUGCCCGUGUAUAAUAUUAUUAGGUAUCACCGUGUCACGGAAUACAAUACGAAACGAUAAUAAUGUAGUCGCAUGUACCUCGUAUGUCCUGUAGGCACUCGUCGAACGGACAAUAUUGACAUCCGCGUGUUUACUAAUACGUCGUUUACGUUUACGCGUGUACGAAAAUAUCGACCGUGGGAAACGCGCGAUACACUCUGCACAAUAUUACGAUUUGUGCGUGUGUGUGUGUGCGUGUGUAUGUGUGUGUGUAUGCGGCUUGCAGUUUUCGUUGCGUAAAUUAGCCGACAAACGAUCACCGCCAACGAAAAUCGAUAUACGCGGACGAGGGGCGCACGACCCCGAUCCAUUGUGUGCGCCCCCUAUGUAUCGUAUUGACCUGGUUAGGGUGUUCGCGGCGGAGUGCGGCGUGUGACGGGGAGGGUUACGUUCGCCAGACGGCUACAACAUGUAUAUAGUCUAGCCCAUGAGUCAGCGUACAGUCUUCGAAAUAAUAAUAAUAUAUUCGUCAUUGUUCGCACUGACCUCUUGUCGCGUACACAUCAAUGCCACCGAUGAAUCGGCCCGUCUCGCGCCGUCGCGGAGGUAUAGAAUUGUUCAUAACUGCUCCGAUAAUUAAACUUAUAAUAUCUGCCGUAUUGUAAAUGCAUUCGUGUUUGCGAAAUUGUCCGACUUAACGUUCGCUGUCCGCAGGUGCGUGUUAUGGAGGAGCGGCUUCAAGCCGAAUGGACUACGCAUCUACCGGACCAAGCGGAGAAGGAACAAGCGAUUAGCAAACUGGCGACCCAGGUGGAGGAACAGGUAAGACCGCGGCGCCGACGAUGUACGCGGGCGUGCGUCGUUAACCGCAGACCACUGAUCGUGUGCGUGUGUGUGUGUGUGUGUGUAAUUGUGUGUUACAGCGUCAGCUGAGGCUUCAGGACGCCAAAAUGGUCGAAGCCAAAGCAGCGCGCAUCAAGGAAUGGGUGACCAACAAACUGAGGGACCUGGAAGCGCAGAACCAGCACCUGCGAGAGCAGAACCACAAGUGCAACCAACAGCUGGAGUUGCUGAGACGGCACAUGGCCCAACUGAGCGCCGACAAAAUGGCUGUGAGUGCUUGCGCGGGCACGUCGUCGCCGCGCACGAGCACGUCGUCGUUGCACAGGGCCAACAGUACGGGUUCCACGCAGUGAGUACCUAAAUAAAAUAGACGGUCUUCAACGGCGGUUCGCGAAAAACGUUUUACAAACCCCCCCUCGUGUUUUCCGUGUGCCCGCAGCGCCCUGUCCGACAACGAACCGGUUUACGCGCAAGUCGACCGGCACCACAAGACCAGGACGCCCGAACGGUCUCAGCGCACUCAUCGCCGGCACAUGUCCGUCUGUGUGCAGGUGCCGCCCGCCGAGUCCGUCGCCGACGGCACAGACAUUCCUGUCCACGAACAGCUGGUCAACGAUUUGACCACUGCCGCGGAUUCGCUUAAACUAUCCGCCGUCAUCAGACGUACGUAUCUAUAAUGCCGCACGGGCCAAUAUUUGUCUAACAUCUUGGUGGCCCGGCCGCGGGAACCGUCCAACUCACAAUAAACCGCUUUACGUUUUACAGCGAAAUCCGUGUGCAUCGAAUCGGACAUCACGCACGACUAUGCGGAAAUUUACACGCCCAACCGCGAGAAACUGCCGUGGGACAAAGCCAACAUCAAACCCCCGACCCCGCCUUUGCACAGGUUCCCGUCUUGGGAAUCCCGUAUAUACCAAGUGGCCAACGAAGGUCUGUCCACGGCCCCCACCAGCCAAAUCGAUCCCGCCGCCGGCACCCUCGUCACCACGCCACAUCCGACCAGAGUCGUGACGUCGCAGGGGUAUUGCGACAUUAGCGUACCGGUGUACGCUACAGUCAAAGGGGUACGAACGUUUUAUUUAUACGAUUAUGCGCCAGCAUACACAAAUGGUUUUCACAUUAUAAUAUACCGCGUGUCCCGUUCGUUCGCGUACAGAGAGCCAGUCAAAUUCGAUCCAGUCCGUUCACCGGCGACUCCUCGGACGAUUCCAGUGACGGCGAAGUGGAGCACACCAACACGGCAAACACCCACAGCAUCGCCACCAGAAUCACGAACAGUAGUAGCACGGACAACACGGACACCUCGCUGUCCAGUUCCAGCCCUAGUAAGAGCCAUAAGACUGCGUCCACCUUUUCGCCGGUCAAGCACAAUUCCUCCGGCUCGCCGUCGAAAAGUACGUAGCCGACGUUUUAACCCUUCGUUAAAAUCGCGCGUAGAGCGGGGUUUUUUUUUUUUUUAUAUCCACACACCGCGCUAUUUCACGGUCGGUUUACAGAUACGUCAAUGGAGUCCGGUAUAUCGGACGACUACGCGAUACCGCCGGAUGCGAUGUCCUGCGGCGAGGAUUCGACCGAAUGGUCGUCGUUGGUGCUGAGGUUGAAUCUUAACGGCGCGGCCGUUAUCGCGGACAGUCCGAGUCGCUGCGCCAAAACCGGCAUCCUCGAUAAAUCCGGACAUUUGGCCAAGCUCGGUGGGAAACUGAAGACUUGGAGACGACGGUUCUUCGUGCUGAGCAACGGAAAACUCCGUUACUGGAAAACUCAAGUAAUAAAUAACAAAUAUAAAACGGGCGUUUUAUUUUUCUGACAGCUUGCUGUAUUUAUAGGUCAAUAAUACGUUGCAUUUGUAGGUGUUAAAUAUUGUGUUUGGCUUUUACGUUUGUAGCUGUCUAACAGACUGUUUUAUUCUCUAUAUAGAACGACAUAGCGCGUAAACCACAACGAGAAAUCACAAUUGAUGACCUAUGCCGAAUAACACGAGCCGAUGGCGCUGCUACGUUUGAAAUAUCGACCAGCAAAAAGACAUUUUACCUUACGGCUGAUUCGAUUGCGGCCAUGGAAGAUUGGGUGAAAGUUUUACAGGUAAAAUUUUCGUCGUUUGAUUUUGACGGGCUUAACCGCUGUUAUCAUAAUGUUUUGUUACAUUGAUAGAACGUUCAGAGACACAACGCUACCAAGUUGCUGCUGAAUAACGAAAAUAAUAAACCGACUAUUCAAGGGUGGCUUACCAAAGUGAGAAACGGACACGCUAAACGGUGCUGGUGUGUGCUGGUGGGAAAGACGUUUUUGUAUUUCAAAUCUUCGACCGAUACGGUAAAUGUAUUAAUUUUCUCAAUAGAAGUAUUUUUAUAGGUGUAUAUUAUCUAAUCGAAUCUUACUCGUAUCUCUGUAUAUUUCUGUGCAUUUUAUAAUUGGGUUAACAGCCUGGUUAAUUAAAUAAAUAAAUAAUAUUGAUUCGAUAUAAUUUUUCUAGAGUGCCUUUGGACAAAUAAAUAUGCGCGAUUGCCGUGUGGAAACUGUUGAUCAUGUUUCUGACUCCGACAGUGAAGAGAGAGAUUCCAAUCAACCGCCAACAAUAGCUUUGCACCCGUCACAUCAAGGUCCACCGACUUAUUUACUUAUGUCGUCCAAACAAGAAAAGGUUACUCAAUAAUAUUUUCGUUGUUAAUUAUUAUUUUCAAUUACUAAUAAAAAUAUUCUGUCAAUUACAGGAUUCGUGGCUAUACCAUCUUACCGUAGUUUCGGGUAGUGGUUCCCAAUCAGGUUCACAGUUUGAACAGCUCAUACAAAAACUUAUGGAAGCGUCUGGAGAUCCAAGUAAAUACAAAUAGCUGUUAAUUUUUAUUGCAGUUCAUAUUUAAUUCUACGCGAUAUGUAUUUUAGAUUGUGUGCUGUGGAAACAUCCAAUUCUCUUGCACUCCAAGGAAGCAAUCAGCACGUCUUUGACAACUUUAUCUGUUGAAGCAUUACAAUAUGAAGCCAUUAAAUUAUUUAAAGUAUUUAAAUUGUUUUAUACAUUAGUUACUACUGACAUAAUUAUUAUGACAGACAUUAUUUGAAUAUUCAUUUAUACCUUUUUUUUUUUCAGAGUUGUCAGUUAUUUAUGUCUGUGGCUAUUGAAAAUGCUGGUAUUGAUUAUCAUGUGGUAUUAGCACAGAACGCAUUACAAUUAUGCUUAGAUAAUUGGGAACUUCAAGCCGAAUUAUUAUGUGCCCUAGUCAAACAAACUUCUAGACAUGCAUCCCACAAACACGGCGUCCAGGUAUUCUCCAAACUGCGGCAUCGUGUAAGUUCCCCUUCCCAUCGCUUUUUUUUUUGGAAUUAAAAAAAAAAACAGUUGUAAUUAUUAAAAUUUGAGUACCUAUAUAAGUUUGUUGAUUUUUUUGUUUUUUUGUUUGAGCAUCUGUGCAUUUAUUUUGCAUUCAUGAGACGUGACAAAUAAAAACAAAUAAUAAUAAUAACUGUUUGAUGUCUAUUGGACUGUUUUUUUUUUUAAUACCUAGCUUUUAUUAUUAAAAUUAUUAUUUAUUUUUGACUACUAUGUGUUUGUAUUUUUCCAUAUAAUUUUAAUGAUGGUUGCUGUAGAUAUUAUUUUUUGCUUUGAAGCUAAAUAUUUAUUGAAACAAUUACUUACUUUCAAUAACUUUAAAUUAGUUUUUACAAUACAAUUUAUUAUUUUGCUUGCGAUAGAUUGGCUGAAAUAUAUAUAUACCUAUUGUUCUUUUAUUUAUGUUUACAAUAUAAUAAUUUAUAUAAAAUUCUACAGUUAACCAUCAAUUUGUUUAAUGAAACAUAAAAACAUUGCACACACGGUGUCCACAUAUAAAAAUAUUAUACUUGUUCUCGUUCUGUUAUUUAUACCACAUGGUUUUGAAACUGGUUGACUUUCAGAUCUGUUAUUUCCUCUCAUCGUAAUUUAUUAAAUAAUUAAAAUUGAGUGCUUUAAUAAGACUCAAACAAAAGUUAGUAUUUAUAUACCUAAUAUUAUUUAGACACGUUAUAACCUGUUUCAAAGCCUUUAGAAUUUUUAAUAUCGUAAAUUAUGUAUUAAUAUUUGUAUUUUGUAUUUUAUAUUUUUAUAAUUUUAUUUUGCUCAAUUUUAAUCAUUUAUUUGCAAUCUCCUCUUUUAUUAAUUUUGUGCAUGUCAUUGCAUGAUUUCGAAACACAUUGUGUGUUUAAUAUGUGAUCUGACCAUAACCCAUAAAAAUAAUAUGAUCUUAGACGAAAGCUGCAGUUUGCGGGUUGUUUCUUAAUUUAAUUAAAGCUAGGUUUAUUAUUGUUCUUAUGAUUAUUAUUGCAAACAUACACUAGUCAAGAGGUUUAGGCAUUUAGGCACCGCGUGUCCACUGUUUUUUCAGCAACUUUUAUUGUGCGCCACACAGUCGCUGUUCACGUGUGAUGCAGCUUUGGCUUCAUCGCCUACCAUCAGCACAACCCAGUCUGUAGUACCCGGAUCGCCAAACCAUAGCAUGACUGCUCCAUCGAGCCCAGCCACCUCUUCGUUACUAGACCACUGCAAGGCCAAUCCUCCCACUUACGUAUUUGUUCAAGGCUGGCAGUUAUUGGCACUAGCCGUGUCCCUCUUUGUACCUAAAAAUACAAAACUCCUUUGGUUCCUCAAACUGCAUCUAAAACGCAAUAUAGAUACCAAGUGAGUGAUUACCAAAUUGACAUAAUAUUAAACAUAAUUUAAUAAAUGCUGUUAUUUCGUUUUCCAGGACUGAAUGUGGAAAGUAUGCUGCAUACUGUGAACGUGCAUUGGAACGUACUAUAUUGAAUGGAAUGCGCGAGGUGAAACCGUCCAGAAUGGAAGUACUGUCGAUUUUAUUAAAAAAUCCUUAUCAUCAUUCAUUGCCUCACUCCAUACCUGUCCACAUGCUUAAUGGGACCUACCAGGUAAACUCAAAUAAUAUUAAAUAUGAAUAUGUUUUAAUUAAAUUAAUGAUUUAAGUCAUUUUUGAAAACAGUUUUAAUGCUUAUAAAUUAUUUUCGUAUUGUCUUGCAGGUAGUUGGUUUUGAUGGGUCGACAACUAUUGAAGAAUUUUUGUGCACGCUCAAUCAAGAGACAGGAUGUAGAGAUAGUCAACAUUCAGGUUUCACACUAUUCAGUGAUGAUCCCAUCGAAAAGGAUUUAGAACAUUAUAUAGAAUCUCAAGCCAAGGUAGAAAAUCAAAUAGAAUUGUUUAGAACAUUAAAUAAUAAAUAAUAUUUUAUUUAAAAUUAUAGUUGUGCGAUGUAAUUUCCAAAUGGGAAACGGCUUUACGUGAAAAGGGUUCAGGCAAAUUUGAAAAUACGCGUGUCAUAAGAUUAAUUUUUAAGAAUAGACUUUACUUUAAGUCAUUUGUCAAGAAAGAGUCUGACCGUGAAAGAUUGUUACUAUGUUAUCAAAUAAAUCAACAGGUAGUCCAAGGUCGGUUUCCUCUUACCAAAGAACUCGCAUUAGAAUUGGCUGCACUAAUGGCACAGGUACUACAUAUUAGUUCCAAACAUUCAAUAACUUUAUAUUAUAAUAAUGAAAACUAUGCCAUCCAUACUCAUCGUAUAUUGAUUUGUUUUUAGAUUGAUUUUGGUGAAUUUUAUUGUGAUAAAAAUCGUGGUAGUGGCGGUACUACUAAGGAAUUACAAGUACUCCAAGCGCUUGAUAAAUUUUAUCCAUUACGUUACCGCGAUGGAGCCUCUCAAGAAGCAAUAAAGUAUGCAAAGUAACAACUGUUUUAAGAAUCUUAUAUAUGAUUAAUUAACACUGCAUAUUUUUUUUUAAAAUUAUGUUCCAUUAGUUCAUUAUUUUCUCAUUAUAUUUACAGACAUCUUCAAACUGGUCUUCAAGAAAAAUGGAUGUCUUUAAAAGGGCGAAAUUUAGUUGAUUGUGUUCGUAUCUACUUAACUUGUACCAGAAAGUGGCCAUAUUUUGGAUGCACCCUAUUCCAAGCCAAGGUAGAUAUUAUGAAUAAAUCUAUUCUUACUAGAUAACUACAAUACUAUUUUUUGAUUAGAUGAAGCACGGAGAAAAUACAGUACUACCUGGCACUAUUGUGUGGUUGGCUGUGUCCGAGGAUAGCAUUAGUUUGUUAGAAUUACGUUCGAUGCAACUAAUCGAAACAUACAUGUUUGGACAAGUACUGACAUUCGGUGGUUGUCAAGAUGAUUUUAUGUUGGUCAUAGCAUCGGAUUCUGCAAUCAUAGAAUCCCAUAAACUUUUAUUCUCACUUAGCAAACCAAAGGUAAGUUUGAAAACCUUAAGCAUAAUAAAAUUAAUUUAUCUAAUGUCAUGAGUCUAUUUUAUUGUUGAAGAUUCUUGAAAUAACGUUGUUGAUUGCUGACUACAUGAAUGCGUUAGCCCAAAACAGUGUGUCUUUGGGUGGUUCCUUAAGUCGUAACAUACAGCCUGAUAUUCUAAAAGCAACUCCUGACCAUCAGUUACAUAGAAAUGAUUCACAAAAUAAAAAACGUAUUGAUUCAUGA